UAAAGCCCCCGGCGGGCGGUGGGCAGCCCUGAGCAGAGUUCCCGGCCUGGACGCCUCGGCUGGAGGGACUGCUGUCAGGAGGGAAAACAGAACUACACGGCGCCGGCCUGUAGUUUUGUUUUUUUCUGCGCCGCUCAGCUGCUCUACUGGACUUUCUGACCCGUUUCUGGAUAAAGAUUUUAGAUUCCCUGCACCCCGCCCUGCUGUGGGCCCCCCAGGCAUCCUUGUGCCGACAGGGUGCCGACCGUGAUGUCAACACAGGCGCCGACCUUUACUCAGCCGCUGCAGAGCGUCGUGGCACUAGAGGGUAGUGCCGCGACGUUCGAGGCUCAAGUUAGUGGUUCUCCAGUUCCUGAGGUGAGCUGGUUCCGUGAUGGCCAGGUUCUUUCCGCCGCUGCUCUGCCCGGCGUUCAGAUCUCGUUCAGCGACGGCCGCGCUGUUCUGAGGAUCCCCGCUGUGAACGCCGCGCACAGCGGACGCUUCUCUGUGAGAGCCACCAACGGCGCUGGACAAGCCACGAGCACCGCCGAGCUCCUCGUUACAGCCGAGACGGCGCCGCCCGCCUUCCUUCAGAGACUCCAGAGCUCCUCGGUGAGCCAGGGCAGCCAGGUGAGGCUCAGCGUCAGAGUCUCCGGCAUCCCGACGCCUGUGGUGAAGUUCUACAGGGAGGGAGCCGAGAUCCAGAGCUCCGCCGACUUCCAGAUCCUGCAGGACGGAGACCUGUACAGUCUGCUGAUCGCCGAGGCCUUCCCCGAGGAUUCUGGGACGUAUUCCGUGACGGCCGGCAACAGCAGCGGACGGGCCACGUCCACCUGCGAGCUGCUGGUCCAAGGUGAAGAAGCCGUUCCCAUGAAGAAAACAAAGACUAUAAUGUCCACCUCCCAGAUGGAGACCUCGUCUGGGACCAGAGUGGAGAGGAAGAUGGAGGCCAGCUUCCAGGCCAGCAGCAUGAUGGAGAUGCACCUGGAAGGAGGAGUCAUGACCCAACACGUCGCUCACAAAACCCCCCCCAGGGUCCCCCCGAAGCCCACCUCCAGGUCUCCGCCGUCCUUCGUCUCCAAGGUAACCGGAGGCCGGCAGCAGUCCCCGUCACCCGUCAGACACGUGAAAGGGCCGACGCCCGCACCCGUCAGACCCGUCUCUCCCUCCAGCAGGAUGUCCGUCUCGCCCAUCAGACCCGUCAGGUCUCCGGUGAUAACCAGGAAACAGGUGUCGGGCUCUGCUGAGGUUCUGCCGCCCUGGAAGCAGGACGACUACGUGGCUGAAGGCUACGCCAGCAUGGCCAGCGUCAGCAGCAUGACCAGCGUCAGCAGCUCCACACAGCUGCACAUGGAGAAACAGUGGGAGCACCAGGUGGCCGCCGGCAGAGAGGCCGGGGGCGAGAAAAAAGCCGAGGCAGUCGCCACCGUGAUGGCCGCCGUCGACCUCGCUCGUGUUCGGCUGCCUGCGCACGAGGAGGGCGGCUGGGCCGGGGAGGAAGAGGAGGAGGAGGAGGAGGAGGUGAAGCAGCAGGCCGCAGCGGUGGCAGAAAAACACCUGGUUGUCACAGAAACGCCUCCUGCUGAAGCUGCUGCGGUCAAAGAACAGAAGGAGAAGGUCCAGCAGAUUCAGCAGAUCCAGAAGAUCCAGCAGGUCCAGAAGAUUCAGAGGACAACUGAGGUCUCCUCCCACGUGGACUCUGGCACCGCCGCGUCCACAGUCCCGCAUUUCACGGUCUCUAAAGUUUCCGUCCCUAAACACGACCCGAGCCGCGAGGUGUCCAUCACCGGCUCGGCCAUCGCCGCUCUGCACAAAGAGCUGUCCUCCCCCUCUGCGACCAGGAAGAUCAUCAAACCCGUCAAGUCUCCCAGUCCGUCCCGCAGGUCGGCGGUGGAGGCCAGAGUGACCCUGGAGGCCCCCCCGCCGCCGUUUAAGGACAUCAGAUAUCAGAGGCAGAUAGAGGGCGGGGCUUAUGCUGUGUGUGAGGAGGAGUUUGAGGACUGGGAGCCUCAGGAGGCGGUCGCUGUGCCGAUGAGAACCCAGGAGCCGGCGGUCCCGCCCACCAUCAUGGCCGGCCUGAAGAACCUGACGGUGACUGAGGGCGAGUCGGUGACCCUGGAGUGUCAGAUCGGCGGUCAGCCCGCCCCCGUCAUCAUGUGGUUCAGGGAGGACUACAAGAUCGAGAGCUCUAUCGACUUCCAGAUCAGCUACGAGAGCGGCUACGCCCGGAUGAUGAUCCGCGAGGCGUUCGCCGAAGACAGCGGCCGCUUCACCUGCACCGCCACCAACGAGGCCGGAACCAUCAGCACCUCCUGCUACCUGCUCGUUAAAGUUUCAGAGGAAAUCGAGAGCAGAGAGGAGAUGGUGACCGUCACAGAAACUGGGAUCACACAAACCAAAACCGCCGCUGCCGACGUGAGGGAGCAGACCGAGGCGAGCGCAGGAGACGCUGCCGCCCCCUUCUUCAUCAAGAAGCCCACUCCCCAGAAGCUGGUGGAGGGAGGAAGUGUCGUGUUCGAGUGUCAGAUCACAGGAAACCCCAAACCUCACAUCAUCUGGAAGAAGAGCGGCGUCCCGCUCACCACCGGAUACAGAUACAAAGUCGCCUACAAGAAGGAGACGGGAGAAUGCAGACUGGAGAUCUCCAUGACCUUCGCUGAUGACGCAGGAGAGUACUCCGUCUUCGCCAAGAAUCCUCUCGGGGAGGCGUCGGCCUCCGCCAUCCUGCUGGAUGAAGAACAAUACGAAGCCUACAUGAAGCAGCAAGACGUGACGUAUAAAACAGAAGUGACCACCACCGUGAUCCAGGAACCCCCGCCGGUCGUCACUCAGUACGAGUUUGAACAGCGGCGGGUGACGACCCCCAUGAGCUUCGUCUCAGAGACGGAGUUCCUGAUUUCUGCCUUUGAGGAGAGGAUCAUCCAGGAGAUCGAGAUCCGCAUCUUGAGGAUCACCUACAGAGAGUUGGUGACCGAGGACGGAGAGCUGAUGGUGACUGUCGCCGAGGAAGAGGCGCUGCAGCCGGCCUUCGACACGCCGGUGAAGAGCUACCGGAUCAUGGAGGGAAUGGGCGUCACGUUCCACUGCAGGACGUCUGGAACACCACUGCCAAAGAUUGUGUGGUACAAAGACGGCCAGCGCAUCAGGCCCGGUGGCCGGUACCAGAUGGAGGUCCUUCAGGACGGACGGGCCAGCCUCCGUCUGUCUGUGGUCCAACCCGAGGACGAGGGCGUGUACACCGCCUUCGCCUCCAACAUGAAGGGGAACGCCGUCAGCUCGGGGAAGCUCUAUGUGGAGCCUUCUGGAGGAGUAACGCCUCCCAGAUACACGCCCCAGCCAUCCAUGCAGAGGAUCAGAUCCACAUCGCCUCGCUCUCUGAGCCGCUCGCCCGGUCGCUCAUCCAGCCGUUCCCCUGGUCGCUCUCCGGCUCGCCGCCUGGAAGAGACCGACGAAGCUCACCUGGAAAGACUUUACAAGCCGGUGUUUGUCCUGAAGCCUUCCUCUAUAAAAUGCUGCGAGGGUCAAACUGCCAGGUUUGACCUGAAGGUUGUAGGCAGGCCGAUGCCUGAGACCUACUGGUUCCAUAACGGGCAACAGAUCGUCAACGACUUCACCCACAAGAUAGUGAUUAAGGAGGACGGCACUCAGUCGCUGAUCAUCGUCCCAGCGGUGCCAAAAGACUCUGGGGAAUGGACCGUCGUCGCUCAGAACCGAGGUGGACGGACCUCCGUGUCCGUAACUCUGUCUGUUGAAGCCAGAGAAAGCGUAUCCAGACCUCAGUUUGUGGAGAAACUGAAGAACAUCACCGUGAAGCAGGGCACGCUGGUGGAACUGGCUGUCAGAGCCAUCGGAAACCCCCUGCCAGACAUCGUUUGGCUGAAAAACAGUGACAUCAUUUCCCCUCAAAAGCACCCGCACAUCAGGAUUGAGGGAACCAAAGGAGAGGCCAAAUUCCAGAUCCCUUCAGCCGGUGGCUCAGACAGUGCCUGGUACACCGCCACGGCCAUCAACAAGGCCGGCAGAGACACCACCCGCUGCAGAGUCAAUGUGGAGAUGGACCACGUUGCCCCUCAAGCUGAGCGGAGGCUCGUAAUUCCCAAAGGAACCUACAAAGCCAAGGAGAUCGCAGCUCCUGAGCUGGAGCCUCUCCACAUGCGCUACGGCCAGGACCAGUGGGAGGAAGGUGACCUUUAUGACAAGGAGAAGCAGCAGAAACCGCUGUUCAAGAAGAAGCUCACCUCCAUCAGGAUGAAGCGUUUCGGUCCUGCGCACUUCGAGUGCAGGCUGACUCCCAUCGGAGACCCCACCAUGAUGGUGGAGUGGCUGCAUGACGGCAAGCCUCUGGCCGCGGCCAACAGGCUCCGCAUGGUCAACGAGUUCGGCUACUGCAGCCUGGACUACGAAGUCGCCUACGCCAGAGACAGCGGAGUGGUCACCUGCAGAGCCAGCAACAAGUUUGGAGUCGACCAGACCUCGGCCACCCUGAUCGUCAAGGACGAGAAGGGCCUGGUCGAGGAGUCGCAGCUUCCUGAGGGCAGGAAGGGAGCGUACCGGAUGGACGAGAUCGAGCGCUUCGCUCACGAGGGAGGACCUGCAGGAGUCAGCCUCGACGAAGAGUCAGAAAAGACUAAACCUGACAUCGUCUUGCUUCCAGAACCAGCGAGGGUGCUGGAAGGGGACAUCGCUCGGUUCCGCUGCAGAGUGACCGGCUACCCGGCCCCAAAGGUUAACUGGUACCUCAACGGACAACUCAUCCGCAAAAGCAAGAGGUACAGACUGCGCUACGAUGGUAUUUACUACCUCGAGAUCGUUGACGUCAAGUCCUACGACUCGGGGGAAGUCAGAGUCGUUGCAGACAAUCCUUUAGGCACAACGGAGCACACCGUGAAGCUGGAGAUCCAACAGCGAGAGGACUUCAGAGCAGUCCUGCGUCGCGCUCCUGAGCCCAAGGCUGCCGAGGUCUCACACGACUCCGGCAGAAUCGGGUUCGACGUUGUCAAAGUGGACCGACCCGGCGAGGUCGCGCAGGACAGGGAAGUGGUUAAGCUGCGUAAGGCUCAGAGAAUCGUUCACGAGAAGACCUCCGAGGAGACCGAGGAGCUGAAGAGCAAGUUCAAGCGCAGGACGGAGGAGGGUUUCUACGAGUCCAUAUCUGCGGUGGAGUUCAAGUCUCGCAAGAGGGACGACUCCUAUGAAGAUCUGUUGAAAAAGACUAAAGAUGAGCUGCUCCAUCGCAUGAAGGAGAUGGAAGAGGCCGAGAGGAAGAGGCUGGAGGAGCAGGGCAAAGUCACCAUCCCCACCAUCAAACCAGAGAGGAUCCAGCUGUCCCCCAGCAUGGAGGCCCCGCAUAUCCUGGAGCGCAUUGAAAGCAAGACGGUCUCUCCAAAGGACGAGGUCCGUUUCAGACUCAGAGUUGUAGGUAGACCAGAACCCGAGUGCCAGUGGUUCAAGAAUGGUAUCCUGCUGGAAAAAUCGGACCGCAUUUACUGGUACUGGCCCGAGGACAACGUGUGUGAACUGGUGAUCCUAGAUGUCACAGCAGAGGACUCUGCUAGCAUCAUGGUGAAGGCCAUGAACGUCGCUGGAGAGUCCUCAAGCCACGCCUUCCUUCUCGUCCAAGGCAAGACGGCCAUUAGUUUCACCCAGAGCCUGGCAGACCUUAGUGCCAAUGAGAAGGACACCAUGGUGACCUUUGAAUGUGAAACCAACGAACCCUUCGUCAAAGUUAAAUGGCUGAAGAAUAAUGUCGAGAUUUCCUCAGGAGACAAAUACCGCAUGCACUCCGACAGAAAGGUCCACUUCCUGUCGGUGCUGAUGAUUGAAAUGAGCGACGAUGCAGAAUACUCCUGCGCCGUCAUAGACGACGAAACCGUCAGGACCGAUGCUAAGCUUUACGUCGAAGGUGCUGCUCUGGAGCUCGUCAAACACCUGGAGAACAUCGAGGUACCAGAGAGCUACGCUGGAGAGUUUGAGGUCGAGGUGUCCAGGGAAGAUGCUGAGGGAACCUGGUUCUUCGGAGAGAAGGAGCUCUCUCCCAGCAGCAAAUACGUCAUGUCGUCCCGCCGAGGACGACACAACCUUUCUGUCAAGGACGUCAGGAAGGAAGACCAGGGGAAGUACACCUUUGUGUGCGGAGAUCUGAGGUCCAGCGCCUCACUAAAAAUGAAACUGCGCCCCGUGACCCUGAUGCAGCCACUGACUGACCUCACCAUAUGUGAGGGGGACAUUGCUCAGCUGGAGGUCCGCUUCUCCCAGGAGAACGUCGAAGGAGCCUGGCUGAAGAACGGCCAGGCGGUCUCCGCCACCGACCGCGUCCACAUCGUCAUCGACAAGCAGGUUCACAAACUGCUGGUGGAGAACGUCAGCAGAGACGACGCCGCGUCCUACUCCUUCGUGGUUCCGACUCACGACAUCUCCACCUCGGCCAAACUCAACGUCCAAACCAUCGACAUCGUGGUGCCACUGAAGGACGUGUCCUCCACCGAAGGCACAAAGGCCGUGCUGGAGUCUAAGAUCUCAGCCCAGGACAUCAGCUCUGUCAAAUGGUACCACAACGACAAGCUGCUGAUGCCCAGUGACCGAGUCCAGGCCGUGGCGAAGGGCGCCAAGCAGCGCCUGGUCUUCACCAGGACCUUCGCUUCUGACGAAGGUCGCUACAAGCUGGUGGUCGGCAAGGUGGAGACCAGCUGCAACCUGACCGUUGAACAGGUCCGUAUCGUGAAGCACAUGGAGGACAAGGUGUGCUCCGAGUCCCAGAACGUCACCUUCAGCGUGGAGGUUUCACAUCCUGGGAUCGACCCGGUCUGGACCUUCAGGAACCAGCAGCUGAAGGCUGGAGCCAAGUACAAGAUGGAGUCCAAGGGAACCGCUCACUCCCUGAUAGUGUUCGACACCAUGAAGGACGAGGAGGGCCAGUACAUGUUCCACGCUGGAGAGAAGACCUCCAGCGCUCAGCUCACCGUCUCCGGGGGAGCCAUCACACGACCCCUGACGGACGUGACGGUGGCCGAGUCUCAGACGGCUGAGUUUGAGUGUGAAGUGGCCAACGCCGACGCCGAGGGCAAGUGGCUGAAGGACGGUCAGGCCGUGGACUUCAACGACAACGUUGUGAGCGAGGUGGAUGGGGCCGUCAGACGCCUCAUCCUCGUCAUCACCAGACCACAGGAUGUCGGCGAGUACACCUACCAGGUGGCCAACUCCAAAACCAGCGCCAACCUCAAGGUUGAGGCGGUGAAGAUCAAGAAGACUUUGAGGAACCAGACAGUGACAGAGACCCAGGAGGCCGUGUUCUCACUGGAGCUCACCCACCCGGACGUGAAAGGAUCCCAGUGGAUCAGGAACGGAGUGGAACUGCAGAACAGCAGCAAGUUUGAGAUCACCUCUGAGGGAACGAUCCAGACCCUGAAGGUGAAGGACUGCAACACACAGGACGAGACGGUUUAUUCCUUCAAACUGGGAAAACUGUCCGCCAACGCCAGACUCAACGUAGAGACAAUCAAGAUUGUCAAGAAGAUUAAGGACGUGAAGUCACUUCUGGACGGCACCGCCUCCUUCGAGUUGAGCCUGUCACACGACAACGUCCCCGUCAGGUGGAUGUUCAAAGGCGCCGAGCUGAAGUCAAGCGAGAAGUGCAAGAUUCUGUCGGAGAGGAAAGCUCACAAACUGAUCCUGCAGAACGUCGACAGCAGCAACGCAGGAGAGUACACGGCCGUGGUCGGACACCUGCAGUGCAGCGCCAUGCUUACUGUAGAGGCCCUUUGUGUCACCAAACCUAUGGAGAGUGUGGAGGUCCCUGAGACUCAGGUGGCCACGUUUGAGUGUGAAAUUUCUCACUUCAAUGUUCCCUCCACCUGGCUCAAAAACGGCGUGGAGAUCGAGAUGAGCGAGAAGUUCAGGAUCGUGGUUCAGGGAAAGCUUCACCAGCUGAAGAUCAUGAACACCAGCAGGGACGACUCUGCAGAGUACACCUUCAUCUGCGGAAACGACAGAGUUUCAGCAACACUUACCGUCAACCCCGUCCUGAUCACCUCUAUGCUAAAUGACCUGAACGCUCAGGAGAGAGACACCAUUACCUUUGAGGUCACCGUCAACUAUGAAGGCAUCAGCUACAAAUGGCUGAAGAACGGCGUUGAGGUCAAAUCGUCGGACAGAUGUCAAGUCCGCAGCAAGCAGCUCACACAUUCACUUACUAUCCGAAACGUUCACUUUGGAGACGGAGGAGAGUACCAGUUUGUGGCAGGCUCUGCUGCUACCGCUGCUAACCUCUUUGUUGAAGCUCGUGUCAUUGAGUUCACCAAGAAGAUUAAAGACAUAAAGGUAACUGAGAAGAAGAAGGCGAUUUUUGAGUGUGAAAUUUCUGAGCCGAACAGCCUGGUGAUGUGGAUGAAGGACGGCCAGGAGCUGGACUUAUCUGAGGAAAGGUAUGUAGUGACAGCUGAGAAGUACGUCCAUCGUCUGAUGAUCCAGACAGUUCGCAUGUCAGAUGCUGGAGAGUAUUCAGUGGUGGCCGGAUCCAGCGUCUCCAAGGCCCAGCUGACCGUAGAGGGUCGUGAUGUCCGGAUCGCUGAACCUGCUGAGCGGCAGAUCACGGUUCUCGAGAAGCACAGAGCAACCUUUGAGUUUGAGGUGAAUGAGGACGACGUAGAAGGUCGCUGGCUCAGGAAUGGCGUGGAGAUCCAGUUCUCUGUGGAGGAGAGGUUCAGCUAUGCCGUUAUCAGGAAGCUGCACCGCCUCACCAUCUCUGAGACCUACAGGAGCGAUGCUGGGGAGUACACCUUCAUCGCUGGCAAGAACAGGAGCACCAUGCACCUCAGAGUUAACAUCCCGGAGCCUCCUCAGAUCCUCCGACACAUGGAGCCCCAGUCGGUUGAGGCAGGAAAGCCGGCUCGCUUCUCCGUGGAAGUAAGCGGCGUUCCCCAACCACAGGUCUCCUGGUACAAAAACUCCCAGGCUCUGUCACCGGGCUUCAAGUGCAAGUUCUUGCACGACGGCAACGAGCACACGCUGCUUCUAAUCGAAGUAUUCCCCGAGGAUGCCGCCAUCUACAACUGCGAAGCCAGGAAUGACUACGGCACGGCCACCAGCACUGCCACACUCAAUGUAGAAGUGUCAGAAGUGGUCUCUCCAGACUCUGCUGCCCCCAUCGCUCCACCCGUCAUUAUCUCGCCUAUCUCCGACACCUCAGCCAGAGAGGGAGAAUCUGCUCACUUCCAGUGCAGAGUCCGUGGAGAUGAUGUGAAGAUCAGCUGGUUCCACAAGGAGAAGGAGAUCAAGCAGUCGGAUUUCUUCAGGAUGUCUCAGUUUGAUGACAGCUGUCAGCUGGAAAUCCCCAGAGUUUACCAGGAGGACGAGGGUGAAUACACCUGCGUGGCCACAAACAACGCUGGGAAAGUGUCCUGCUCCGCCACUCUCACACUGGAUGUAACUCUUGUGAGGGAGCAGAUCGAAGCCACGUUUGAAGAAGAAGUUAAAGAGCGUUCUAGCGCCACCGUCACCACUGUGGAAGAACGGGAGGAAACCUUCUACACUGGUGUCCAGUUACCACAGAAAUCUAAAACACUUGAACUCAAGCCAGAGCCCAAACGUUACUCUUCCUCUUUAGAGAAGAAAAAAGAAAAGCCAGUUUUCCUCAGCCAGCUGUCCCCGGCGGCUGUGACCUCAGGGGAGUCAGCCAGGUUUACGGUCAGGGUGUCGGGCUUUCCAAAGCCCAUCGUCCAGUGGUCCCACAACGGCAGGGUGGUAAAGAGCUCCUCUGGGUAUAAGCUGGUGGAGGAGGAGGAGGAGUACACGCUGGUGAUCACCAGAGUCACGUCUGAGUACGAGGGCGAGUACUCGUGCACCGCCACCAACAGGUUUGGCCAGACCACCUGCACCACAUACCUAGAGGUGAAAAAGUCCGAUAUCAGCCAGGCGGAGCGGUGGGUGGAGAAGAUGUUUAAGGUCACAGGUCAACCACCCACCUUUCCAGUUCAGAUCCAGCCUGUCAGGUGUUCAGAGGGAGCGGAGGUUUAUUUCAAUUACGUAACCGCAGGAGAUCCGCUUCCUGAUGUGAAAUGGUUCAAAGGGGCUUUCCAGAUCCAGCCCAGUAGGAACUGCAUCAUGGUAGCCAACCCAGACGGGUCUGGCCUGAUCAAUAUCAAGAGCGCCAAACAGGAAGACAGCGGCUUGUACACAUGUAAAGCCUCCAACCAGUUCGGCGAGGCCGCCUGCAGCGCCGAGCUGGUGGUGUUCAGGGAAUCGGUCUCUGUUUCUCACAAAGAGGAGCAGCGGACCGUGGUUCAGAAGAAGGCCUAUAAGGUGUCGGUAUCAGAGCAGGCGACAGAGUCUCGCCUGUACCAGGUCAGUCUGCCGGGCCAGGACAGAACCCGGUCAGAUCAGAUGGUUUACACCAUCGGCACCGAAGACAGGAAGAUCAUUCCCAGUGAGCAGGUGGGCUCGCUCGGUGAGGUGGACAUCUCCGCUGCUACCGUCCACCGUGAGACGCUGACCCAACAGGCGGCUGUGCUGCAGACUCACGAGAUGGAGGAGAGGGUCUCCGUGGUUCCCACUCGCCCAGCCCAAGCUUCAGCGUUUCCCGGGAAGCAGCUUCACAUGGCGGCGUUUACGUCCUCUGUGGAGGAGAGCCAGGGCGUCACGGAGCAGCACUGCGACCGCAUUCAGAGUCCCGAGGUCGUUGAGCUGCAGCUAGCACGAGAAAAACGGGCCAAAUUAAUGUCCGCUGUGGCUGAGGAGCUCACCCCCCUCUCCACUGUCAGCACACAGCCCCUGCAUGACAGGCAGCCCGCUGAAGUCAAAGCCACCGCCGAGCCCAAACACCUGGUCAGCGGGUAUCAGGUGGAGUCGCAGCUGGCUAUCACGAGGGAGCAGUCUGAGGAGAUCCCCGGACAGCAGCAAGAGACGGGCUACAAGGUCAAGGAAGGCGUUAAGAUUUUAUAUUCAGCUCAGUCUGCAGAGAAACAAGCGCUGGAAGAAGGCCACACAGCCGAGCUUCCAUCGGCAGAAUCUGCCGUCAAAUCCACCAUCAAGAAAGAAGAGCGCCGGCCGGUUUUAGCCUCAGUCAGCGAGUCCAAACACACUCUUUCUAAGGAGGCCCAGUUCUCCAUGGAGAUGCCGGCUGAAGAAGCGGCCCGGCUCUCUAAGGACACGAUUAUGAAGGCAGCCUUGAACGCUGAAGAAAGGCGAAUACUGCAGUCUGAGCCCACACAAGAGCUUCCACGUCUGGACAGCGCGGUGACCGUUCAGUCGCAGGUAGAAAGUGGAAAGGUGCUCCACCUGCAGGUCAUCACAGACCAAGAUCUCCUUCCAUCUGAGAAGAGCUUCAGCUGUGAAAAACCUGCAACGCAGCAGGCAGAUAGCAGGAAGAGUCCCACUCUGCUGCACACCGUCAGCCAGGAUGAGCAGAGAACUGUGCUUUGUGAAGACCUGUCCGAGUUUGAGGCCAAGGCCAGCUCCGUAGCCAUCCAGCCCCAGAAAGAGGCCCCGGCCGUGCUGCAUCUUCAGUCGGCCCAGCCUGUAGAGGUGCUGCCCAAAGAGGGUCUUCUGACCGCUGAGAAGCCCGACGAGCAGGUGGCGACACAGAAACAGGAGAAAUCAAGGAGCCAUGCAGCUGUCUCCGAGGAACGCAGGGAGCUCACAGCAGAUUACCACACAGAGCUGGAUUUGUCAGUCACCGGGGUUCAGUCUAAACUUCGAACUGAGCCCAAGCCUCAGAAUAUCCUGCAGGUCUCCUACCGGCCCAUGGAGCUGCCGAAGGAGACCCCCAUCGCUGCCGAUUUUAAGCAGCAGCGAGCUCUGGUGCAGAAAGAGGACCGCUGGAAUGUGAUGCAUGUCACCAGCGUAGCAGACAGUCAGGUUCUGGAGGAGGGUCACACGGAGACCCUGUCAGGCGUGGACACGUUCAAGUGUCUGACAGCCGUCGAGCCCAAAAUGCCCACAGAACCGGUCCAGAUCGAGGAGAAGGAGAUCUCCACGGAGAGCAGCGUCUCUCUGGAGGCAGCAGAACAGGACUUUGCCGUUCAGAUCCAGGAGGGUCAGUCCGUCAGGCAGUCGAUAGUCAUGGAUGAGAAGCGAGUGCUGACGGGGGAGCACUCUCAGGAGAUCUCCAAGUCUGAGUCCACUAAAGUCGUAGUCAGCACACAGCCCAAGCUGUCCUUCAUGGCAUCAGAGUCUGAGGACAGCACGGCUCUCCCCAAGGAGAUGAUGUUUGUGAUUCAGGUCCCUAAGCCUUCCAGCCUGAAGACACGGCGCCAGCUACGAGAGGCGCUGCAGUCCGCCGUGGCCAGCGACCAGCCGGUGCUGCUGGCGGACGUUGUUGGAAAGCUGCAGGCCGUAGAAGUGCAGGAGGUCAAAGUUCAGCGAGAACCCAAACGCUCGAUGUUUACGUAUCUCAUCACGACAACGGGCGCGCCCAUGGAGAUAACGCUCGCUUUCGAAGGCGAAUACCCGCAAACGGCCGAUGUCCGGACCGAACUCCAGGCGGCAUUGCACUCUAUAGUGUACCAGGAGGCCCACGUUCUCACCUCGGAGCAGAUCGGCACCACGCAGCUGGACAAACCUCAGAGGGCCCGGGUCAGCUCGGCCCGGUCAGAGCAGAAGCUUUCCUCAGUGGUGGAGACUGUCCGCGUGGCGGAGAGUACAGUGGAUUUCACAGCCGAGAAAUCUCAGGCUGCUGCUCUGCAGAUCGAGUCUAACGUCACGGUUGAACGUGCUGCGGCAGAGGGACAGGUUGUAGUGCAGGAAUCCAAGACCGAAAAGAUAGAGAUGUCCAUCUCAUCCAAGACUAAAACAACCACAGAGUCUCGGGUGGGCUUUGAGCAGUCGGUUCAGGUGUCAAGGAAAGAGAUGAGGUCUGUAACGGUAGAGAGUAAAGAAAAGCAUGCAGGAGCAGCUGUUGUCACAGCAGCUCUGCCUCCUGCCACCGUAGCCACUGAGCAAACCUUAGAUGUUAGCAUCCAGCAGGAGCACAGCGAGGAGAUCUUCACAGAGCAGAUCACUGUAUCCAGACCAGAACAGAGAGAGCACCCUGAAAUAGUUAUAUCCCUGCAGGACAUAUCCAUAGAAGAAGAUAGCCAAGUCACCUUUAGCACCACCAUUAAAUUUGUAGCUAAAGUGAGCUGGUUUUUCAAUGGCCAAUUGGUGGAACCUGGCAGAGAGUUCAAGUGUUUUAAAGCCAAUGACACAUACUCACUGGUUAUCGACAAAGUUGUCAAGGAGAGGCAUCAAGGAGAAUAUGUUUGUGAGGCUGAGAAUGAAGCCGGCAGGACAACAACAUCUUCCAGACUCACUGUGGUCUCAAGAGUGCCACCAGUUUUCAGGCAGAAGCUCAACCCCGUCGAGAUCAACGUCGGAGGCCACGCAAAGUUCGACUGUGAGACGGAGGACGCACCGAACGUGACCUUCAGGUGGUACAAGUCGGGCACUGAGAUCCGACAGAGCGAGAAGUACCGGAUCGUCAGCCGCCACACGGGCUCUUCUCUGGAGCUCCUGAAUCCCGUGAAGGCCGACAGCGGGGAAUACACCUGCAAGGCCUCGAACCAGCACGGCUCGGACAGCUGCAGCGCCUCGCUCGUCGUCACCGAGAUGUAUCCACCAGUAUUUGUUUCAAAACCAGAGCCGAUGGCCUUGUUUGUGGGCAAACAGGCCGUUCUCCAGUGCUCGCUCACUGGAUCGUCACCAAUGGAGGUUGUCUGGCACAAGGACAACAUAGCCGUCACAUCUGAAGGGAAUUAUGUCAUAAAAAGUGAAAGGAACAAGUAUUCUCUUCACAUUAAAAGUCUCGAGUUGACCGAUCAGGGAGUGUACCUGUGCAAGGCCUCCAACAGCGUCGGCACGGCUACUUUUACCACCGAGCUUAUGGUUAUAAAAAAGCCCAGCUUUGUUCGGACCUUUGAGCCGACGUCCGCCGCUGUCAAUGACCCGCUGAGGCUGGAGUGCCAGGUGGAUGAGGACACUGCUGUGACCGUCACCUGGACCAGGGAUGGCAAAAAAGUCCACCUGAGCAUGGACUGCAAGCUGUCCUUUGAGGAUAAGGUGGCCGUUCUUGAGAUUCCCAAGUCCAAAGUGAAGGACUCUGGGAAAUAUGUUUGCACAGCCACAAAUGAGGCUGGCAGCUCAUCCUGUGAGGCUGUGGUGACAGUUCAAGAACCGCCUGCUUUUGUCAGGAAAAUGGAGCCUAAGAUUACCUGGAAGCAGGGUGCAGCUGCACGCUUACAGUGCAGCGUUAAGGGAUCUCCAGAACUUCACAUCCACUGGUUCUGGAAUGACAGAGAGCUUAGUGACGGAGAGAAAUAUAAAGUCGCCUUUAAGAACGGCGUGGCGUCUGUGGAGAUAUUGAACCUUCUGGUGGCAGACAGUGGGAAUUACACGUGUGAGGUGUCAAACAAUGCCGGUAGCGAGAGCUGCAGCGCUCUGGUCGCUGUCAAAGAGCCUCCAUCCUUUAGAAAAGAUCUCCAGACUGUAGAAGCUGUGAAAGGUGCAACAGCUCAGCUGGAGUGUGAGAUUGCAGGAACGGCUCCUUUUGAGAUCAGCUGGUUAAAAAACAGGAAGCCCAUCACGGGUGAUGAGAAAUAUAAAAUCCUCUCUCAAGACUCCCUGUCGAGGCUGGAGAUCCAGACCUUUGAGAGUGCAGACAUUGGAGAUUAUCAGUGCGUCGUGUCCAACGACGUGGGGAAGGUGACCGCCAAGGCCUCGGCGAAGCUGAAAGAGCCGCCGUCUUUCUCAAAGAGAGUCGAAAGUGUUACAGCAGUGCUGGGAAACGCAGUGAAGCUGCAAGGAACCAUAAAGGGCUCGGCUCCCAUCACUGUUAAAUGGAUGAAAGACUCUGAAAUCCUCAGAGAUGAUGAUCCAAACAUUAAGAUGGUUUUUGAGAACAAUCUCGCCAGCCUUGCCAUAACAGCAGUGGCCAUCGGCCACGGCGGCAAGUAUUCAUGCCAGGCGGAGAACGAGGCCGGGCAGCAGAAGUGUGAAGCCACCCUGACCGUGCAAGAGCCUGCUAGAGUUGUAGAACCUGCAGAGUCCAUCAGUGUGACUGCAGGGGAUUCGGCCACGCUGGAGUGCACCAUCUCUGGAAGCCCAGAGCUGAAGGUGAAGUGGUUCAAAGACGGGAAGGAGAUGAUCAGCGGGCGCAAAUACAAGAUGGCCCUGAAGGACAACGUGGCCACCAUGAAGAUUCUGACCGCAGAGAGAGGAGACACUUCGGAGUACAAGAUGGAAGUGUCCAAUAAAGUCGGCAAAGACCAGUGCACAUGCUCAGUCACCGUCUUAGAUCGGAUUAUGCCUCCAACUUUCACCAAAUCGCUGAAAAGAGUCGACGGCAACAUUGGUAACGACGUGUCCCUGGACUGCAAGCUGUCUGGCUCCCAGCCCAUGAGCAUUGUUUGGUUCAAGGAUGAGCAGGAAGUGGAGCUGGGAGCCAAGUUUCAGUCGGAGUUCAAAGACGGCUCUGCCACGCUGAGAGUCAGUCGGCUGGAGAAGGCCGACUCCGGGGUUUAUAAAUGCAGAGCCACCAACUCCGCUGGCUUUAAAGAAACCAGCGGCACGCUCUACGUCAAAGAGCCCCCAGCGUUCACAGAGAAACCCGACAACCAGGACGUUGUACCAGGAGCCAAAGUCUCCUUCAGAGCAGCCUUCACUGGGACUGCUCCUCUGGCUGUUAAAUGGUUCAAAGAGGAAAAAGAGGUUGUAACUGGAGGCAUUUAUUUCAUAAAGAAAGACGCGUCAUCCAGCUCUCUGGAGCUUCAAUCGGUGAAGCCCGCUGAUUCCUCUAAGUACACCUGCCAGGUGUCCAACGACGCUGGGAAAGUGGAUUGCUCUGCAGUCCUCUUUGUGAAAGAGCCGCCUGCGUUUGUGCGGAAGCUCGACGCCACCAAGCUCGUCACCAGCGGCGACUCCGCCAGGCUGGAGUGCAAAGUGUCGGGUAGUCCCGUCAUCAGCUUCAAAUGGUUCAAGGACGAGAUGGAGAUCAGCUCCGGUCCCAAAUACACAAUUAGUGCGACUGACGUGGAGGCAACUCUUGAAAUAUUGAACUGUGCAGUCGGGGACAGUGGAGAUUAUGUCUGUGUGGCGUCAAGUGAAGCCGGCAGCGAUCGCUGCAGCAGUACAGUUACUGUCAAAGAACCGCCGGUAUUUGUACGUAGCUUGGAGUCCAAAGAUGUGGUGAAAGGGUCUGAGAUGAUGCUGGAGGCCCAGGUCUCUGGUUCUGCUCCUUUCACCGUGUCGUUUAAUAAAGACUCUAAAGUGAUCAGAAAUGACAAAAGACACAGAAUCACAGUGAAAGACGACCUGGUGGCGCUGCAGGUGCAGGCGGUCGAGGCGGCAGACGCCGGUUUGUACCAGUGCACUGUGGAGAACGAAGUGGGGAAAUCAACCUGUGAAUGUCAAGUGAAGCUGAAAGAACCGCCGUCUUUUGUCCAAAAGCUUGAGAACCUGAGUUCGCUGGUGGGCAGCGACGUGUCUCUCCAGUGCACACUGAAGGGCUCUGAGCCCAUUACCGUGUCUUGGCUGAAAGACAACCAUGAGCUCAAAGAGGCUGAAAAUGUUCACAUUUCAUAUGAGAACAAGACUGCCCUGCUACACAUCGGCGGCUUGCAGAGCGAACAUGGAGGCAAAUACUCGUGCCAGGCUCAGAAUCAGGCUGGUAGCCAGACCUGCUCUGCUGUGCUGACGGUUAAAGAACCCGCUAAGAUAACAGAGGAGGCCAAGUCCAUCAGUGUGACUCAGGGGGAUCCGGCCACACUGGAGGUCCGGUUCUCCGGGACCAAACCCCUGAAGGCCAAAUGGCUGAGGGCUGGCAAGGAGCUGACAUCUGGCCAGAGGUUUAAAGUACAGACCAAAGACACCAGCUCUGUGCUCAAGAUUGUCAAAACUGAGAAAAGCGACAGUGGUGAAUUUAGCUUUGAGAUCUCUAAUGAUGUCGGACAAAGUUCUUGCGAAGCCUCUCUCACGGUUCUCGAUCAAAUAAUUCCUCCAUCCUUUACGAGAAAACUAAAGCAGACAGAAGGUAUUAAGGGAUCGUUCGCUCAUCUGGAAUGCCUCGUGUCGGGCUCCCUGCCCAUUACUGUCCAGUGGUACAAAGAUGAGAAGGAGAUCCAGGCUGAUGAGAAACACAAAUGUACUUUCUUUGAGAGUGUUGCUUGCCUGGAAAUCUCUGACCUUCACCUUAAAGAUGGUGGAAGUUACACCUGCAUCGCCAAAAACAAAGCGGGGACAGUCCAGUGCUCAGGGAUCUUGUUUGUGAAAGAGCCACCAAGCAUUCUUGAAAAACCUGAAUCCAUGAAUGUUUUACCUGGAUCAAAGGUCCAGUUUAAUGUGCUUCUCUCUGGCACGCCGCCUCUCACCAUCAAAUGGUUUAAAAACAAGAAGGAGAUUGUAUCAAGUAGCGACUGCUCUGUGAUCAAAGACAACACGUCUAGCUCACUGGAGCUCUUCUUCGCUAAGAGCUCAGACUCUGGAGAAUACGCCUGUGAAAUCCACAACGAUGUGGGCUCCACUUCCUGCCAAGCAAAUCUUUUUGUCAAAGAGCCUCCUAAAUUCACGCGGACCCCGGCCCGUGUGUCCGUGGUGCGUCCGGGUCAAAGCAAAGUGUUUGAGUGCCAGGUGACCGGCACGCCUGAGAUAGACAUCUACUGGUUUAAAGAGGGCUCUGAGAUCAGCGCCAGUGAUCGCUACAAGAUGGCCUUUGUUAACUCUGUGGCCACGCUGGAAGUCUGCGGGGCUGAAACCAAAGACGGCGGCCUUUACUACUGCGAGGCUCGCAAUGAGGCUGGCAGUGAGAGCUGCAGCAUGGAGCUCAAAGUCAAAGAGCCGCCAUCUUUUAUUAAGGAACUUUCUCCAGCUGAUGUUGUGAAGGGUUCGUCGGCCUGCUUUGAGUGCCAGGUUGCUGGAACAGGUCCGUUUGAGAUAACGUGGCACAAAGAUGGUAAAGAGAUCAAGCCCAGUGCCAAACAUGGCUUCUCCCAGAUGAAUGACACUUUGGCCCUAGAGAUCCACAGGUGUGAUGGUGUGGAUGUGGGUGAAUAUCAGUGUACUGUAGCUAAUGAGGUGGGGAGCUGUACUUGUAAGACGACUAUGAGCCUUAAAGUUGCUCCAACAUUUACCAGGAGGAUGGAGGACAGCGUUACUGUCCUGGGUAAACUGGCAGAGUUUCAGUGCGUUGUGGUGGGUUCUCCCACUCUUUCUGUCCAGUGGCAGAAAGAUGAGAGCUGGAUUGUGGAGGAUCCAAACAUUGAGAGAACGUUUGAAAACAAUGUGGCGACUCUCAGGAUCGCUGCCUGUGAAGCCUCUCAGGCAGGUAGAUACACCUGCCAGGUAAUCAAUGAGGCUGGGCAGGAUAAGUGCUUCGCCACGCUCACAGUGCAAGAGCCUCCUCAGAUCUUAGAGAAACCCGAGGAGCUAAAGGUAACCGUGGGAGACCCGGUCAGUCUGGACUGUAAGGUGAAAGGCUCUCCUGAGCUCAAGGUGAGGUGGAUGAAAGACGGCAAGGAGCUGCAGUCCAUCAGGCAGCACAAGCUGAUCUUUGAGAACAACAUCAGCAGCCUGAAGAUUCAGGGAGCUCAGAGAGCGGAUGACGGAGAGUACGUGUUUGAGGUGUCCAACCACAUCAGCAGCUGCUCCUGCAAAGUUAAAGUGGUUGUAUUAGAGCAAGUAAUUCCUCCCAGCUUCAUCAAACCGCUGGUAGACAUGCAGGAGAUUCUGGGCUCCUUUGUUCAGAUCUGCUGUAAAAUAUCCGGUUCCCUCCCGAUCUCCGUGGAGUGGCAGAAAGACGGGAGUAAAAUCUCCAGCGGCGUCAAACACAAACUGAUUCAGCAGGACAACUCUGUGUCUGUGGAGAUCGAGCAGCUAGAGCGAUCUGAUGCCGGCUCGUACUCUUGCAAACUGACCAAUGCGGCUGGGAGCUGUGAAUGUAGCGGAGCCCUCAUGGUCACAGAGCCUCCCAGCUUUGUGGCGCCGCCCGAGUCCCAGGCGGCUCUGCCCGGCGCCUCGGUGCGCUUCAGAAGCACGUUCACGGGCACGCCGCCCUUCACGGUCAAAUGGUUCAAGGACGACACGGAGCUCAUGACCGGGCCCACGUGCUUCACGGGCGUGGAUGAAACGUCCUGCUUCUUAGAGCUCUACUCGGUGGCCGUCGCUCAGAGCGGACUUUACUCUUGCCAAGUCAGCAACGAUGCUGGUUCUGUGCGCUGUAGUGCAGAUUUGACUGUCAAAGAACCACCUGAGUUUGUGCUGAAACUUCCCGCCGCUAAGUUUGUAAAGCGGCACGAAUCACUCCGCCUGGAGUGCAAAGUGCGCGGCUCGGCCCCCCUGACAGCGACCUGGUACAAACACGACACCAAGGUGUCGGACGGGGGCAACCACAGGACGUCGUUUGUUGACUCGCUAGCUGUCCUGGAGCUCCUGUCCAGCAGCUUUGACGAUGACGGAGUUUACACCUGUGAAGCUCACAAUGAUGCUGGCAGCGUGAGCUGCAGCACCACGCUUACGGUGAAAGACCCGCCUGCGUUUGUGAAAGUACCCCAGCCUGUUGAGGGGCUGAAGGGUAAAGACGUGAGCUUGUACUGCGAGAUGAGCGGUUCAGCUCCGUUCCAGGUGGCCUGGUUGAAGGACAGGAAGCCUCUGAUGGAGAGCAGGAAGUAUAAGAUGGUGAGCGAGGGCAGCUCCGCCACCCUGCAUGUCAUUGGGAUAGAGCCUUCGGACGCCGGCGAGUACGAGUGCAAGGUUUCGAACAGUGUAGGAAGCGACUCCUGCCACGCUCAGGUUAAACUCCGAGAGCCGCCGUCAUUUGUGGAGAAACUGUCAAACAUGACAGUGAUGCUGGGGGAGGAGGUGACCCUUAUGGCCACUGUUAAAGGCUCUGAACCCAUUACUGUGUCCUGGGUUCAGGACAAGGAUCACAUUCUCAGGGACAGUGACAACAGGAAAAUCACCUUUGAGAACAACCAGGUCGCUCUUACUGUGUUUAAGGCCGAUGCAACCGUGGCGGGCAGGUACACCUGCCACCUGAGAAAUGAUGCUGGGAGUGUGGAGUGUUUCGCUAACUUGACUGUCCUAGAGCCCGCCACCAUCGUGGACAAACCCGACACGUUGAGCGUGACGGCCGGCAACAUGGCCGCCCUGGAGGUCAAAGUGUGCGGGACGCCCGAGCUCGUUCCCAAGUGGUUCAAAGACGGCAUGGAGCUGGCCACCGGCAGGAAGUACAAGAUCUCCUUCUCCCAGAUGAUCUCCAGCCUGAACGUGCUUUCCACGGAGAAGCUGGACUCUGGCGAGUACACCUUCCAGGUCAUGAACCAAGUCGGCAAAGAUCUGAGUAAAAUCAACCUGACGGUUUUAGAUAAGACGGUUCCUCCAACCUUCACCAGGAAGCUGAAGGACUGCAAGAUGACGGUGGGAGAAGCCGCAGAGAUGGAGUGCAAAGUGUCGGGGUCCCCCCCGUUCACUAUUUCAUGGUACCACGAUGGCGAGGAGGUCCAGAGCGGGCCGAACUGCGAGCUUUCCUUCAGCGACAACAGCUGCACGCUCAGAGUUCCCACGCUGAGGCUGUCAGACUCUGGGAUCUACAAAUGCAAGGCUGUUAACGAGGCCGGAUUCAGCGAGACGUCGGCCACUUUGGCCGUCAAAGAACCUCCAUCCUUCGUGGUGCCGCCGCAGCCGAUGGAGGCCAUGCCUGGCUCUCACGUGACCUUCUCCGCCAUGGUGAAGGGCAGCGCGCCCCUCACCCUGAAAUGGUUCAGAGGAACGAAGGAGAUCCUGCCAGGGAAGGACUGCAGCUUCUCCCUGAAGGACAACCAAGUGACCCUGGAGCUUCACAGCGUGAACAGGUCUCAUGCCGGAGAGUACAUCUGUCAGAUCAUCAACGACGCGGGAAAAGAAAGCUGCGCCGUGAACCUCACCAUCAAAGAACCGGCAGCCUUCUCCAAGAAGCUGAAGGACGUGUCGGUGGAGAAGGGCAAACCUUUAACGCUCGAGGCGUCGUACACCGGAACGCCAAAGAUCACGGUGAGCUGGUUCAAAGACGGCCAGCAGAUCUUUGCUUCCUACAAACACAACAUCACCACGACGGAAAGCUCCUGCAUCCUGGAGGCUCUCAGCACAGACGACAAGGACGCCGCGGGGACCUACUCCUGCCAGGUGUCCAACGACGCCGGAACGGACACGAGCGAGGCCGUCGUGUCCAUUUUGGAGCCUCCUUACUUUGUCGAAUCUCUUGAACCCAUGGAGGUGACGGCAGGUGACGCCGUGUGUCUGAAGUGCCAGGUGGCAGGUACGCCUGAGAUCAAGGUGUCCUGGUUCAAGGCUGACGGUAAAGUGCGGUCCAGCCCCACCUGCAAGCUGGAGUACUCCAAGGGCGUCGCCUGCCUGAAGCUCAGCAAAGCCACCAAGGCUGACGUCGGGGAGUACACCUGCAAGGCGGAGAACAAGAUCGGCUCCGCCUCCUCCACCUGUAGACUCAAUGUACUCGAGGCCAAAACGCCGCCAUCCUUCCCCAAAAAGAUCACCAGCCUGCAGGAGACGGAGGGCCAGGCGGUGCGCUUCGAGUGCCGCGUCGCCGGCUCCUCCCCCGUCGAGGUGUCGUGGCUGAAAGACGGCAAGCCGCUGGCGGAGGGAGGCGAGUUCUCCAUGCUGUACGACGACAACACGGCCGUGCUGCAGAUCAGCCGCGGCGAGAUGAUGCAUUCUGGGGAGUACACAUGCGUGGCCACCAACAGCGUGGGCUCGGCCUCCUGCAGAGCCAAACUCACCAUGCAAGAACCCAGGUACCCUCCGGUCUUUGACAGGAAGUUGUCACCGCGGGAGGUGACGGUGGGUGACAGCAUCGAAAUGGAGUGUCACAUGACCGGCUCCGCCCCCAUCAAAGUCACAUGGUCCAAAGACCAUAAAGACAUUCGCUCUGGCGGGAACUAUAAGAUCAGCUGUGUGGAUAACACCGCCCACCUGAGCAUCCUGAAGGCAGAUAAAGCCGACACAGGGAAGUACUUCUGCCAUGCCUCCAACGACAUGGGCAAGGACUCUUGUUCCGCUGACAUCUCUGUCAAAGAGCGUAAAAAUCCACCAGUGUUCACCAAAAAGCCCUCGGAGCACAUGGAGGACAUGGAGGGCAAACUGGUUAAAAUCGAGGGCCGGGUCACCGGCUCACAGCCCGUGUCAGUCAGCUGGUUCAAAGACGACCAGGAGAUCCGCAGCUCUGACAAAUACGACAUCAGCUUCAAGAGCAACGUGGCGGUGCUGUGCAUCAAGAGCAGCCAGGUGGCCGACAGCGGCAGGUACACCUGCCAGGCCUCCAACGAAGCUGGAAGAGCCUCCUGCGACGUCACCGUGGGCAUCCUGGAAGCCAAGAGGCCUCCAGUGUUUGACGUUCCGCUCAAACCGGUGACUGUGGAUGAAGGUGACAAGCUGAGCCUCAAGUGUCACGUCUGCGGGUCCGCGCCCCUGAAGGUCCAGUGGAUGAAGGACAGGAAGGAGGUGUCAUCGGCUGGCAGCACCAGGGUCAGCUUCUCUGAUGGUACAGCCAGUCUGGAGAUCAACUCAGCCUCCAAACACGAUGCAGGCGAUUACCUCUGCAAGGCGACCAACGAUGCCGGCGCAGAGUUCUGCAAGGCCAAGGUCACAGUCAAAGUGAAACCAGGAGCAGCUAAACCCGAGGCUCCAGCACCCGCUCCGACCCCAAAACUGGAUAAUCUGUUCUUCAUCGAGGAGCCCAAAUCUACACAUGUUACAGAGAAGGGAACCGCCACCUUCAUCGCUAAGGUCGGUGGAGAACCCAUCCCCAGUGUGAAGUGGAUGAAAGGGAAAUGGAGACAGCUCACCCAUGGCGGCCGCAUCUCAAUCGUGCAGAAGGGUGAGGAAGCCAAGCUGGAGAUCCGAGAGGUGACCAAGUCAGACUCGGGUCAGUACCGGUGCGUUGCCUCCAACAAGCACGGGGAGAUCGAGUGCAACACCGACAUGCAUGUAGACGAAAAGAAAGGAGCCCCGCAGCUUGAGGGAGACCUCCGAGCCAAACUGAAGAAGACGCCAUCAAAGCAGAAGAGUCCACAGGAGGAGAAGGACAUCGACAUUGUCGAGCUGCUGAGGAACGUCGACCCCAAAGAGUACGAGAAGUACGCCCGGAUGUACGGCAUCACCGACUACCGGGGUCUGCUGCAGGCCAUCGAGCAGCUCAAGAAAGAAAGGGGAGAAGAAAGUGGAAGACCGGAAAUGGAACGUGGAGACAGGGAGUCAGACGAGGACAUGGCCCGACUGGUGGCCGACCUGCAGAAGAGGAUGGAGAGGACAGAGCCUGUCACCGUAGUGAAGGACAUCUCCAACCAGUCAGUCUUCACAAACGAAGAGGCAGAGUUUGAAUGUGAGAUCAAGAUCAACUACCCAGAGAUCACGCUGUCGUGGUACAAGGGCACGCAGAAGCUGGACACGGGAGACAAAUACCACAUCAGCAUCAGUGGCGACCGCCACCUGCUCAAGAUCAAGAGGUGUCAACCGUCCGACCAGGGCAACUACCGGGUGGUGUGCGGGCCGCACAUCUCCAGCGCCAAGCUCACCAUCACGGAGGUGGAGGUGGAGAAGCACUUGCAGGACACGUCCGGUAAGGAAGGCCAGUCCUGCACACUGUCUUGUCAGUUGUCUGUUCCUAACGUUGAGGCUCAGUGGUUUAAAAAUGGCAAGCAGUUAGAGAUGAAGGGAAGGUACUCGUCUGAGGUGAAACACAAAGUUCAGAAGCUUCUGAUCAAAGACCUGAAGUCUGAAGACCGGGGCAGAUACUCCUGCAGAUACCAGCACCUGGAGUCCUCUGCCGACCUCAGGGUGGAAGCCGAACAAAUUCAUUUCACCAAACGCAUCCACAACGUCGAAGUCAACGAGCGCCAGUCGGCCACCUUCGAGUGUGAGGUGUCCUUCGACAACGCUAUUGUUUCUUGGUACAAAGACACCUGGGAGUUGAAAGAAUGCACUAAAUACAACUUCAGAAGCGAGGGUCGAAGACAUUUCAUGGUCAUUCGAAAUGUGACCAUUGAGGACGAAGGCGUGUACUCAGUGAUUGUGAGAUUGGAGCCCAGAGGAGAGGCUAAGAGCACAGCUGAGCUUUAUUUGUCUGGCAAAGAAAUCGAAUUAGCGAUGGUGCCGACAGAUUUCCCAGACUCUUCAGUUCAGAGGCCUGAAAUGCCUUCUUCAGAAGAAAUUCAAGAAUCUGCUGAGUUCUAUCAGUUGGAAGAAAAGGUCGAACAGAGAGAAUCGGCUGAAUAUUCAUAUCACUAUGAAGAGGAGGUGCAGCAGAAAGUCGAGUAUCAGAGCUGGUCAGAGGAGACGGUAACACAGCAGGUUACAGAGACUAAAGCUGCCAGAGUUGCUGUGGAAGAAAAAGUGGAGCUCAUGACUGUUGAGAUGAGGGAGGAAAUUCCAGCUAAAGUCGAGAAAAAGCCCGAAGAGAAGAAGCCUGCAGCUGUGGAGGAAAGCAGGAAAGAAGCGGAGGCCAGGAAGCCUGUAGAGGAAAAAGUUCCUGUGGUUUCAGUCCCAGAGAAGAAGGACGUUCCUGCUCCUAAAGAACCAGAGGAGGCGAAGAAGCCGGCCGUGGCUCCCCCACCGCCUGCAGAGAAGCCCGGUCUGCCCACCAAAGACGAACCCAAGAAGCUGGCUCCGGCUGAGCCCAAGAAGCCGGUGCCUGAAGCAAAGCCCAAGGCUGAACCAGAACCAAAACCCAAACCGGCUCCAAAGGUUGAACCAGAACCAAAGGCCAAACCGGCUCCAAAGGCUGAACCAGAACCAAAACCCAAACCGGCUGCGGCUCCAAAAGCAGAACCGGAACCAAAGGCUAAACCUGCUCCUAAACCAGAACCAGAAGUGAAGCCAGUGACGCCUCCAUCCAAAGCCCCUGAAGAGGCGGCAAAGAUCAAACCUGAACCCGAAGCUCCGAAACCAAAGGCCGAACCGAAGAAAACAAAACCGGAGGUCCGUAAACCAGAACCUCCGGUCCCCAAAGCAGAACCGACACCGGCACCAAAGGAGCCCGAGAAGAAAGCGCCAGAAGAAGCAGCUAAGAAGGAGGCGGCUGCUCCUCCGCCUCCUUCGGUCCCACAGAAGGAGGCAGAAGAACCUCAGAAGAAGCCAAUGAAAGUUCCCGCCGAGGAAAAAGUUCCUGAGCUUCCGAAAGCAGCGAAGAAACCGGAGACCAAAGCGGUUCCUCCUAAAGAUGAACGAGCUCCGAAGGACAAAGCUCUCAAGCCCCAACAGAAAGCUGAAAAGGUUCCUCAGAAAAUGCCUAAAGAGGAGGAGGAGGUUGUGUUGGGCAGAAAACCUGAAAAAAUAUCUGAACCGGCACCAGAGAGAGCUGAGGUGGAGGAGAAGUCUCUGGAGAAGGUCCCAGAGGAAACACCGGAGCCUAAACAGCAAGAUGUUCCAAAGAUGGUCGCUGGAAGAAUCCCUGAGGAACCUCCAGAGGAACCUUCAAAGAAGAUCCCAGAGAAAACCGCUGCUGAGAAGAAGCUCGUUAAGCCUCCUCAGAAAGAGGAGGAAAAGGAGGCGAUCGGUAGGAAGAAGCCUCCUGAGAAGCUCCCUGAGAAGGUUGAAGAAGUGAAGCCAAAGAGAACCUCUGAAGCCCAAAGCGUUUCUGUUAGAACGCCUGAGAAGGUCGGAGUCCAGCGGGAAGCAGAAGAAACUCCUCAGGAAGAGCCUGUAGUGCAGAAGACGGAGAAGAUUCGUCCUAGAGAUCAGGAGAAGAAACUCUUUGUUCCUGGUGAAAAAGACGCUCAGAGGAGACGGGAAGAAGAGAGAGGAUCUGUUUCUGGCUCUGCAGGGAGGAGAGAAAACGCUGAGAUUAAACAGAAAGUUGAAGCAAAAACUGUAGCUGCAGUCCCAGAAUAUCACCCUGAGGUCGCUGCAGAGACGGAAGACGAGUCUGAGGAGUUUUGGGUCGAAGAAACACGAAGCGAAGCGAGGGAGAAGGAAGGCAAACCUGAGGAACCGGGUUCAGUUAAAGAGUUGGCAAGAGAAGUCAUCAGCAAAACGGGUAAAACGUCAGAGAAAUCUGAGGUUAUCAGUCUGAAAUCUGAGGUUAUCAGUCUGAAACCUGAGAAAAUCUCAGGAAAACCCAGCAGAGCAGGAAUCAAACCCACUUCAGGAGGAGAAAGUCACCCAGAAGUGAAAAUGACGGCCAAAGAAGAGAGCAGAAAACCAGAAACUGAAGCGGUUCUGCCUGAAGCGGUUCUGCCUGAAGCGGCGGCUGAGCCAGAUUUGACCCGUUUAGAGAAACGGGUCCGAUCUGCACAGCUGCUAGAUGUGAAACAGGAGGACCGCUCAGUAACAGCAGAACCGGAGACCUCAGCGUCAGCCACAGACCAGAAGUUCAGGACGGACGGCCAGUUUGAAGCAGAACGUCUGAAACCUGAAGGCGUUCCUCCUCAGAGAGCCGGACUCCAGGAUCAGACGAAGCCUUCGCUCUCUUUGAAACCAGCGGCAGAGAGAAAGGUUUCCACAGCAGCUGGAGAAACUGAAGACAAACUCAAGAAGCUUCCAACCAAACCUCGCUCUGCUUUACCUGCUGAAGCUGAGACAAAAGGAAAGAAAGUGGAGAAAGCGCCAUUCGUGGCUCUCGUAGCGGAUGAGAAAAGAGCGUCCUCUGCAGAACCCAAAGUUCCCGCGAAGGAAAAGGAGCUGCCACCAGAACCCAAGGAAGUUAAGCCGACUCCUCCUCCAGAAGAAAUCAAACCAAAGGCUGCAGAAGCUCCCAAAAGACCUGAAGUCCCUGAGAAGAAAAUCGCUGCCCCAGAGCAAACGAAGCCAGUGGCCAAGCCUGCUGUGAAGGCUGAAGAACCGACUAAGGUGGCACCAGAAGAAGAAAAACCAGCUCUGAAAGAUGAAACCAAGGGUCCGGUCCAGGCACCAGGAGGAGUCAAGAAAGAAACUGUUCAGCCAAAAAAGGGUAAAAUUCAAGUGGCGGAGGAUGGUACGUUUGAGAUUCCAACCCUGAAGAAAGCAACCAGAGUCAUGAGGGAGGUGGAAGAGGAGCUUGAGGUCGUCACGCUGAAGAAAGUACCUUCAGUUCCCCUCAAAGAGUCUGAGGAGGAAGAAAAGCCUCAGAAAGUCACCAAGACCACCGUGUUCCAUGAGGAGGAGAUGGUGCGUGAAGAAGAGACUUUUGAGAUGUCCAUUGCUACCAGAAGGGUUGUUGAGGAAAGAAAACCUCGAGAGAAACCUGAGGAGGUGAAGAAGCCAGAUGUUAUCAAGCCUAAAGUAGAGGAAGAAAAAGAAGCUCCUAAAGACGCGUGGACACGCCAGAAGCCCGCCCCUAAGGAGGAAAAACCUGAAGACAAGAUCUCCCUUAAGAAAACUCCUAAAGUACCAAAAGAAGAGGAAGCUGCCCCACCCAGUGCAGCACCGAAAAAAGUGAAAAGGCUGCCCUUAGCUGAAGAGGAACCAGAAGUGGUCAAGCUCAAACCCUUUGAGAAGCCUGCUAAACCUUCAGAGGAGCCAGAGAAGGGUAAGGAGAGGCCAGAUAGAGAUACUGUUCCUUUCCAGAAGGGGGAGAGAACCCCCAGAGAGGUGGAACCCAAAGAGCCUGCAAAGAAAACGGAGGAGGCGCCUCCUGAGGUGAAGGAAGCCCAACCUAAGGUACCAAAGCCAGCAGAUAAAAAGAAAAGUCCAGAGAAAGCGCCUGAGGAGGUCAAAGCACCAACGAAAGGGAAGAAAAUCCCAACAGCUGAACAAGAAAUAGAAAGUGUCCAACUGAAGCCCUUCUCCAAACCUUCCAAAGAACCUGAAGCGCCUGAGAAGAAACCAACAGAGGAGAAAGACAGGAAACCAACCGAUGACCUGCAGCGACGUCGCACCAGUCCAGAGGAAAAGGCGAAAGAGCCAGAGGCUAAGCCCAAGAAGCCAGAGCUUCCUGAACCUCCUGAGAAGAAGCCAGAGAAGCCAAAGGAGGUGGACACAGUUCCAACAGAGAAGACACCGGUUUCAGCACCUGAGAAGAAACCUGACAAAGCUCCAGAGGAGCCCAAACCCAAACCUCUGGAGGUGAAGAAAGGGAUAAUACCCAAGGCUAAAGAGGAGAAGGAAGAGGUAGCACUGAAGCCGGUGGAGAAGCUCAAAAAGGUGGAGAUGAAAAAGACUCCGUCUCCUAAAGUCGAAAAACUCAAGGAAGCAGAAGCAGUCCCAGCUGAGAGGAGGCCAAGUGUGGAAAAACUUAAAAAGGUACCGAAACCCAUCUCACCCAAAGACUCUAUAGAGGCUGUAACUCUUAAAAAGGUUCCAAAGAAACCAUCCCCGGAGGAGGCGAAGGCUGCCGAGGCGGAGCCUGACAAGAAGAAAGUUCCCGCCGCGAAGGAGAUCUCUCCCGGGGCCGUUCAGAUGAAGAAGGUGGCCACUCAUCCAGAGCAGGAGGUGUUUGAAGAGGAGUUUACGGCAGAGGAAGAGGCUGCGCUGGAAGCAGAGGAGGCCUGGGGCUGGGAGCUGGUUCCACGGGACAGUUAUGGCUCAGAGGACUGGGAAGGUGAACCAGAAGAAGGUGCUCUGGAGGUUCCUGGGGUAACCCGGAGAGAGGGGCAGCCGGCAGAGGAAGCAGGACGAGGCAGAGGGAGAGGGCUAAAACCCAAGCAGACCCCAUCCCCUGGAGAGGGCAGGGGCCGAGGAAUGAAACCUGGCGGCAGGGGCCCCACACCCCCAGAGGAACCAUUUGCUGGCUUCAAGCUCAAAGCUGUCCCCCUGAAGUUCAUCAAGAAGCUGCAGGACAUCGUGCUAAAGGAGGCCGAGUCCAUCGGCUCCUCUGCCGUGUUUGAGUGUGAAAUUUCACCCUCCACAGCCGUCACCUCCUGGAUGAAGGACGGCGGUAACCUGCGCGAGAGCCCCAAGCACAAGUUCAUCUCUGACGGCAAAGAUCGGAAGCUGCACAUCAUUGAUGUCCAGCUGUCCGACACUGGAGAAUACACGUGUGUAGCCAAGAACGCUGGAAAGGAGAUUUCCUGCACUGCGAAGCUCAUAGUUGAAGAGCUUCCCAUAAAAUGGAUCAAAGAGUUGGAACCGGAGACCUCUGCUAUCUUGGGUCAGCCGAUAUACAUGACCUGCGAGCUGAGCAAGGAGAGGGACGUGAUCUGGAAGAAGAACGGCGAAGUCCUGAAGAAAAAAGAGGGCAAGAUUCAGAUCAACGUCAUCGGCUUGCAGCACUCUGUGACCAUCCAGGGCUCCACCCUAGAGGACGCUGGUACCUACUCCUGUGAAGUGUCUGAACAGGAGGAUGUCAAGACCUCCUCAAACGUCACAGUGCUUGAAAUUAUUAAAGACUGGAUAGUAAAACCGCUUAGAGACCAGCACGUGAAACCAAAGGCCACCGCUACAUUUAAGUGUGAGCUCUUCAGAGACACUCCCAACUGGAAGUGGCUCAAAGGAGAGGACGAGAUCACUCCAUCUGAUAAAGUUGAGAUCAAGAAGGAUGGGAAGGAGCUGACGCUGACCAUCAAGAACUGCCAGCCAGAAGAUGUGGCGCAGUAUUCCAUGGAGGUGGAAGGACGCGUCUACACCGCCAAUCUAACCCUAGGAGAGCGUGAAGCUGAGAUCCUAAAGCCUUUGGCCAGUGUUGAGGUGAUAGAGAAGGAAGAUGCCAGGUUUGAAACAGAAAUAUCUGAGGAUGAUGUUCCAGGGGAAUGGAAACUCAAAGGAGAGGUUUUGACCAGAUCCCCGACGUGCGACAUCCAAAUGGAGGGUACGGUGCGUAGGCUCACUCUGAAAAACUGCCAGUUGGAUCAGGCUGGAGAAGUGUCCUACCAGGCCCUGAACGCCAUCACAACUGCAAUGCUAACUGUCAAAGAAAUCGAGAUGGACUUUGUUGUCCCACUGAAGGACGUCCAUGUGCCAGAAAAGAAACAAGCUAAGUUUGAAUGCACCAUCACAAAGGAUGUCGCAAAGGUCUUGUGGUAUAAAGGGGCUGACAUCGUCACCCCAGACCAAAAGUACGACAUCAUCGAUGAUGGAAAGAAGCACAUGCUGGUCAUAAACUGCUGCGAGUUUGAUGACGAGGAUGAAUAUACAAUCGAGGUUUUGGGCAAAACGUCCACAGCUAGACUCACGGUUGAGGGAAUCAGGCUCAGGUUUGUCUCACCACUAAAGGACCAAACGGUAAAGGAGGGCACUACAGCUCGCUUUGAGCUGGAGCUCUCUCAUGAGAACAUCCCGGUCACCUGGUACAAGAACGACGUUAAGAUCCAUCUGAGCAGAACCGUCGUCACUCAUGUGGACGGAAAGAAACACAUACUAGAAAUCAAGGACGUGACUCUAGAUGAUAUCUGCCAAAUUAAGGCCGAGGCCAAGGGAAUCCCCUCAAUGGCCAACUUGACCGUUAUAGAGGGAGAUCCCUACUUCACCGUUAAGCUGCAGGACUAUACCGCAGUAGAGAAAGACGAAGUGGUUCUAGAUUGCGAGCUCAGCAAAGAUGUUGAUGUCAUGUGGUACUACAAUGAGGCCGAGAUCAAGGCCUCCAAGAUGGUGGCUAUCAAGGCUGAGGGCAAGCGGAGAACACUAAUCAUCAAGAAGGUUGGGGACAAAGACAAGGGGCAGUAUGUAUGUGACUGUGGGACGGACAAAACGACAGCAGAGCUUCACAUCGAAGCUCGCCACAUCAAGGUGGUUCGGCCCAUGUAUGGUGCCGAGGUCUUAGAAGGAGAGACGGCACGGUUUGAGGUCGAGCUGAGCGAAGACGACGUCCACGGCCAGUGGAGACUUAACGGCGAAGUCCUCAGUCCAUCUGCUGACAUCGAGAUUGUGGAAGAUGGCGCCAAACAUACUCUGGUUUUGUACAACUGCAAAGUGCCCCAAACAGGCGAACUUGUGUUCACCGCCGCCAACGCCAAGUGCUCUGCUAACCUGAAAGUAAAGGAGCUUCCCGUCUCAUUCGUCACACCGCUGGCCGACGUUCAGGUGUACGAAAAAGACGAUGCUAAGUUUGAGCUGGAAAUUUCACGUGAGCCAAAAAGCUUCCGUUGGCUCAAAGGAACUCAGGAAUUAUCCAGCGAUGAUAAGUUUGAAACCCAAGUGGACGGAAAACGACACACGCUUGUCGUAAAGUCCGCCCGAUACGAAGAUGAAGCCAAGUACAUGUUUGAAGCCGAGGAUAAGAGGACGUCUGGAAAGCUGAUUAUUAAAGGUAUUCGCCUUGAAUUUAUCAAGCCGAUUAAAGACGUGACCGUGAAGGAAAGAGAAACUGCAGAGUUCAGCGUUGAACUGUCUCACGACAAGAUCCCAGUAGUUUGGUACAGAAACGAGGUGCGCUUGCAUCCCAGCAAGCUAGUGCACAUGUCGGAGGCAGGAAGAGUGCACACGUUGGCCUUCAAGGAGGUCACGAUAGACGAUACCUCCAUGAUUAAGGUGGAGGCCAUGGGAAAGACGUCAGAGGCUAUGCUCACUGUUCUUGAGGGCGACCUCUACUUCACAGUAAAGCUCCAGAACUACACCGCGGUCGAGAAGGACGAGGUGAUCUUGUCCUGCGAGCUGAGCAAGGCCGCCGCCGAGGUCAAGUGGUUCAAAGACGGCGACGAAAUCUUUUCGUCCAAGAAUGUUCUCUUCCAGUCUGACGGCAGGAAGCGCAUGUUGGUCAUCAAGAAAGCAGCAAAGAAAGACAGGGGGGCGUACACCUGCGACUGUGGCACCGACAAAACCACAGCAGACCUGAACAUCGAAGAGCGCAAUAUUAAGGUCGUCCGCCCGCUGUACAGCGUGGAAGUCACAGAGACGGAGACGGCCACGUUUGAGACACAGAUAUCUGAAGAAGACAUCCACGCCACCUGGAAGCUGAAGGGCGAGCCGCUCCACCCGUCUGCUGAUGUGGAGAUUAAGGAGGAAGGGGUACGGCACACUCUGACCCUCUUCAACUGCAGAAAGGACAUGGCCGGAAGCGUCGACUUCUCUGCAGCCAAUGCAAAAUCUUCAGCUCAUCUCAGAGUCAAAGGCCGGGUGAUCUCACUGGUGAGGCCUCUGAAGAACGUCACGGUGACCGCCGGAGAGUCCGCCACCUUCCAGUGCGAGCUGUCGUACGAAGACAUCGCCGUCGAGUGGUUCCUGGGGGGAACGAAGCUGGAGUCGAGCGACAGAGUGGUGAUGAAGGAUGAGGGGAAAGUCUACAGCGUCACGGUGAGAGACGUCCAGCUGAGUGAGGCUGGACAAGUCAAACUUAUGGCCAAAGACUUUGAGACGGAGGCCAUCCUGUCUGUCAAAGAGCCGCCCGUAGAGUUCACCAAGCCUCUGGAGGACCAGACGGUGGAGGAGGAAUCCACCGCCACCCUGGAGUGUGAGGUUUCCAGGGCGAACGGCGAGGUGCAAUGGUUCGUGGACGACCAGGAGAUCCGCAAGACCAAGAAGUACGAAAUACUGGCAGACGGCCGCAAGAGAACGCUGCUCAUCCACGAAUGCACCAUGGACGACUCAAAGACCUACACCUGUGAUGCCAAAGACUUCAAAACAUCCUGCUUCCUCACCGUCGAAGCCGCCCGUGUCGAGUUCUCGAAGCCGCUCCACGACGUCGAGGUCCGGGAGAAGGAAACUGCCAGGUUUGAGUGUGAAGUCUCCAGAGAGGAUGCCAAAAUCUCCUGGUUGAAGGACGGAAAUGAAAUCAGAAAAGGAAAGAAGUAUGAAAUCAUUGCAGAAGGCCGCCGACACAUCCUCAUCAUCCACAAGGCCGCGUUUGAUGAUGAAGCUGAAUACGAAUGCGACGCAAAGACCUCCAAAUCCUCCGGCAUGCUCACCGUCGUCGAGGAGGAGACCACGUUUACCAAAAACCUGCCCAACGUGGAGGGCACAGAGACGGACAGCGUGAGGCUGAUCUGCGAGGUCUCCAAGCCCAACGCUGACGUUACCUGGUACAAAGGUGAGGUGGAGCUGCCGGAGGGCGGCCGCUAUGAACACAUCGUGGAUGGAAAGAAGAGGAUCCUCCUCAUCAAAGACCUGAAGACAGACGACGCCGGAGAGUACAACUGCAGGCUGAGCUCCGGCGUCAGGACCUCCGGAAACCUCAAGAUUAAUGAACUGGCUGCUGAGUUCCUAGAAAGGCCCCAGAACCAGGAGGUGGUGGAGGGCCAGAAGGCAGAGUUCACCUGCUCCGUCUCCAAGGAAACCUUCGUCGCCAAGUGGAUGAAGGACGGCAAGGAGCUGGAGUCAGGAGACAAGUACCAGAUCCUGAGUGACGGCAAGAGCCGCACUCUGGUCAUCAAGGAAUGCGACCUGAAAGACGAGGGCGGAUACGUGGUGGUGAUCGGCGAGACGCGAGCCAGCGCUGAUUUGACUGUGAACGAGAAACUGAAGGUCAUAACGCCUCUGAAGGACACGGAGGUCAAAGAAGGCCAGGAGGUCGUCCUGAACUGCGAGGUGAACAUUGAGGGCGCAAAGGCCAAGUGGCUGAAGAACGACGAGACUCUGUUUGAGAGCGGCAAGUACGUGAUGAUUCAGAGAGACAACGUCUUCUCGCUGAGGAUCAAAGACGCUCAGAAGGGAGACGAAGCUGACUACAGCAUCACGCUGACCAAUCACAGAGGAGAACACGUAAAGAGCUCCGGCAAACUCUCCGUCAGAGAGGAGAGUCUGAGGAUUGUGGUUCCUCCGGAGGACGUGGACACUCAGGAGAACAAGACCAUCAGCUUCUCCUGUAAGAUCAACAGGCCCAACGCCACCGUGAAGUGGAUGAAAGGCGGCCAGGAGAUCGCCCUCAGCAAGCGCGUCGUCUACAGGGUGGACAAAGAGAAGCACACGCUGACCAUCAAAGACUGCACGCUGGCCGACGAGGGCGAGUACACGGUGGUGGCCGGGGACAGCAAGGCCACGGCCGAGCUGAUCAUCAGCGAGGCGCCGACCGACUUCAGCGCGCAUCUCAAGGACCAGACCAUCACCGAGUUCGAAGACGCGGAGUUCACGUGCCAGCUGACCAAGGAGAAGGCCGAGGUCAAGUGGUACAGAAAUGGACGUGAGAUCAGAGAAGGACCCAGAUACGCAUUUGGAAAAGACGGGAAGUUCUGCACGCUGCGGAUCAAGGAGUGCAGACCCGACGACGAGUGUGAAUACGCCUGUGGAGUGGACGAGAAGAGGUCCAGGGCCAGGCUCUUUGUUGAAGAGAUCCCGGUGGAGAUCGUCAGACCUCCGCAGGACGUGUUCCAGCCUCCGGGUUCGGACGUCGUGUUCGAGGUGGAGCUCAACAAGGACCGGGUGGAGGUGAAAUGGCUGCGCAACAACAUGACCGUGGUGCAGGGAGACAAGUUCCAGAUGAUGAGCGAGGGAAAGCUGCACCGGCUGCAGGUCUGCGAGAUCAGACCCAGAGACCAGGGCCUGUACAGAGUCGUCGUGAAGGACAAGGACGCCCGGGCCAAGCUGGAGCUGGCAGCUGUGCCUCAGAUAAAGACCACCGACCAAAGCUACGUCACAGACGCCGGCAAGCCCAUCGUCCUGGCCGUCCCCUACAGCGCCUACCCUCAGGCUGAGGCCGACUGGCUGUACGACGACCUGAGCCUGGCCAAAGACAACAUCCACACCUCGGCCGACCGCACAGAGUACCGGCUGAAGGACCCCAAGAAGUCCGACGAAGGCCGCUACAAGAUCCUCAUCAAGAACAAACACGGACAGGGAGAAGCUUUCAUCAACCUGAGCGUCAUUGAUGUCCCCGGACCUGUGAAGAACCUUCAGGUGAUCGACACUGCCGACGGCGAGGUCAGCCUGGCGUGGGAGGAGCCCGAGAACGACGGCGGCAGCAAAGUGAUCGCGUACGUGGUGGAGAGACGAGAUGUGAAGCGUAAGACCUGGACGCUGGCCACCGACCACGCAGAGAGCCCUGAGUACACGGUGACCGGGCUGCAGAGAGACUCCUUCUACCUGUUCAGAGUCAGCGCCAGGAACAGGGUCGGUAGCGGACCCUUCGUAGAGACGGACGAAGCUGUGCAAGCCAAGAACAAGUUUGACGUUCCCGAGGCCCCUCUGAACGUCAUCGUUGGAAACGUCACCAAGUUUGGCUGCACCGUCUCCUGGGAACCUCCCGUGUCGGACGGCGGCUCUCCCAUCACCUCCUACAUCGUAGAGCUGCGUGACCGGACGUCGGUGAAGUGGUCGCCCGUCCAGGUGACCAAAGCCGGCGAACUGAGCGCCAUCGUCAACGAUGUCAUUGAGAACAAAGAGUACAUCUUCAGGGUCAAAGCGGAGAACAAAGCCGGCGAAGGCAAACCCAGCGCCGCUUCGCAACCUGUGAAGAUCAUGGAUCCAAUCGAACGUCCCAGUCCGCCUCAGAACCUGUCCUGGCAGGACCAGAACAAGAGCUCGGUUCAGCUGACGUGGGAGACGCCUCUGAAGAACGGGGGCAGCAUGAUCACCGGAUACAUCAUUGAGCGCUGUGAGGACGGCACCGACAAGUGGCUCCGCUGCAACGCCCGCCUCUGCCCGGACCUCUUCUACAAGGUGUCGGGUCUGAAAUACGGAACCAAGUACAACUACAGAGUGUUUGCUGAAAAUGCUGCUGGAGUUUCUGACCCGUCGAACGUUAUCGGACCUCUGCUGGCGGACGACCCGCACGUUGGUCCAACCUUCGACCUGAGCGCCUUCAAAGACGGACUGGAAGUGAUCGUCCCUCAGCCUCUCACCAUCAGGGUGCCCAUUACUGGGUACCCGACCCCCGCCGCCAGGUGGACCUUCGGAGAAAAGGAGCUAACCACCGCAGACGAACGCGUCUCCCUGAUGACCAAGUCCACGUUCACAGAACUUACCGUCACGCCGAGCGUCCGCCCAGACAAAGGCAUCUACAUCCUACACCUGGAGAACGAUGUCACCUCUGUGUCUGGAGAAAUCGAAGUCAACGUCAUCGCUGCACCCAGCGCUCCCAAAGACUUCAAGGUCCUGGAGGUGACCCGGCAGCACGUCCACCUGUCCUGGGAGGCUCCAGAACACGACGGAGGAAGUCCUCUGACCGGCUUUCAGGUGGAGAAACGGGACAUGUCCCGCAAGACCUGGGUGAAGGUUGUCACAGGGAUCCAGGAUCUGGAGUUUACCGUCACCGACGUGGUUGAAGGGAAGGAGUAUCUGUUCAGAGUCACCGCCUGCAACAAGUGUGGCCCGGGAGAGCCGGCAUACAUCGACGAGCCAGUCAACGUCUCCUCUCCAGCCACUGUACCAGACCCACCAGAGAACCUGAAAUGGAGGGACAAGUCAGCCAGCGGCAUUUUCCUUACCUGGGAGCCACCAAAAUAUGACGGAGGCACCGGCAUCCGAGGCUACAACGUGGAGCGCUGCCAGAGAGGCACAGAUAAGUGGGAGCCCUGCGGAGACAUGGUACCCGAGCUGAAGUGCCAGGUGACCGGGCUGAUUGAGGGCCAGUGGUACGCCUACAGAGUCCGAGCCCUGAACCGACUCGGUGCCAGCCGGCCCUGCAAGGCCACAGACGAGAUCCAGGCUGUUGAUCCUAAAGAGGCUCCAGAGAUCCAGCUGGACGCCAAGCUGCUGGCUGGUCUGACCGCUAAGGCCGGCAGCAAGAUCGAACUCCCUGCUGAAGUGACGGGUAAGCCUGAACCCCGAGUGAAGUGGACCAAGGCUGACCUGGUCCUCAAGCCAGACGACAGGGUGUCCAUCGACACCAAGCCCGGACACUCCACCGUCACUAUUGCCAAGACCACGAGAGACGACACCUCCACCUACAUCAUAGAGGCUACCAACAGCAGCGGCCGGGCCACCGCCACGGUGGAUGUCAAUAUCCUUGACAAGCCUGGUCCUCCUGCUGCCUUCGACAUCUCUGAGAUCACCAAUGAAACCUGCUUCCUGGCCUGGAACCCGCCACGCGAUGACGGCGGCUCCAGGGUCACCAACUACAUCGUGGAGCGCCGGGCUGCCGACAGCGAGAUCUGGCACCGGCUGUCCUCCACCAUCAAGCAAACCACGUACAAAGCCGUCGGCCUGGUCAAGUUCAAGGAGUACAUCUUCAGAGUGUUCGCUGAGAACCAGUUUGGUGUCGGUCCGCCUGCUGAACACCCGUCCAUCAUCGCCAGAUAUCCGUUUGACACCCCUGGAGCUCCCUACAAGCUGGAGCCUUCAGACAUCGCCAAAGACUCUGUGACCCUGAACUGGUACGAGCCGGAUGAGGACGGAGGAAGCCCCAUCACAGGAUACUGGGUGGAGAGAUAUGAACCAGACCACGACAAGUGGAUACGAUGCAACAAGCUGCCCAUCAAAGACACCAACUACAGGGUAAAAGGUCUUCCCACGAGGAAGAAGUACAAGUUCAGAGUCCUCGCUGAGAAUCUGGCCGGAACUGGAAAACCCAGCAAAGAGACCGAUCCCAUCCUCGUCAAAGAUCCAAUUGAUCCUCCAUGGCCUCCUGGUAAACCCACGGUGAAGGAUGUAGCCAAGACCUCCUGCUUCCUGAACUGGACCAAACCUGAGCACGACGGCGGCGCCAAGAUCGACGGCUACGUCAUCGAGAUGCUGAAGAGCGGCACCACGGACUGGAUCCGCGUGGCCGAGAACAUCAGCCUCCUCGAGUUCUUCCUGAAGGGCCUGAUGGAGAAGCAGGAGUACUCGUUCAGAGUGAGAGCCAUUAACGUGGCUGGAGAGAGCGAGCCCAGUGAGCCCAGCGACCCGGUUCUGUGCAAGGAGAGGCUGAACCCUCCGUCGGCUCCUCGGUGGUUGGAGGUCGUGGGGAUCAGCCGUAACAGCGCCGACCUGAAGUGGACGGCGCCUGAGCGUGACGGUGGAUCUCGCAUCACCAACUACGUGGUGGAGAAGAGAGACGUCAGGCGUAAAGGCUGGCAGGCGGUGGACACCACCGUGAAGGAGCUGAAGGCCACGGUGACGCCGCUCAACGACGGCGCGCUGUACGUCUUCAGAGUCGCCGCGGAGAACGCCGUGGGCGUCGGGCCGUUCUGUGAGCUGGAGGACUCUGUCCUGGCCAAGGACACUUUCACUACUCCUGGACCGCCCUACGCACUCACUGUCAACUCUGUGACCAAAAAGUAUGUGGACCUGGAGUGGGAGGCACCUAAAAAUGACGGCGGCAGACCCAUACUCAGGUACUCCAUUGAGAAGAAGGAGAAGCUUGGAACACGCUGGGUUAAAUGUGGAAAGACCUCUGGCCCAGACUGUAAAUACAGGGUAACGGAUGUCAUUGAGGGCACAGAAGUCCAGUUCCAGAUCCGGGCUGAGAAUGAGGCCGGCGUCGGACACCCGAGUGAACCCACAGAGAUCUUAACCAUUGAAGAUCCAACAGGCAUCCCGUCUCCGCCCAUCGAGCUGCACGUGACCGGAGCCAGCCGGGACUUCCUGUCCAUCGCCUGGAAGCCCCCCCAGCAGGACGGCGGCUCCCCCAUCCGCGGCUACCACAUCGAGAUGUGCGAGGCGGGAACAGAGAAGUGGAUGAGGGUCAACUCGCGUCCGGUGAAGGAGCUGAAAUACCGCGUGGAGGAGGGCGUGGUCCCCGAGAAGGAGUACAUACUGAGAGUAAGGGCCAUCAAUUCUGUGGGAGAGAGCGAGCCCUCCGACAUCUCCGAGAACGUCUUCGCCAUGGACUCCGACUGUAACCCAACCCUGGAGUUCCAGACUCUGGACCUGGUUGUGGUGGAAACAGAGAAGCUUCACAUCCCGGUUCCCUUCAGAGCCGUGCCGUCUCCCAAAGUCACCUGGCACAAGGACGGCAAGGAGCUGAAGGCAGACGAGCGUCUCAUGUUCAGGAAGGAGUACACCUCCUGUCACCUGGAGGUUGACAGCAGCCUUCACCCUGAUGCUGGCGUGUAUAAAGUGACCCUGGAGAACAAACUGGGAAGUGCUAGUGCAACCAUUAACGUUAAAGUCAUCGGACUUCCUGGUCCCUGCAAGGAGAUUGUGGCAUCUGAAAUCACAAAGAGCUCCUGCAAAGUGUCCUGGGAUCCUCCAGACUAUGAUGGCGGCAGCCCGAUUCUCCACUACGUCCUCCAGCGGCGUGAGGCCGGCAGGAGGACAUACGUCAACAUGAUGUCUGGCGAGAACAAGGUGAGCUGGACCGUGAAAGACCUCAUCCCCAAUGGAGAGUAUUACUUCAGAGUCCAGGCGGUCAACAAGAUCGGAGGAGGAGAGUUCAUCGAACUGCGCAACCCCGUCAUCGCCGAGGACCAGAAACAUGCUCCUGACCCACCAGUGGACGUGGAGACCCACAACCCCACUUCUAGCACGAUAACCCUGACCUGGAAGCCUCCCAUGUACGAUGGCGGUGCCAAGAUCAUGGGCUACAUCCUGGAGAGGCAGCAGAAGGGCGAGGACAAGUGGGAGAGGUGCAACGACUUCCUGGUACCGGUCCUGUCCUACACAGUCAGAGGACUCACCGAGGGCAAGAACUACAUGUUCAGAGUCAAGGCUGAGAAUGCUGCUGGCAUCAGCGAGCCGUCACGCAGCACGCUGUUCGUUAAGGCCUCAGACGCUGUUGAUCCUCCAAAGGUUUUCCUGAGCGGAAGCCUGCAGUCCGGUCUCAGCGUGAGGCGAGGCUGCGAGAUCUGCCUGGACGCCAACAUUUCCGGCUCGCCGUACCCUCAGAUCACCUGGUACUGGAACAACCAGGUGAUCCAGCCAGAACCCCUCCGCAAGAGACCCGAAAAACCCCUGAAGAAGAAGCCAGAGAAGAAGGAGGAGGAGAAAAAGGACGAGGAGAAAAAGGCAGAGGGAGAAGCGGAGAAGAAGGAGGGAGAGGAAAAGAAAGAAGGCGAGGAGGAGAAGAAGCCAGAGGAGGAGAAGAAGCCAGAGGAGGAGAAGAAACCAGAGGAAGAAGCUGCAGAGCCAGAGGUGGAGGAGCCUGACUAUCCCACCAUAAACGAACGUCUGGCUAUUGAUAACAGCCACAGGGGCGUAUCCUCCAUCGUCAUUAGGGAGUCGGUGCGACCCGAUCAUGGCAUUUACAUGGUGAAGGUGGAGAAUGACCACGGCAUUGCCUCAGCCACCUGUGAGGUCAACGUCCUCGAUACUCCUAGCCCUCCUGUGAACUUCAGAUUUGAGGAGGUCAGGAAGAACUCGGUCAUUUGCAAGUGGGAUCCUCCUCUGGAUGACGGCGGCAGUGAGAUCCUCAACUACACCCUGGAGAAGAAGGACAACUCCAAACUGGAGUUUGGCUGGAGUUGUGUUACCGCCACGCUGAGAGGCUGCCGCUACCUGGUGCCCAAACUCAUCGAGAAGAAGGAGUACAUCUUCAGGGUCGUGGCAGAAAACAAGUUUGGUCCCGGCCCACCCUGUGUCUCAAAGCCCCUAGUCGCCAAGAACCCUUUCGAACCUCCCGAGGCUCCAGAUAAACCACAGAUCGAUGACAUUACAGCCAAGAGCAUGCUGGUCAUCUGGAACGAACCAAAAGACAAUGGCAGCCCCAUUCUGGGCUACUGGGUGGAGCGCAGGGAGAUCAACAGCUCCCACUGGGCCCGGGUCAACAGGAACAUCGUCCCAGACACUGAGCUGAACGUUGAAGGUCUCCUGGAAGGACUGACGUACAUCUUCAGGGUGGCGGCUGAAAACCAGGCCGGGCCUGGAAAGUUCAGCCCUCCGUCUGAACCUAAAACAGCCCAGGCUCCGAUCUUGCCGCCUGGACCUCCCGUUGCCAGAGUAGUGGUAACUACUGACCACUCCAUCGAGGUGGAGUGGGACCCGCCGGCCGACAAUGGUGGAGGAGAGAUCCUGGGAUACCACGUGGAUAAGGCAAUGGCUGGAACCAAAGACUGGUCCAGAUCGACAGAACGUCCCUGGAAGACCCGCAACUUCACCGUGUACGGCGUUCGUGAGGGGGCCAAGUACACGGUCCGAGUCAUCGCCUGCAAUGCUGCAGGAGAAGGAACACCUGGAUUCACUGAGGGCGUGUUUGUCCGGAACCCAGCAGAGAUCCCGGUGAUUGAAAUGGACCUUUCCAUCAAGAACGGCGUAAUCAUCAGAGCUGGAGAAACGCUGCGUGUUCCAGCUACAGUCACAGGUAAACCCUAUCCGUCCAUCACCUGGACAAAGGACGAUGGCAAACCAGAUAAAGACCGCGUGGAGAUCCUCAGUGAGGGCAACGACAGCAUUGUCUCAAUCAAGAACGUCCAAAGGAAGGACUGCGGAAAAUACCAGAUCUCUGCUUGCAACCCCAGCGGGUCCAAGUCUGCCUGGACCAGAGUGGAAGUGAUGGAUGUCCCUGGCCCUGUCACUGAUCUGAAGCCAGUCGUCGUUACCCGUAAGAUGAUUUUCCUGAACUGGGACGACCCAGAAGAUGAUGGAGGCAGCGACCUGACUGGCUUUAUUGUGGAGCGAAGGGAUGCCAAGAUGCACACAUGGAGGCAGCCCAUUGAAACCCCUUCGUCCAAGUGCGAGUGCGUGGGUAUCAUGGAGGGACAGGAGUACUUCUUCCGAGUCACUGCCAAGAACAAGUAUGGGUUGGGUGUACCCGUUGAGCUGGGACCCAUUAAGGCCGUGGACCCUCAGGGUCCACCUUCAUACCCUGAGAAGUUCCACUACACGGAGCGGACCAAGAACUCCAUCACGCUGGCCUGGAAGCCACCGCGCAGCGAUGGUGGCAGCCCUGUGAUCGGGUACUUUGUGGAGAAGAAGAGGCAGGACAAGCAGGCCUUUGAGCCAUGCAACAAAGAGAUCUGCCCCAACAUGACCCUCACUGUUGAAGACCUGGAGGAGGCCUGGAUGUAUGAGUUCAGGAUCAAAUGUGCCAAUCUUAUUGGUGAGAGUGAGCCAUCUAUCCCACUGACUGUGGUCAUCCAAGACGAUGAAGUGGGUCCUGAGGUCCACAUGCUGAAGCACUUUAAGGCUGACUGCAUCACGGUGAAGAAGGGCGAGCUCAUUGAAAUCCCCGCUGACAUCAUUGGACUCCCCAUCCCAAAGAUCGAGUGGUCCAAGGACGACGUAGUGAUCGACAAGCCGCCAGAGACGAUGCUGAUCGACACGCAGGUGACCGGACGCAUGAACGCUAAGACCACUCUGUCCAUCCCAGCGGCCAACAGGAGGGACCGUGGCAGCUACACCGUGACGGCGUCCAACAACAUGGGCUCAGCCAAGCACACCAUCUUCGUCAUGGUGCUGGACCGACCGACCCCACCCAGGAAUCUGACGGUGUCCAACAUCAGGGCAGAGUGCUGCUACUUGAACUGGGACCCACCUGUAGAUAACGGUGGCAGCGAGCUCACCAACUACAUCAUUGAGAAGAAGGAAGUGCUUAAAGACCAGCCUGAGCCAGAGGAAGGAGAGGAGGCUCCACCUGAGCCGCAGUGGGAGGAGGUCAACAGCACUGUUAUUGAGAGGAAGUUUGGGGUGUGGAACCUGGAGACCAACAAGACCUACCUGUUCCAAGUCAGAGCCGAGAACCGCUACGGGAAAUCUGACCCGUGCACAACAGAGGAGGUCCUCAUCACAGACCCGUUUGGUCUUCCUGGCCCACCAGAGAAACCAGCUAUUGCAGAAUACUCCAAGACCUCCAUGACUCUCACGUGGCAGCCUCCCAGAGAGACCGGAGGCUCGAUGAUCAUCGGCUACUGGCUGGAGAAAAGAGAGAAAGGCACCGACUAUUGGGCCAAAGUUAACAAGACGCCCGUCACUAAAAGGGGCACAAAAGGUUGGGAGUAUCAGGUGACUCGACUGUUUGAAGGAACUGAGUACGAGUUCAGGGUCGCGGCCUGCAAUUCAGCUGGAACUGGACCGUUCAGCGGACCGUCCGACUCCGCCUUUGCUGUUGAUCCCAUCACUCCUCCGAGCAUGCCUGCUGCUCCUGAGAUUGCAGAUAAGACUAAGCACAGUGUCACACUGUCGUGGAAGCCUCCCGAGAGCGAUGGAGGAAGCCCCAUUAAGGGCUACAUCAUCCAGAUUCAGGAUGAGGGCUCAUCAGAGUGGCAUAAGAUCAAUGACAUCGAUAGCCUGCACCCCACCACAGAGUUCACCGUGCCCAGUCUCCGUGAGUUGAAGCGCUACCGCUUCAGGAUCGUCGCUGUCAACGACAUUGGAGAGUCCGACCCCAGCCCUCGCACCAGUGAAGUUCGGAUUGAAGACAUCCAACUGCCUCCUUUCAUCACAAUCGAUGUCCUGGCCGAGGAGCUGGUAAACAUUCGUGCCGGAGAUCCGAUCAGGAUUCCCGCCACCAUCAAGGGCCGGCCCGUUCCCAAGGUUACCUGGGACUACGAAGGCAAAGCCAAGACCCAGAAAAAGAACAAACUGCACACAGUGCCUGUGGAGGCGGAGGUUGAGUCCACAGACACCACCUCCAUUGUGAACAUCCCUGUGAGCCUGAGAAGUCACUCUGGACGUUACACCAUCACCGCCAAGAACAAGUCUGGACAGAAACACGUCAACGUCAGAGUCAUUGUCCUCGAUGUUCCUGGACCGCCAAAGGACCUGAGAGUCACCGACGUAACUCGUUCAACCAUGAGGCUGAUCUGGAAGCUCCCCGACACCGAUGGAGGAGAGAGGAUCAAGAGCUACUUCAUUGAAAAGAAAUCUGUCAUUGACCAUGCCUGGACCAAGGUGAAUGCUGCUUGUGCCAGCCAGGCCUUUGUGGUUCCAGGUCUGCUGGAGGGUCAGGACUACCUGUUCAGAGUGCGAGCAGAAAACAGACUUGGGUUUGGUCCGUUCACGGAAACAACAGAACCCGUCCGAGCCAGAGAUCCCAUCUACCCACCUGACCCCCCGACCAAACUGAAGGUUAACCUGGUCACGAAGAACACCGUCACCCUGAGCUGGGAGCCCCCAAAGAACAACGGAGGCUCGCCUAUUAAGCAUUACAUCAUUGAGCGUCUGAGCUGGGACACCAGUGGCAAGGAGAAGGAGACCUGGAAGCAGUGCAACAAGAGAGAUGUGGAGGAACUCAGCUUUGUCGUGGAGGACCUGAAGGAGGGAGGAGAAUAUGAGUUCAGAGCAAAAGCUGUGAAUGAGGCUGGACCAAGCCGACCUUCUGCCACUGUGGGACCCCUGGUGAUCAAGGAUCAGACCUGUCCUCCCACCAUUGAGCUGCGUGAAGCCAUGGAGGGUGAGGAGGGCUGUGACGUCAGCAUCGUGGCAAAGAUCAGCGGCUGUCCAUUCCCAUCGCUGACCUGGCACAAGGCCGGCCUGGACAAACCCGAGGAGAAGGCCGCUGUCCAGUAUGACCAGCACAUCAACAAACUGGUGACCCCAGACAAGUGCACGCUGUUGAUCCAGCAGGCCAGCCGGCAGGACGGCGCCCUCUACAGCCUGACGGCCACUAAUAGUCUCGGUACCGCCACCAAGGCCAUCAAGCUGUUAGUGCUGGGACCUCCCGGCCCACCAGUUGGACCCGUCAAGUUCACAGAGGUGUUUGCGGAGAGGAUCGGCCUUGCCUGGAACCCUCCUACAGAUGACGGCGGAUCCAAGAUUACCAACUACGUGGUUGAGAAGCGUGAAGACAACAGAAAGUCCUGGGUGCACGUCUCCAACGACCCUAAAGAGUGCGCCUAUGUGGUGACCCGGCUGACGGAGAACCACGAGUACGAGUUCAGAAUCAUGGCCCAGAACAAGUUUGGAGUCGGGCCGCCACUGAUCAGUGAGCCAGAGAAGGCCAGAAACCUUUUCACGGUACCGGGCCAGUGCGAGAAGCCAACAGUGACUGAAGUCUGUCUGGAGUCCAUGACCGUGAACUGGGAUGAGCCCAAGUAUGACGGCGGGUCCUCCAUUACGGGCUACUUCAUCGAGAAGAAGGAGACCACUUCCAAACGCUGGACCCGUGUCACCCGGGAACCAAUCCGUGCGCUCCCGCUGGGUAACUGCUGGGACGUCACCGGGCUGAUGGAGGGCGCGCAGUACCAGUUCAGGGUGAUCGCCAUCAACGCCGCUGGCUGCGGUCUGCCCAGCCUGCCCUCAGACCCCGUCCUCUGCAGAGACCCCAUCAAGCCUCCAGGGCCGCCCAACCCGAAGGUGACAGACUGGACUAAAUCAACUGUGGAUCUGGAGUGGCUUCCCCCCUCUGCAGAUGGAGGGUCCAAGGUAACAGGCUACAUUGUUGAGUUCAAGGAGGUGAACAAGGAGGAGGAGGAGAAGAAAGCUCAGAGGAGGCUGGUGCUGUGCGACGUUGAGGAGGAGAAGGAGCCGGAGGGCGACGAGAGCUGGCAGAAGGCAAAGGACACCGAGAUCAGAGGAACCAAGUUUGUGGUGGCCAACCUGAAGGAAGGAGGCCUUUACCAGUUCCGAGUCCGAGCCGUGAACUCUGCUGGAGUGGGAGAGCCGGGUCUCGUGGCUGAGCUGAUCGAGGUCAAAGACAGAACAAUUCCUCCUGAGAUGGACCUGGAUGCCUCAGUGAAGGAGAAGAUCGUGGUCCACGCCGGAGCCACCAUCCGCAUUAUCGCCUACGUGUCAGGCAAACCCGCUCCGCAGAUCACCUGGUGCCGUGAUGACGGCGAGGUGCCCAAAGAGGCCGUGGUGGAGACGACGGGUAUCUCCAACUCUCUGGUCAUCAAGAACUGCAGACGGCAACAUCAGGGCAUGUACACGCUCAGUGCCAAGAACGAGGGAGGCGAGAGGAAGAAGGCCAUCAUCGUCGAGGUUCUCGAUGUUCCUGGACCGGUCGGUCUUCCUUUCGCCGGUGAGAAUCUGACCACCGACUCCUGCAAACUGACCUGGUACUCCCCCGAAGACGACGGAGGCUCGGCCAUCACCAACUACAUCAUCGAGAAGCGAGAAUCCGACCGCAUGGGCUGGACCUCAGUGUCCUACACGGUUACAAGGAACAACGCUGUGGUGCAGGGCCUGAUCGAAGGCAAGGGCUACUUCUUCAGGAUCGCAGCGGAGAACAUCAUUGGAAUGGGACCUUUCAUCGAGAUCGAUCAGAUGGUUCUCAUCAAAGAUCCCCUCUCCGUCCCAGAGCGUCCUGAGGACCUGAUUGUCACCGCUGUCACCAAGGACUCCAUCUCUGUUGCCUGGAGACCACCGAAGUACGACGGUGGUGCCGAGGUGACCUCCUACGUCCUCGAGUCCCGAAUGGUGGGCCGUGAUGCUUUUACCCGGAUAGGUGGUGAGGACAAGCUGAUGGACAGGAAGUUCACACUAACCGGACUGAAGGAAGGCUCAAGUCACGAGUUCAGAGUCUCAGCCGUCAACCAGGUGGGACAGGGCAAGCAUUCCUUCCCCACCAAACCGGUGCAGUGCAAGGACGAACUCGAACCACCUACUUUGGACCUGGACUUCAGAGACAAGAUGGUGGUGAAGGUGGGAGACCUGUGCAUGCUGUCGGGGCGCUACAGCGGUAAACCAGCCCCGUCCAUCACCUGGACGAAGAACGACGAGGAGCUUAAAGCAGACGAAGAGAUCAGCCUGCACAGCACAGCGCACCACCUCAGCCUGAACAUCAGCAAGGCCAAGAGGGAGCACAGCGGCCGCUACUGCGUCAGCGUAGAAAACGCCGCCGGUCCUCGCAAAGGAAUCUGCACCAUCACUGUGGUCGACCGUCCUCAGCCACCAGAGGGCCCCGUGGUGUUCAACGAGGUCUACAGGAACUACAUGGUCAUCUCCUGGAAUCCUCCUCUGGAUGACGGAGGCUGCGCCAUCUCCAACUACAUCAUCGAGAAGAGAGACACAAACAGAGAGCUGUGGAUGCCCGUCACCUCGUCCUGCACCAGGACCACCUGCAGGGUGCCAAAGCUGAUUGAGGGUCGUGACUACAUCGUCCGGAUCAUGGCUCAGAACAUGUAUGGCAUCAGUGACCCACUGCUGUCAGCGGAGACCAAAGCUCGGGAUGUCUUCAAGGUGCCUGAUGCGCCGAAGCAGCCCACAGUGAAGGAGGUUUACCACGACUCAGCCUUGAUCAGCUGGGAACCGCCUGCUGACGGAGGAAAACCAAUCACAGGCUACAUCGUGGAGAGAAAGGAGACCAAGGCCAACAGGUGGGUUCGCUGCAACACAGAAAGAAUCCAUCCCAAAGUGGAGUACUGGGUGACCGAGCUGCUGCAAGGCUGCGAGUACGAGUUCAGAGUCAGUGCUGAGAACGAGGUGGGAGCUGGAGACCCGAGUCCACCAUCCAAACCAGUGUUUGCCAAGGACCCCAUCGUGAAACCUGGUCCACCUGUCAACCUUCACACCAUCGACUUCACCAAGGAGUCCGUGACUCUGUCCUGGGAGCCGCCCAGCGACACUGGACGAGGCAAGAUCUUUGGAUACCUGCUGGAGUUCCAGAAGGCCGGGGAAGAGGAAUGGCACAAGGUGAACCAGACUCCAGACUCCUGCCAGGAGACAAAGUUCAAGGUGAUCAACCUGGAAGACGGAGCUCUGUACCGCUUCAGAGUCAUAGCCGUGAACGCCGCUGGAGAGUCGGACCCAGCCAACCUGAAGGAGCCAAUCAGAGUCCAGGAGAGGCUUGAGCCUCCAGAGUUAAUCCUGGAUGCUGGAAUGACCCGAGAGGUGAAGGCCAUGGCUGGCACUCACAUCGCUCUGAUAGCCACCAUCAAAGGCGUCCCGUUCCCCACUGUCACCUGGAAGAAGAACGAAGCAGAUGUUCCCACCAGGGCCGACAUUGAGACAAACCAGACGGGUACCAAGCUGGAGAUGAGAUUCUGCCACCGUGGUGACUGUGGAGACUACACCCUGACAGUGGAAAACCCGGCCGGCUCCAAGACUGCUACCUGUACCGUCCUGGUUGUCGACAAACCCGGCCCCAUUCAGCACCUCCGGGUGUCUGACGUCAGAAGUGACUCCGCCUACCUGUCAUGGAAGGAUCCAGAAGACAAUGGUGGCUCUCGCAUCACUAACUUUGUGGUGGAGAAGAAAGACACCGCCUCCACCCAGUGGGUCCCUGUCUGCUCCACGUCCAAGAAGCGCAGCAUGAUGCUGAAGCAUCUGAUGGAGGGAACAGCUUACAUGUUCAGAGUCGCUGCUGAAAACCAGUAUGGCCGCAGCGAGUAUGUUGAGACGCCAAAGGCCAUCAAGGCAAUGAACCCCCUUUUCCCCCCUGGUCCUCCGAAAGACCUGCAUCAUGUUGAUGUGGACAAAACAGAGGUCUGGUUGGUCUGGAACUGGCCCGAUCGCAACGGGGGAAGUGAGAUCACUGGCUUUUUUGUGGAGUAUCAGGAAGAGGGAGUGAGGGAUUGGGAGGAAUGGAAGACUGUCAGCAUCCCAGAGAGCCAUGUGACCGGCCUGGAGGAAGGAAAGACCUACCGCUUCAGAGUGAGGGCUGAGAACGCCAUCGGGCUCAGCAGACCGGACACCACAUUGCCCAUCCUCUGCCAGGAGAAACUAGUCCCUCCAAUUGUCGAAGUGGACGUUAAGCUAAUUGAAGGCAUCAUUGUGAAGGCCGGCACCACCAUCAGGUUACCGGCUAUAAUGAGAGGUAUCCCCGUUCCCACUGCCAAGUGGUCCAUUGAAGGGGAGGAAAUCACGAGCCAGGGCAACAUCAAAAUUGAUACGGACAAUUUCUCCACGGUGCUGAACAUCAACGAGUGCACCAGGAACCACACGGGCACCUACCUGCUCACCGUGUCCAACCCAGCAGGGACGAAAACCGUGGCUCUGAAUGUAACCGUCCUAGAUGUCCCAGCAGCUCCCAUCGGACCCGUCAACAUCCUGGAGGUCAGUCCAGACUCCAUGACAAUUGAAUGGCGCCCUCCAAAGGAUGAUGGAGGCAGCCCUGUCACCAGUUAUAUUGUGGAAAAAAGAGAGUCCAACAAGGAGACCUGGGGAGGCGUGAGCUCUGGCAGCCUGGACACUCAGCUCAGAAUUACUCGCCUGCAGAAAGGAGCAGAGUACGUGGUUCGCAUUCGUGCUGUAAACAAGAUGGGAGUGGGCGCUCCAUUGGAGAGUAAACCAACUGUGGCCGAACACACCUUCAUGCCACCCAGUCCCCCUGGUAAACCACAGCCUUAUGAUCUCGCAGAAGAUGCAGUUACAAUUGGCUGGACCAUGCCACUAGCCGAUGGGGGCAGCCAGAUCACUGGCUACCUCAUUGAGCGCAGGCACAAAGGAGGAAAGUGGAUCCGUGUCAAUAGGACUCCAUGCAAGGACCUGCGGUACAGAGUCCAGGGUCUCUUUGAAGGAAGUGAAUAUGAGUUCAGGGUGUUUGCUGAGAACAUUGCUGGCUAUAGUGGUCCUUCUCCCACCUCUGACCUCUGCAAGCCCUGCAGACACAUCACAGUCCCAAGCUCUCCUAUUAACCCCAAAGUAAAAGAUUACAGCAAGAACACAGCUGACCUGGUCUGGACCAAACCCUCCAGAGACGGAGGCAGCCCCAUCCUUGGCUACACCGUGGAAAUGAGGAAGGGUGAUGCUGAGGAGUGGAAGAAGGUGAACCUGGAUGACUUCAUCAAACUGUGUGCCUACACGGUGAAGGGCCUAGAAGAAGGUGUGAGCUACAGCUUCAGAGUCUACGCCUCAAACAUGAUUGGAGAUGGAGAGCCCAAGGAAAUUCCAAAAUCCAUCACAGCUCAGGAUAUCCUCAUCCCUCCUGAGAUUGAGAUGGAGCUCACUUGUCGCGAGAGACUGACUGUUCGCGUCGGUCACAACAUCAACAUCAUCGGCUACGUCAAGGCCCGUCCGGAUCCUGAAGUUGUUUGGUCAAAGGAGGAGACGGUUCUGGAGAACAGCAAGCGUGUGACCAUCAUCCAGAACCUCCCCGUGGUUCACCUCAGGGUAAAAGAAGCUACGAGAAACGAUCAUGGCCAAUACACCGUGAAGGCUUCCAACGAGGGCGGCGAGGCUUCCUGCACCAUCACGGUCAACGUGCUGGACAGACCGGGCCACUGCCAGAAUCUGCACAUCACCUACGCCACCAAGGCCUCGUGUAUGAUCAACUGGGAGGCACCCAUUGACAACGGCGGCUCUGAGAUCACCAACUACAUCGUGGAGUGCCGAGAGCCCAGCAUCAGCAUGUGGUCCAUGAUUUCCUCCAACUGCACCAACCGCAAGAUCAAAGCGAAGCUGAUGGAGGGCCACGAGUACCUGUUCCGUGUCUGCGCUGUGAACAAGCUGGGCCCUGGCCCCGCUCUGGAGACCAAGACCCCUCUGCUGGCCAUCGACCCCAUUGAGAAGCCUGGCGAGCCGGAGAACUUCCGAGCCACCGACGUUGGUAAAAAUCAUGUCUAUCUGAGAUGGAGGAAGCCGGACUAUGACGGCGGCAGCCCCAACCUCUCCUACAACCUGGAGUGCAAACAUAAAGACGCUGAGCAGUGGGAGAAACUCAACACCAGCACCCUAACCGACACCUUUUUCUUUGCUGACAAGUUGGUUGAAAACCAGACAUACACAUUCAGGGUUCAGACUGUGAAUGAAGGAGGAGAAAGUGCCUGGGUGAAGAUCUCUGAUAUUGUGGUGAGGGAGGAGCUCCAGAAGCCGGUCAUUGACCUGAAGGUAGCUGGAACCGUGACGGUGAGGGCUGGAGAGUCAGUCAGGAUGGAGGCAGCCCUGCGAGGAAAGCCCCAGCCUGAAGUGAAAUGGACAAAAGACAAGGCUGUGGGAGACAAUCCCAGACUCAGCUAUGAAACUGGGCCAGAUUACUCCAAAUUCCUGCUGACUAAGUCCAGACGCACGGACACGGGCAAAUAUACUGUCACCGCCACUAAUCCAGCUGGCACCUUCACGGCCUAUGCUAAUGUCAACGUGUUGGACGUCCCGGGCCCGGUGAGGCACCUGAGGAUCACUGGCAUUGGAGCUGAUAAGUGCAGAGUGGUGUGGGACGGUCCAGAGGAUGACGGAGGCUGUGAGGUGGACAGCUACAUCCUGGAGAAAUGCGAGACCAGGAGAAUGGUCUGGUCCACGUACUCGGCCUCUGUAGUCACACCUUACUGUAACGUAACCCGCCUGGUGGAGGGUAACGAGUACAUCUUCAGAGUGAGAGCAGAAAACAAGAUGGGAACCGGCCCCGCCAUGGAAAGCAAGCCUGUAACAGUGAAGACGCAGUUCAGCAGACCUGGACCCCCUGAAGCCCCUGAAGUUACGAAGGUUAGUAAGGAUGAGAUGACUGUGGUCUGGGCUCCACCAGAGAACGAUGGAGGAAAGUCCAUCACCGGCUACAUCCUGGAGAGGAAGGAGAAGCGGGCUGUGCGCUGGGUGGCGUGCACGAAGAGCCCCAUCUCUGAAAGACGCAUGAAAGUGACAAACCUCAUUCCCAACCACGAGUACCAGUUCAGAGUGAAGGCUGAAAACGAGGUUGGCCUCGGAGAGCCGAGUAAACCAUGCAGACCUGUUGCAGCCAAAGAUCCCAUCGAACCUCCUGGACCCCCAGCAAGCCUGAAGGUUUCUGACAGCACAAAGACCUCUAUCACCCUCUCCUGGUCUAAACCCGUGUACGAUGGCGGUGCCCCCAUUAUUAACUACAGCCUGGACCUGAGGCUGAAGAGCGACGCCGACCCAGAGAAACCCUCAGAGGGCUGGAAGAGGAUCGAUACCCGUGGCCCACUGGUGAUCACAGAGUUCACUAUCGGCCAGCUGGAUGAGAAGCAGGAGUAUGAGUUCAAGGUGUCUGCCCAAAACCAGGUGGGCUGGGGACGCCACGCCUAUCUGAAGGAGGCAGUGUCUCCCAAGGAGAUCCUCGAGGCUCCUGAGAUAGAGCUGGAUGCCAGUCUGAGGAAAGGCCUCGCCGUCAGGGCCGGGUGUCCAAUCAGAUUGUUCGCCGUAAUCAGAGGAAGGCCGGCGCCCAAGGUAACCUGGAAGCGCCUGGGUGUGGACAACGUUGUCCGCCGUGGUCAUGUGGACCAGGUUGACACCAUGUGCUUCCUGGUAAUCCCCGAGAGCACCAGAGAGGAUUCUGGGAAAUAUUCACUGACUCUGUCCAACUCAGCUGGAGAGAAAGCUGUGUUUGUCCGCGUCAAAGUCCUCGACACGCCUGGUCCGGUUGGUGGCUUGGAUGCAACUGAUAUAACCAAGACAAACGCUCAGCUCUCCUGGUUGCCUCCAGAGAAUGAUGGUGGCAGCCCCAUUAUUAAUUACAUUGUGGAGAAAAGGGAAGUGGACAGGAAAACUUGGACCAAAUGCAUAGAUGACCUGAAGAAAACUAGCUUCAAGGUGACCACCAUGACUCCAGGCAUUGAGUACUAUUUCAGGGUUAUGGCUUGCAACAAGUACGGAAUUGGAGUUCCUCAGGAUUCUCCCAGAUCCUAUCUGGCCAAGGAUCCUAUAAGCGAGCCAGACCCGCCGAAGAAGAUGGAGGUGCUGGAGAUCACAAAGAACAGCGCCACCCUGGGCUGGCUGAAGCCGCUCAGAGAUGGAGGAGCCAAGAUCAACGGCUAUGUUGUGGAUUACCAGGAGGAGGGAGCUCCUGAGGACAAGUGGACUCCUUACUCUGUGGUCAAAGAUCUGAGCAUCGUGGUGGUUGGGCUGAAGGAAGGAAAGAAGUACAAGUUCAGAGUCGCAGCAAGAAACUCGGUGGGCGUUAGCUUGGCUCGUGAGGCCGAGGGAAUGUUUGAGGUCAAGGAACAGCUCAUGGCUCCAAAGAUCAUUCUCCCCGACACUGUGACGGUGAGGGCUGGAUCAAAAAUGGUGAUCGAGGGCAUUGUGGCUGGCAAGCCCGCUCCUUUCUGCAGGUGGAAGCAGGGCAAUGAGGACGUACUGACCUCAGACCGCCUGUCGGUCGUUAAGACGCAGACGACCUGCACACUUAUCAUUAAAAACGUGAACAGAAAGGACAGCGGCUACUACAGCCUGUCUGCCGAAAACAGUACCGGCAAGGUCAACCAGAUCCUCAGAGUCAUUGUCCAGGACAUUCCUGGACCUCCAGGAGCUCCUUUGGAGAUCACAGAACUGGAUAUUGAUUCCUGCACGCUGCUCUGGAACUCCCCGGAGGAAGAUGGCGGCAGCCACAUCACCAACUACAUUGUGGAGAAGUGUGACAUCAGCCAGGGUGACUGGAUCACCGUUUCAACUUCCUGCACCAAGACCAGUUUCCGAAUGACCAAACUGAUCACUGGAAAGGAGUACUGGUUCAGGGUCCGGGCUGAGAAUAAGUCUGGGAUCUCGGAGCCCAUCUACUCUGAGAAGAUGAUUGCCCGAUAUCCGUUUGAUCCUCCAAGUGAACCCAUAAACCUGCAGAUCAACAAGGUCAACAAGGACUUUGUCAUUCUGUCAUGGGAGCGUCCCAGCAGCGAUGGUGGAAGCCCCAUCACUGGCUACUGCAUAGAGAAGAAGGAGAGGAACAGCCUUCUGUGGGUCAAGGCUAAUGAGUCUGUAGUCAAAGCCACCCAGUACACCUGCACAAGCCUCAUGGAGGGUCUGGAGUACACCUUCAGGGUGUCGGCGUACAACAUGGCUGGACAGGGCAAACCCUGCAAACAGACUGACUUCAUCACUGCCAGAACUGCUGUUGACCCGCCAGGUAAACCCGAGGUCAUGGAUGUGACCAAGAACUCGGUGUCAUUGGUUUGGAGCCGUCCUAAGCAUGACGGCGGUAGCAAGCUGAUUGGCUACCAUGUGGAAUACACCAAGCUACCAGAGGACAAGUGGACCCGCUGCAAUGCCAACUGCAUGAACAUCCAGACAGAGAGCUAUGUGGUUCAAGGCCUGGAGGAGGGUCAGAUGUACCAGUUUAGAGUCAUUGCCAGAACUGCCAUCAACACCAGCCUCCCGUCUGAGCUGUCGGAUCCCAUCCCUGUCAUUGCGGAGAAUGUUCCUCCUCGUGUUGAACUGGGUGUCAACAUGAAGAACCUUAUUGUGGUGAAAGCAGGGGAGAACGUCUUCCUGGAUGCUUCGGUGCAAGGCAAACCUCUGCCUAAGGUGAGCUGGAAGAAGGAUGGAGCACCACUGGUGAUCGCCGAGGGAAUGAAGACGUCUCAGAAGAAACACGUUCAUGCGCUGGAGCUCUUCUCCGUCACCAGGAAGGAGUCUGGAGACUACACCAUCCUUGCUGAGAAUCUGACCGGUAGCAAGCAUGCCACCAUAAAGGUCAAAGUGCUGGACAAACCCGGCCCCCCAGCCUCACUGAGAAUCACCAGGGUGUACUCCGACCAUGUGAAGCUUCGUUGGGAGCCUCCCCUUGCAGAUGGAGGGUCUGAAAUCACCAACUACAUUAUUGAGAAGCGUGAAACCAGCAGGGCCAACUGGGCGCUAGUAAGCGCCAACAUCCAUGGCCACAGCACUGACUCCUCGGUGGAGAAGCUCAUUGAGGGCCAUGAGUACCAGUUCAGAGUGAGUGCUGAGAACCAGUAUGGCGUGGGCGACGCCAUCAUGACUGAUGCUGUCAUGGUGAAGAACCCGUAUGAUGUUCCUGGUCCAUGUGAGCCGCCGGUCAUCACCAACAUCACCAAAGAUGCGAUGACAGUCAGCUGGAAAGCCCCGGCCAAUGACGGCAAAGCUCCCAUCCUGGGUUACUUGGUGGAGAAACGUGAGGCCACAGAGCUGACCUGGGCUAAGGUUAACCGUCGACCAGUUAUUGACAGAACCAUCAAGGCAGCUCAGCUGACCGAGGGCUCAGAGUAUGAGUUCAGAGUCAUUGCCUUGAACAAGGCCGGCCUGGGCAAACCAAGCGAUCCAUCCAAUGCCGCUCUGGCUGUCGACCCCGUCUAUCCACCUGGCCCACCUGCAUUCCCCAAGGUGGUGGACUCUACCAAGAGCUCAAUCAGCCUCAGCUGGACCAAACCAGCUUAUGAUGGUGGCUGUGAGAUCAUCGGAUAUCUGGUGGAGUGCAAGCGAGCCGACGCCGAGGAUUGGACCAAGUGCAACGUCCCCAAGAAACUCCAAGCCACCAAAUUCGUGUUGACUGGCCUGAUGGAAAACACAGAGUACCAGUUCAGAGUCACUGCUGUCAACAAGAUCGGCUACAGUGAGCCCAGCGAGGUUCCUGGAAACCACAUGCCCAAGGACAUCCUGAUUGCCCCUGAAGCUGAGCUGGACGCUGACCUGAGAAAGGCCUUGGUUCUGCGCGCCGGCGUCACCAUGAGGCUCUACGUCCCAUUGAGAGGACGCCCGCCGCCCAAGGUGACCUGGACAAAGGUGGGCGCCAACCUGAAGGAGAGGCAGGGCCUGCUGAUCAAGACUUCAGAGUGGGACACCUUCCUAAUGAUUGAGGACAUCAACAGAUAUGAUGCCGGCAAAUAUGUCCUGUCUCUGGAGAACAGCAGUGGAUCCAAGAGCUACACCAUCAUCGUGAAGGUCCUCGAUUCACCCGGACCACCUGUCAACCUGGUUGUGAAGGAGACCUCCAAGACUCACGCCUGGAUCAGCUGGGAUGCACCGCUGAUCGAUGGUGGAAGCCCGGUAAAAAGCUACAUUGUAGAGAAACGUUUGGCUGAGAGGAAGGCGUGGACCUGCGUCUCAGCUGAGUGCCACAAGACCUCCUUCAGGAUCACCAAUCUUGAGCCGGGUCAAGCCUACUGCUUCAGAGUUCUGGCUGAAAACGCCUACGGCAUCGGAGAGGGCUGCGAGACGGCGGGCAGCGUCCGGGCCUCUGAGCAACCUGGUCCUGUGACCGACUUCAAAGCCCAAAAGACCACCAAAGACUCCAUCACUCUGGGCUGGAAGAAACCCAUCAGUGAUGGGGGGAGCUACAUUACCUCUUACAUCCUGGAGCAGAGCGAAGGAGAGGAGAAGUGGAAGCAGAUUAUGAAGGGCAAGAACACCACCCACACCAUCAGCGAGUUGGCAGAGGGAAAAGAGUAUUUAUUCAGGGUCAAAGCCCUCAACGAGUCUGGGGAGGGACCGCCUACUGACCUCGCUGUUGUUGCCAAGGAUCAGUUUGUGCUGCCUGACUGCAAUUUGAGCAGUAUUCAUGACGGUUGCUGCGUAGUGAAGGAGGGCACCACCAUGCGGAUCAAUAUUCCCAUCACCGGAGUGCCGUACCCCACCGCCACCUGGAAGAAGGGUGACAUGGGGCUUGGCGACACUGGUCGCGUAUGUGUUGAAGCCUCCCAGGGUGUCACCACCCUGCUGAUCAGAGACUGCCAGAGAGGAGACGCUGAUACCUACGCCAUCAAUGUCAGGAACAGCGCCGGCUCAAAGGACUGCAAGUUCCAGGUCAAGGUUGUUGGAAAGCCCGGAAUAUGCACUGGGCCCAUCAAGUUUGAUGAGAUAACUGGUGACGGCAUCACCCUGGAGUGGGCGCCGCCCAAAGACGACGGAGGUGCUGAGGUGUCGAACUACAUUGUUGAGAAGAGAAGGACGACAGACAACAAGUGGGCCACAGUGGCUUCAGCCAUCCAGAAGACCACCAUGAGGGUGAUCAGACUCCAUGAUGGAAUCGAGUACAUCUUCAGAGUAUGUGCUGAGAAUAAGUACGGGAUCGGAGAGUAUCUGAGGUCUGACCCAGUCAUUGCCCAGCAUCCUUUCAAUGUACCCGAGGCGCCAGCUCCUCCUGAGAUUGUGAGCAUUCGACAUGAAUCAGCCAUUCUGACUUGGGCUGACCCAAAAGACACCGGUGGCUCGCCAAUCACUGGAUAUUACCUUGAGUUUAAGGAGAGGAACAGCCUGAUGUGGAAACGAGCCUGUAAGACUCCUUUGAGAGUAAAGGAGUGUAGAGUUACGGGUCUAACAGAAGGACUAGAGUAUGAGUUCAGGGUGUUGGCCAUGAAUAUGGCUGGCCUUGGAAAGGCAAGCAAAGUCACUGAGGCUGUCGUUGCCCUUGAUCCGAUUGAUCCACCUGGCAAACCGGAUGUGAUUAAUGUUACCAGGAACACAGUCACUCUAAUGUGGACCGCUCCUAAAUACGAUGGUGGCUAUAAACUGACGGGCUACAUGGUGGAAAAACUAGAGAGCGGUGGAAAGACAUGGAUGAAAGCCAAUCAUGUAAACGUCCAGAGCUGUGCUUUCACUGUCCCAGACCUGACAGAAGGAGCUCAGUAUCAGUUUAGAAUCAGGGCCAAAAAUUCUGCUGGUGCUGUCAGCGUUCCUUCAGAAGUUACCGAAUUCCUAACCUGCAAGGAUGAGUACGAGCCUCCAUCUAUCACUCUUGACCAAGAGAUGAAGGAUGGUGUAUAUGUCAAAGCAGGAGACACAAUUGUUAUCUCAGCUGCUAAAAUUGUGGGCAAACCUCCACCAACUGCUUUCUGGUCCAAGGGAGGCCGCGAGUUCAAGAACUCUGACAUUGUCACUGUUACUAGCACUCCAACUUCUUCAACGCUUGCCAUCAAGUAUGCAAGCCGGAAGAAUACAGGAGAGUACACAAUCACUGCUAGCAACCCAUUUGGUAUAAAGGAAGAACACAUUAAGGUGAAGGUCCUGGAUGUUCCUGGACCACCAGGCCCUAUUGAAGUUAGUAAUAUCUCAGCUGAGAAGUGUACCCUGACCUGGCUUCCUCCUGAAGAGGAUGGAGGCUCCUCUAUAAAGUCCUACGUCCUUGAGAAGAGAGAGACUAGCCGCCUACAGUGGACCAAAGUGGCUGAAAAUAUCAUGGACUGCAGACAUGUGGCCAGCAAACUCAUCAAGGGCAACGAGUACAUCUUCAGAGUGUCUGCUGUGAACCAGUAUGGCACAGGAGACUCUAGCUUGUCUGGUCCUGUCAAAAUGGUUGACAGCUUUGGUCCACCAGGUCCGCCCUCAGCCCCAGAGGUUGAUACUGUCAGUCGGAACGCUGUUACUAUUUCAUGGAAGAGACCUGUACAGGAUGGAGGAAGUGACAUUAGAGGAUAUUGUGUUGAAAGGAAAGAAAAGAGAGGAAUGAGAUGGGUGAGAGCCUGUAAAAGGACAGUUCCUGACCUCCGCUUCAAGGUGCAAGGCCUGACUGAGGGAGUAGAGUAUGAGUUUAGAGUCACGGCUGAGAAUAAAGCUGGAUUUGGGCCGCCAAGUGAGCCAUCCCACCCUGUAAUGACCAAGGAUAUUGUAUAUCCACCUGGUCCUCCGUCCAACCCUAGAAUUACAGACACUACAAAAACUACAGCAUCCUUUGCUUGGGGCCGCCCUCAUUACGAUGGUGGUCUUGAAGUAGAUGGGUACAUCGUUGAGUAUAAAAAGGAGGGUCAUGAUGACUGGGAGACAGAGACACAGUACCCAGUUAAAAUUACUGAAUAUGUUAUAGGUAAACUUCAAAAAGGAGGCAAAUACCACUUCAGAGUGAGUGCUGUAAACUCUGAGGGAGUAGGCGAGCCUGCAGAGGUUGAGAAAGUGACAGAACUGGUUGACCAGGAGACAAUGCCAGACUUUGAACUGGAUGCUGAACUCAGGAAAACCCUGGUGGUUAGAUGCCGUGCUUCUAUCCGUCUAUUUGUUCCCAUCAAGGGCCGUCCUGUUCCUGAAGUCACCUGGAGCAAAGAAAAUACCAACCUGAAAGCACGUGCACACAUUGAUACAACAGAGUCCUACACUCUACUUGUUAUUCCUGACUGCACUAGAUAUGACGCAGGAAAAUACCAUCUCUCUUUAGAGAAUGUUGCUGGUAAGAAGACAGGAUUUGUCAACGUCAGGGUUCUGGACACACCUGGGCCCCCAGUCAACCUUAAACCAAGAGAGAUCACUAAGAACAGCAUAACUCUCCAGUGGGAAAUCCCCAUUAUUGACGGAGGGUCCAAGAUUCAUAACUACAUAAUUGAAAAGAGGGAUGCCACAAAGAAGGCGUAUACUGUCCUUUGCACCACAUGGCAAAAAUGUUCCUUUAAGUUUCAAGACCUUGAGGAGGGAGCCUACUACUACUUCCGUAUCUCUGCUGAAAAUGACCUUGGUGUGGGUGAGCCUGCUGAAACCCUUGAUCCCAUAAGGGUGUCCCAGGCCCCCUCUCCUCCAGAUAACCUGUACGUUACGGACAUGACUUCUGACAGUGCGAGCCUUGCAUGGACAAAGCCUCUUCAUGAUGGCGGUAGCUUGAUUACUGGAUAUGUCAUUGAGGCUCAAAGGAAAGACACAGAUCAAUGGGUCCACAUAACGACCAUCAAGGCUCUGGAUUAUACUGUGACAGAUCUGGUCGAGGGUGCUGAAUACACCUUCCGUAUAAUGGCUGUCAAUGCAUCAGGUAGGAGUGAUCCUCGGGAGAGCCGGCCAGCUGUGAUAAAAGAGCAAACUUCUGCUCCAUCUUUUGACCUGAGAGGAGUCUACCAGAAAACUGUAAUUGCCAAAGCAGGGGAUCGCGUUAAGGUGGAGAUUCCAGUGUUGGGAAAACCCAGGCCUGUUGUUUCCUGGAAGAAGGGAGACAUAGCCCUCAAAGAAACACAAAGAAUAAACAUUGAAACCACAUCAACAUCAACUAUCCUCAACAUCAGUGAGAUUAAAAGAACCGAUGAAGGCCAGUAUUCCAUGACUGGAAAGAAUAUGCUGGGCACAUUGACAGAAACCAUCACAGUCCUGGUCCAUGACAUUCCAGGUCCUCCUACUGGUCCUAUAAAGCUGGAUGAGGUCUCAUGUGAUCACAUUAUCAUGUCUUGGGAACCACCGGAGAAUGAUGGAGGUGUUCCCAUCAACAAUUAUAUUGUUGAGAUGCGAGAAACUACGGGAACUUCUUGGGUGGAAUUGGCAGCUACAGUUAUUCGCACCACAUUCAAAGCAGCACGACUAAAUACUGGUACCCAUUACCAGUUCCGUGUCAAGGCGCAGAACAGAUAUGGUGUUGGACCUUGUCUUCUCUCUGAACCAGUGGUAGCUGCCUAUCCAUUUGAGGUACCAGGCCAGCCUGGCAUGCCUGUGGUCACGUCUUUCAACAAGGAUUCAAUUACUCUUAGCUGGAAUGAGCCAUCCUCUGAUGGAGGAAGUCCUAUUCUUGGUUAUCAUGUGGACAGAAAAGAGAAAAACAGUAUUCUGUGGCAGAGGAUCAACAAAGCACUUGUUGUUGGAAACAUCUUUAAAUCAACAGGCCUUGUUGAUGGCAUUGCAUAUGAACACCGUGUUAUUGCUGAAAACAUGGCGGGUCUCAGCAAACCUAGCAAACCCUGUGAGCCUAUGUAUGCUUUGGACCCAGUUGACCCACCAGGCCGACCUGUGGCAUUGAAUAUCACCAGACAUGAGGUGACAUUGUCAUGGACCAAACCGGAAGGUGAUGGAGGAUUUUCUAUUACGGGAUACACAGUGGAGAGGAAAGAGAUGCCUAAUGGACGCUGGCUUAAAGCAAAUUUCCACAACAUUCUAGAAACCAUGUUCACAGUCAGUGGUCUGAUCGAAGAUGCGACCUAUGAAUUCCGCGUGUUUGCUCGAAACUCAGCUGGUGCUAUUAGUGCUCCAUCUCAGCCAUCAGAAGCAAUCACAUGCAGAGAUGACAUUGAAGAACCAAGGCUUGAUGUGGAUGCAUCAUAUAGCAGCAAUGUUGUUGUGAUGGCUGGAGAACCAUUCAAGCUGGAAGCCAAUGUGACUGGCAGGCCAAUUCCUUCUUUAGUAUGGACCAAGGAAGGAAAGGAACUGGAGGACACAGCCAAAAUAGAGAUAAAGACAUCAGACUUCCACACAACUCUGAUCAACAAAGAUUCUCUAAGGAGAGAUGGUGGUGCGUUUACCGUGACUGCAAGCAAUCCUGGUGGAUUUGCCAAGUUCACUUUCAAUGUCAAAGUACUUGACAGACCUGGACCACCUGAUUCCCUCUCAGUUACUGAUAUUGCUGCAGAGAAAUGUGUGCUGAACUGGCUACAUCCAACACAUGAUGGUGGAGCCAAAAUUGAGUACUUUAUCAUACAGAGGCGUGAGACCAGUAGGUUGGCAUGGACAAAUGUGGCCACAGACCUUCAAGCAAACAGGUUCAAGGUAACAAAGCUCCUUAAAGGCAAUGAGUAUGUUUUCAGAGUCAUGGCUGUCAACAAGUAUGGUGUAGGUGAACCCCGGGAAUCAGAACCUGUUACUUGUGUCAAUCCUUACGGUCCCAGUGACCCACCAACAGAGCCUGAGGUCACAACUAUCACCAAAGACUCUAUGGUUGUCUGCUGGGAGCGUCCUGAACAUGAUGGAGGCAGCAGAAUUAAUACUUAUAUAAUUGAAAGAAGGGAUAAGACAGGCUUACGCUGGGUCAAAUGCAAUAAGAGAACUGUAACUGAUUUGCGAUUCAAGGUCUCUGGUCUCACACCAGGUCAUGAGUAUGAAUUUAGAGUCUUUGCUGAAAAUAACGCUGGCCUAAGUCAGCCUAGCCCUUCCAGUCCAUUCUACAAAGCUGUUGACACCAUCUUUCAGCCUGGACCCCCAGGGAACCCAAGAGUACUGGACACCACAAAGUCUUCUAUUACAGUCGCCUGGAACAAGCCUGUAUAUGAUGGUGGUUCUGAAAUUACUGGCUACGUAGUGGAGACUUGCCUGCCUGAGGAGGAUGAGUGGACAAUUCAUACUCCUAAGAAGGGAUGGACGGCCACAUCAUUUACCAUCACCAAUCUGAAAGAAAACCAGGAGUAUAAAAUCAACAUCUGUGCUACAAAUUCUGAAGGAGUGGGAGAGCCUGCUGCUGUUCCUGGAACCCCUAAGGCUGAAGACAGAUUAAUUGCUCCAGAAAUUGAACUUGGAGCAGAGUUACGUAAAGUAGUUUCCAUUAGGGCCUGUAGUACACUCAGACUUUUCGUCCCUAUCAAGGGAAGACCAGCUCCCGAAGUAAAAUGGUCAAGAGAGCAUGGAGAAUCCCUGGACAAGGCUAACAUUGAAAUCACCUCAUCAUUCACAACUCUUCAGAUAGACAAUGUUGACAGGUUUGAUGGAGGUAAAUACUUGGUUACAGUGGAAAAUGCCACAGGCAGUAAAUCAGCUUUUGUUAAUGUUAGAGUGCUAGAUACUCCAGGACCACCCCAGAAUCUCAUUGUAAAGGAGGUCACUAGAGACUCAGUUUCCCUGGUUUGGGAUGCGCCUCUCAUAGACGGGGGCUCCAGAAUCCGCAGCUACAUUGUGGAGAAACGUGAGUCAACCAGGAAAGCCUACUCAACUGUGUGUGCCAGCUGCCACAAGUCUAGUUGGAAAGUGGGAGACCUGGAAGAAGGAAAAUUGUACUUUUUCAGAAUACUGGCUGAAAACGAGUUUGGUAUUGGUCUCCCAGUUGAAACUGUUGACCCAAUCAAGGCAUCAGAAAAGCCUCUACCACCAGGAAAAGUAACUCUCCGUGAAGUUACCGGAACCAGUGUCACACUGACUUGGGAGAAACCAGACUAUGAUGGAGGAAGCAGAAUUACAGGCUAUAAUGUUGAGAUGCAAUGCAAAGGAAGUGAGAAAUGGACCCAGGUGAUGGUGGUAAAGACAAAUGAGGCUCAGGUAACUGGACUAACAUAUGGAGAGGAGUAUAUGUUCAGAAUCUCUGCUGUCAACGAAAAGGGUGUUAGUGACCCCCGCCCUCUCAAUGCGCCUGUGGUGGCUAAAGAUUUAUUGAUACCCCCAGCCUUCAAGCUGCUUUUUACCACAUUUAGCAUGCUGGCAGGAGAUGAUAUCAAGAUUGAUGUACCCUAUGUUGCCUGUCCUAAGGCUACAGUCACUUGGCUCAAGGAUGGUGUUGCUCUCAAAGAAACAACAAGAGUUAAUACUGAAGCCACAGAUAAAAACCUUCUUCUCAUCAUUAAGGAGGCUUGUAGAGAUGAUGUGGGCAAAUAUACUAUAAAACUAAACAACACAGCUGGGGAGGCUGUAGCGGAUAUCAGUGUUGUUGUCUUAGAUAAACCGGGUCCCCCAACUGGCCCGAUCAAGCUGGAUGAUGUCACGGCAGACAGUGUAGUCUUGUCUUGGAAUCCACCACAGUAUGAUGGGGGUUGCUCAAUCAACAAUUACAUUGUAGAGAAGAGAGACACAUCAACUACAAACUGGCAAAUUGUGUCUGCUACAGUAGCUAGAACAACCAUCAAGGCAGCUCGUCUGAAGACUGGUUCUGAGUAUCAGUUUAGAAUUGCUGCAGAAAAUAGAUAUGGGAAGUCAUCAUUUCUUCUCUCUGAAAGCAUUAUUGCUCAGUAUCCAUUUGAGGUGCCCAGCUCACCACGAUCCGUUGUGGUCCAGUCAGCCACCAAGGAGACCAUGGCUGUUGUGUGGGAUAAACCCAGCAAUGAUGGUGGAAGCAAAAUUCUGGGCUACCACUUAGAACUUAAAGAGAGAAACAGCAUUCUCUGGGUGAAACAGAACAAGCAGAUAAUCCCAGAGACCAGAUUUAAAGUUGUUGGUCUGGAAGAGGGAAUUGAAUAUGAGUUUAGAGUGUAUGCUGAGAAUAUUGUUGGGCUCAGUAGACCCAGUAAGGUGAGCGAAAUGCAAGUUGCCAGGGAUCCUUGUGACAGACCAGGCAAACCAGAGGCUGUCAUUGUAACAAGACACCAGGUGACACUGAGAUGGACCAAACCUGAGUUUGAUGGUGGCAUCAAAAUCACUGGUUACGUUGUGGAGAAAAAGGAGGCAAGUGGCCGUUGGAUGAAGGCCAGUUUUGCCAACAUUAUUGAAACUGAAUUUGUUGUCACAGGACUUACUGAAGAUCAAACGUAUGAGUUCCGUGUCAUUGCCAAAAAUGCAGCAGGUGUCUUUAGUGAACCAUCUGAUUCUACUGGAUCCAUCACAGCCAAGGAUGAGAUUGAUCCUCCAAAGAUUGAUUUAGAAUCCAAGUACUCCCAGGUUGUGGUUGUAAAUGCUGGAGAGACAUUUAAACUUGAGGCUGGUGUUUAUGGUAAACCUGUGCCGUCCGUACACUGGAUUAAAGAGGGCAGUGAGAUUACAGAAGCAGCUCGUGUAGAAAUUCGUAAUACCAAUUUUUCUGCUUGUUUAAUUGUUAAAGAAGCUAUUCGUGUUGAUGGAGGUCAGUACACAUUGCUGGUAAAGAAUGUUGGUGGAGAAAAAGUUGUUAACAUUAAUGUCAAGGUCUUGGAUAGACCAGGUCCACCAGAGGGCCCCAUUUCUAUCUAUGGGGUCACCAGUGAGAAAUGCUCAAUUUCUUGGAAAUCUCCCUUGCAAGACGGAGGUAGCGAUGUCUCCCAUUACAUUGUUGAGAGAAGGGAAACUAGCAGACUUGUAUGGACAGUAGUUGAACAAAAGGUUCAGACUCUGAAUCUGAAAAUCACCAAACUCCUUCCUGGUAAUGAAUACAUAUUCAGAGUGAUCCCUGUCAACAAAUAUGGUAUUGGAGAGCCUUUGGAAUCUGAGGCAAUGGUUGCAAAAAAUCCAUUUGUCCCACCAAGCCCACCAACAGAAGUAGAAGUCUCCUCAAUUACUAAGGACUCUAUGGUAGUUACCUGGGAGAGACCAAAUAAUGAUGGCGGCAGUUCCAUUCAGGGAUAUGUCAUUGAGAAACGUGAUAAGGACGGUGUAAGAUGGACUAGAUGCAACAAGCGCAAUGUGACUGAAUUGCGUUUCAGAGUGUCCGGCCUCAUAGAAAAUCAUAGCUAUGAAUUCAGGGUAGCUGCUGAGAAUGCUGCUGGAAUUGGCACACCUAGCACUCCAACAGUGUACUACAAAGCACUGGAUCCGGUUUUCAAACCUGGCCCACCCAACAACCCCAAGGUAGUAGACACCUCUAGGUCCACUGUAUCCCUUACAUGGGGUAAGCCCAUAUAUGAUGGUGGAAGUGAGAUUAAAGCUUACAUUGUUGAAGCAUAUAAUGUUGCAGCUGAAGAGUGGUUCAUGUGUACUCCUCCCUCUGGAAUAACAGACACAAAAUUCACUGUGAAAAAGCUUCUGGAGAAACACGAGUACAAAUUUAGGGUUUGCGCAAUCAACAAAAUUGGUGUUGGUGAACAUGCUGAUGUGCCAGGUAAAAUCCUUCUUGAGGAGAAGCUUGAGGCUCCUGACCUGGAAUUAGAUGCUGAAAUGAGGAAAAUGAUUAACAUCAGAUCCGCUUGCACUCUCAGGCUAUUUGUCCCCGUGAGAGGCCGGCCAGCUCCUGAGCUGAAAUGGGGAAAAGCUGAGGGUGAGAUUAAGGAGACAGCCCAAAUUGACAACACAGGAAGCUAUGCAUCACUUGUCAUCGAGAAUGUUGAUCGAUUUGACAGUGGAAAGUACACACUGACUGCGGAGAAUGCCAGUGGAGUCAAGUCAGUGUUCAUCAGUGUCAGAGUCCUGGACUCUCCUAGUCCACCCACUAACUUAACAGUUAAAGAGAUCACUAAGAACUCUGUCACACUCUCAUGGGAGCCUCCACUUCUGGAUGGUGGUUCAAAGAUUAAGCAUUAUAUUGUUGAGAAGCGUGAAAGCACAAGAAAAGUUUACUCUACCAUCACAACAUGUAACAAGAUGUCAUGGAAAGUUGAACCUCUUCCAGAGGGUGGAAUCUUCUUCUUUAGAGUCUUGGCUGAGAAUGAAUAUGGCGUGGGUCUCCAAGCUAAAACUAUGGAGCCAAUCAAAAUAUCUGAGAAGCCUCAACCACCUGGUAAGGUUAGUGUUCUAGAUGUCACUCGCAGCACCGUUACUCUAAAGUGGGAGAAAUCUGAACAUGAUGGUGGGAGCAGAAUCAGUCAUUAUGAAAUUGAAAUGGCCCCUAAAGACAGUGAGGCCUGGACUGUGUGUGCCAGUGUGAAAGGCCUGGAGACAGUAGUGAGCAACCUUCUCAAGGGAGAGGAAUAUCAGUUCAGAGUUGUUGCUGUGAAUGAAAAGGGUAAAAGCGACCCAAGACAACUGGCUUACACUGUUGUAGCAAAGGAUCUUAUCAUUGAGCCUUCUGUAAGACCCAAAGCAAGUUCUUACAGUGUUCAAGUGGGAAAUGACCUCAAAAUAGAGGUUCCAAUUGCUGGUCAUCCAAAACCAACAAUCACCUGGACCAAGGAUGGAGUGGCACUUAAACAGACAACCAGAGUUAAUGUCAGUGACUCUGCACAUCAUACCACUCUAACCAUUAAGGAUGCCACCAGAGAUGAUGGUGGUAUGUACACAAUCAACAUUACCAAUAACUUGGGUUCCAAGGAUGCCACUAUUGAAGUCAUCACCCUGGAUAAACCAGGACCACCAACAGGUCCGGUCAAGAUUGAAGAUGUCAGUGCUGAGAGUGUCACUCUUAACUGGGAGCCUCCUACAUACACAGGUGGCUGUCCAAUCUCCAAUUAUGUGGUGGAAAAAAGAGACACAACUACAACUAAUUGGGUCGUUGUGUCUGCCACUGUGGCAAGAACAACUCUGAAGGUGGCCAAUCUAAAGACUGGUGCUGAAUACCAGUUUAGAAUCUAUGCUGAAAACAGAUAUGGAAAGAGUUAUGCGAUUGAUUCAGAACCUGUUUUAGCACAGUAUCCGUUCCAGGAACCCGGACCACCAGGAACACCAUUUGUUUCCUCAUACACUAAAGACUAUAUGGUGGUUGAAUGGCAUAAACCCCCAUCUGACGGAGGCAGUGCCAUCUUGGGCUAUCAUUUGGAGAGGAAAGAGAAGAAUAGUAUCCUGUGGACAAAGAUCAACAAAAUGCUUAUUCAAGAUUGUAAAUACAAGUCUACUCCUCUUGAGGAAGGCAUUGAGUACGAGUAUAGAGUAUAUGCUGAGAAUAUAGUUGGCAUUGGAAAAUGCAGCAAAGUUUCUGAGGUCUACGUAGCUCGUGAUCCGUGCGAUCCUCCUGGCCGUCCAGAGGCUAUAAUUGUAACCAGACACUCAGUGAAGCUGAGAUGGACACCACCACAAUAUGAUGGUGGAAGCCUUGUAACUGGCUACUCAGUAGAGAAGCGUGACCUUCCAGAGGGAAAAUGGAUGAAGGCUAGCUUCACAAACAUUAUUGAACAUGAGUUUACCGUCACUGGCCUUACAGAGGACAGUAAAUAUGACUUCAGAGUGAUUGCAAGGAAUGCUGCUGGAGCUGUGAGCAGGCCUUCUGAAACCACUGGAUCCAUAACAGCUAAGGAUGAAGUGGAGCCACCCAAGUACGAAACUGAUUCUAUGUACAAUCAGACCAUUGUCAUUAAUGCUGGAGAAACCUUCACCCUGGAGGCUAGGGUGGAAGGAAAGCCUAUCCCAACAGCUCAAUGGUUCAAGGGAAGUGUUGAAGUUGAAAACUCAGCAAGAGCUGAAAUCAAAAACACAGAUUUUAAAGCAUUGCUUGUAGUAAAAGAUGCCAUCAGAGUGGAUGGUGGACAGUACACUUUGGUUCUGACAAAUGUUGCUGGAACUCAGACCGUCCCAUUCAGUGUGAAGGUUCUGGACAGACCCGGUCCAUCAGAGGGACCCCUCACAGUCAGUAACGUUACUGAGGAGAAAUGCUCACUCUCAUGGCUGCCACCGAGACAUGACGGAGGAGCUAGCAUUUCUCACUACGUCAUUCAAAAGAGAGAAACUAGUCGCUUGGCAUGGACUGUGGUCUCCAGCGAUUGUGGAGCUACAAUGUUCAAGGUUACCAAACUUUUGAAAGGCAAUGAGUACAUCUUCAGGGUUAUGGCUGUCAACAAGUAUGGAGAAGGUGAGCCUCUGGAAUCUGAGCCUGUUAUCAUGAGAAAUCCUUUUGUUCCUCCUGGUGCACCUCGUGAACUAGAGAUCACCAAUAUUACCCGGGAUUCAAUGACUGUCUGUUGGAACCGCCCAGAGUCUACAGGAGGAAGUGACAUUGUUGGUUACAUUAUUGAAAAGAGGGACAGAGCUGGAGUGAGGUGGACCAAGUGCAAUAAACGCAGAGUGACAGACUUGCGAUUUAGAGUAACAGGACUCACUGAGGAUCAUGAAUAUGAGUUCAAGGUAUCUGCUGAAAAUGCAGCUGGAGUGGGCCAGUCAAGCCCACCUACACCCUACCUCAAAGCCUGUGACCCCACCUUUGAACCAGGCAUUCCCACCAAUGCCCAUGUAGUUGACACGACAAAAGACUCCAUCAGUAUAGCUUGGCAAAGGCCUAUAUAUGACGGUGGUUGUGAAAUCCAAGGAUAUGCUGUUGAAAUUACCAAGGCUGACGAGGAGGAAUGGACUAUAUGCACACCACCCACUGGAGUGAAAGAUCCCAAGUUUACCAUCAAAAACCUGAUAGAACACCAAGAAUACAAGGUCCGUGUCUGUGCUAUCAAUAAAAUUGGUGUUGGUGAGCCCACAGAAAUCCAGGGAGUUGUUAUCCCUGUAGUUAAAAUUGAUGCUCCAGAGAUUAUUUUAGAUUCAGAGCUCAGAAAGGGAAUAGUUGUUCGUGCAGGAGGCUCAAUGAGAAUCAGUGUUCCUUUUAAGGGUCGUCCCACUCCUGAAGUAACCUGGGCCAAAGAGGAUGGUGAGAUGCCCAGUAAAGUACAGAUUGAGACUGGUGAAGACUACACACAGCUCUCCGUUGACAUUUGUGAUAAAUAUGAUGCUGGAAAAUACAUCCUCAAUGUAGAAAACAGUGCUGGCAGCAAAUCAGCUUUUGUCUCUGUUAAGGUUCUGGACACUCCAGGGGCUCCAUUAAACCUAAAGGUGAAAGACAUAAAGAGGGAGAGUGUCACUUUGACCUGGGAACCCCCUGUUAUUGAUGGUGGUGCAAGAAUAAAGAAUUACUUGGUUGAGAAGCGAGAGUCAAACAGGAAGGUUUACUCUAAUGUAGACAAUAAAUGUACAAAGACAACUUACCGUAUCACAGGUCUUACUGAGGGAACGGUUUAUUACUUUAGAGUCUUAGCAGAAAAUGAAUUUGGUGUUGGACAACCAGUUGAAACAAUGGAAUCUGUUAAAACAUCUGAGCCACCGUUACCCGUGGGUAAAGUUACUUUGACUGAUGUCACAAAAACCACAGCCUCACUCUCCUGGGAGAAGCCAGUCCAUGAUGGAGGCAGCAGGAUCAUUGGAUACUACAUUGAGAUGCAGCCUGUGGGCUCAGAAGAAUGGGUGGUGGCUACCACAACCAAAACUUGUGAGGGCACUGUAACAGGCCUCAGUGCAGGACACGAGUACCUUUUCAGAGUAUCCGCCUACAACGAGAAGGGCAAGAGCGACGCCAGGGCUCUGGCUGCACCGGUUACUGCUAAAGAUGUAACUGUAGAGCCCGGAUUCAAGAUGAGAUUCAACACAUACAGUUUACAACAAGGUGAGGAUAUGAAGAUUGAGAUUUCAGUACUUGGACGACCUACUCCAAAAGUUGAAUGGAAGAAGGAGGGACAACCUCUUAAGGAGACAACCAGAAUAAAUGUAUCCGGCACACCAUCAUCUACAAAGUUGGUUAUCAAGGAUGCCAAUAGAGAGGAUGCUGGUAAAUAUACUGUAACAGCCACCAGCAGCAUUGGGACAGCUACAGAGGAGAUUACUGUUAUUAUUCUGGACAAACCUGGACCUCCUACAGGCCCUGUCAAGAUUGAGGAAGUGAGCUCUAAUUUUGUUACUCUGUCCUGGGAACCACCAGAGUAUACUGGAGGCUGUCAGAUCAACAACUACAUUGUAGAGAAGAGAGACACCACUACUACGGCGUGGCAGAUUGUGUCAGCUACAAUUGCCAGGACAACCAUCAAAGUCAGCAAUUUGAAGACAGGCACUGAAUAUCAAUUUAGAGUGUCAGCUGAGAACAGGUAUGGAAAGAGUUCAGUGAUUGUCUCUCCAGCUGUUGUUGCCAAGUAUCCAUUCAGUGAGCCUGCUGCCCCAGGAACACCGGGUGUUACAUCUGCAACCAAGGAUAGCAUGGUUGUUGAAUGGAAACCUCCCACCAACAAUGGAGGUAGCCCAAUUAUUGGGUAUCACCUGGAAAGAAAGGAGAAAAACAGCCUUUUGUGGGUUAAAUUAAACAAGCUUCUAAUUCCAGAUGCACGAUUCAAAACUACAGAGUUGGAAGAGGGUAUAGAGUAUGAGUUUAGAGUUUAUGCUGAGAACAUUGCUGGUCUCAGUCCAGCUAGCAAGGUCUCAGAAAGCACAGUAGCCAGGGACCCAUGUGAUCCACCAGGCACUCCUGAGGCUAUUGAAAUCACCAGAAACCAUGUCACACUUCAGUGGACCAGACCCCAGUAUGAUGGAGGUAGUGCAAUCACUGGAUAUUUGAUUGAGAGGAGGAAGCACCCAGAUAUGCGCUGGAUGAAAGCAAGCUUCACCAACAUCAUUGAUACCCAGUACACUCUCACUGGUCUUACUGAGGACUGUGUGUAUGAGUUUAGAGUCAUUGCCAGGAAUGCUGCUGGUAUUUCUAGUUCCCCAUCUGAAAGCACUGGAGAAAUAACAGCCAAAGAUGAAAUUGAGGCUCCAGAUGCCACCAUGGACGCCAAAUUCAAGGAUCUUACAGUUGUUCAUGCUAGUGAGACAUUUACCAUUGAUGCAGAUUACACUGGUAAGCCCCUGCCUGAGAUCACAUGGUUAAAGGAUGGGAAGGAAAUUGACAAGACAACUCCAAGAAUGGAAGUCAAGACCACACUCACACGCACUAUCCUGACAGUUAAAGAAUGCAUAAGAGUCGAUGGUGGCCACUUUGUUCUCAAACUUGUUAAUGUGGGUGGAGUCAAAAUGAUCCCAGUUAACGUAAAGGUUUUGGACAGACCUGGUCCUCCAGAUGGACCAUUAGAAGUCAAAGGAGUUACAUCUGAAAAAUGUUAUCUGCACUGGAACCAUCCCUCACAUGAUGGUGGAGCUAGCAUCUCUCACUAUAUCAUUGAAAAGAGAGAGACCAGUCGUUUGUCAUGGACCAUGGUUGAGCCGAAGAUCCAGGCAAUCAGCUACAAAAUUACAAAACUGCUCCCUGGAAAUGAAUAUAUCUUCAGAGUUACUGCUGUGAAUAAAUAUGGAGUUGGCGAACCUUUAGAGUCUGAGCCAGUUGUUGCUCGUAAUCCAUUCACCACUCCCAGUGCGCCCUCCACCCCUGAACCCAGUGCUAUCACUAGGGAUUCCAUUGUGCUUACAUGGGAGAGGCCAGAGAAUAAUGGAGGAGCUGAGAUUGAAGGAUAUGUACUUGAAAAACGUGAUAAGGAUGGUGUCAGAUGGACCAAGUGCAACAAGAAGAGACUAACUGACUUGAGAUUCAGGUGCGGUGGUCUCACAGAGGGCCACUCCUAUGAAUUCAGGGUCUCAGCUGAAAAUGCUGCUGGUGUUGGAAAGCCCAGUGCACCAACACAGUAUAUCAAAGCUUGCGAUGCCACUUAUCCACCAGGACCACCAAAUAACCCCAAAGUCACUGACCAUUCCAGCACUACUGUCUCCCUCACCUGGUCCAGACCUAUCUAUGAUGGUGGAGCAAAGAUUACUGCAUAUGUGGUUGAAAUGAAGGAAGCAUUAGAUGAUGAAUGGAUUGUUUGCACACCUCCUACUGGUGUCCAAGACACUCACUACACUGUCAAGAAAUUAAAAGAGAACGCAGAAUACAAUUUCCGCAUAUGUGCCGUAAACUGUGAGGGACUAGGGGAUCCUGUGGACCUGCCAGGAUCGGUGAUUGCUGCAGAGAAAGUGCAGGCUCCUGAAAUUGAACUAGAUGCUGAUCUGAGAAAGAUGGUCAAUGUCCGUGCCACUGCGACACUACGUCUUUUUGUGACUAUCAGAGGAAAGCCUGAGCCUGAGGUCAAAUGGUCAAAGGCUGAUGGAACUCUAAAUGAGCGUGCUCAGAUUGAAGUCACAAGCUCUUAUACAAUGCUUGUGAUUGAAAAUGUUGACAGAUUUGAUACUGGCAAAUAUGUACUGACCCUUGAGAACCUCAGUGGCUCUAAAUCAGCCUUUAUCAACGUUAGAGUUCUGGAUUCCCCCAGUGCGCCAACAAACCUGCAAGUUAAAGAUGUAAAGAGAAAUUCUGUCUCUAUUUCAUGGGAGCCUCCGCUUAUUGAUGGUGGAGCAAAAAUAUCCCACUACAUUGUGGAGAAGAGAGAGCAGAAGCGAAUGGCUUUCACCAGCGUUAGCACCAACUGUGUAAGGAACUCUUACAUUAUUUCUGACUUGCAGGAGGGAGGUAGAUACUUUUUCCGUGUGUUGGCUGUAAAUGAGCUUGGAGUAGGUCUGCCGGCUACCACAGAUCAAGUCAAGGUUUCAGAGGCACCUUUGCCUCCUGGUAAAAUCAUUGUGGUUGAUGUGACACGUCACACAGUCACCCUGUCAUGGGAGAAACCUGAUCAUGAUGGAGGCAGCAAAAUAACAAGCUAUAUUGUGGAGAUGCAGCCCAAAGGAGAUGAAAAAUGGACAGUGUGCAGUGAAGCCAAAGCACUAGAAGCCACUAUUGAUGGACUCAUUACUGGUGAAGAAUAUGCCUUCAGAGUAACCGCUGUGAAUGAUAAGGGUAGGAGUGAUCCCAAACCUUUGAUUACGCCUGUGGUAGUGAAAGACAUCACAAUGGAGCCCACCAUCAACUUGCUGUUCCAUACAUACAGCAUAAAGGCAGGAGAUGACUUGAAGAUCGAUGUUCCUUUCAAAGGCAGACCUCAACCUGAGGUAUCCUGGAAGAAGGAUGGCCAUGUGCUGAAGCAGACAACUAGGGUAAAUGUUCUCAAUUCAAAGACCUCAUCCAAGAUCAUCAUCAAAGAUGCCACCAAAGACGAUGUAGGAAAAUAUGAGAUCACUUUGACUAAUUCAAUUGGCACAAACACUGCUGAAAUUUCUGUAAUAAUUCUGGAUAAACCUGGCCCACCCAGCAACAUUAGGAUGGAUGAGGUGAGUGCUGACUUUAUCUCUCUGUCCUGGGAUGCUCCAACCUAUGAUGGUGGGUGCCAGAUUAACAACUAUGUCGUGGAGAAGAGAGACACUACUUCUACUACAUGGCAAAUUGUCUCAGCUACGGUAGCCAGGACAUCAAUAAAGGUUUCCCGUCUCACUCAGGGCACAGAGUACCAGUUCCGCAUUGCGGCUGAGAACCGUUAUGGCAAGAGUCACGCAGUUGAUUCAGCUCCUGUUGUUGCACAAUAUCCAUUUGAGCCUCCUGGCCCUCCAACCAAUCUUCAUGUUGCCCAUGCCACCAAGACUGGCAUGCUAGUAGUAUGGGGCAGACCUGCCAGUGAUGGUGGAAGCCCUGUCAUUGGUUAUCACAUCGAAUGCAAAGACCAAAGCAGCAUUUUGUGGACCAAAGUCAACAGAGGUCUGCUGACUGAAAAUCAGUUUAAGAUGACUGGCACUGAGGAAGGUCUGUUGUAUCAGUAUAGAGUGUAUGCUGAGAAUAUUGCUGGUAUUGGUCCAUGCACUAAGCCUAGUGAACCAGUUGCAGCCAGGGACCCAUGUGAAUCUCCACGUAACCUUAAGGUCACAAACAUUACAAGAAACUCAGUUUCUCUUUUCUGGGACGCACCUGAAUAUGAUGGCGGGGUGAAAAUUGUUGGAUACAUAGUAGAGCGGAAAGAGCUCCCAGAUGGCCGUUGGCUAAAGUGUAACUUCGCCAAUUUACAGGAGACUUACUUUGAUGUCACGGGUCUUACAGAAGAUUCACAGUAUGACUUCCAUGUAAUUGCAAAGAAUUCUGCUGAGAUGUUGAGCGCCCCUUCAGAAUGCACUGGUCCUGUUACGAUCAAAGAUGAUGUAGAGACUCCAAGCAUUACCUUAGAGGACAAGUUCAGGCAAUUGGUUGUCAUUAAGGCCGGAGAUAUAAUUAGAAUUGAUGCUGAAAUUACCGGACGUCCGAUCCCAGUGGUCUCAUGGUCUAAGGAUGGAAAAGAUAUUGAGGCCAAGGCCAGGUGUGAAAUCACCUCCACCAACUUUACAACCACUCUGAUUGUCAGAGAUGCUAUCAGGAGGGACUCUGGACAGUAUGUUUUGACUUUGCACAAUGUCGCUGGAACCAGGUCUGUAGCUAUCAACUGCAAGGUUCUGGACAGGCCUGGACCAGCUUCAGGACCUUUGGCAGUGUCUGGUGUUACAGGAGAGAAAUGCACUAUAACAUGGGGUCCACCUCAAGAGAAUGGUGGAGCUGAAAUCAUGCACUAUAUUGUGGAGAAACGUGAGACAAGUCGCCUUGCCUGGACCGUUGUUUAUGGUGACAUGAAGGCAACUACUUGCAAAGUUACUAAGCUGCUGAAAGGAAAUGAGUACAUUUUAAGGGUCAGGGGAGUUAACAAAUAUGGCGAAGGUGAGUCUCUGGAGAGUGAGCCAGUAAAAGCUUUGGAUCCUUUCACUGUACCUGCAGCCCCGACUAAUGUCCAGGUCACCUCAGUCACUGGUGAAGCCAUGACAAUCUGUUGGGAAAGACCUGUUUCUGAUGGUGGCAACAGUAUCGCCGGGUAUGUAAUUGAAAAGAGAGAGAAAACUGGCCUCCGCUGGUGCAGAGUUAACAAGAAACCUGUCUACGACCUCAGAGUCAAAGCAUCAAACCUUCGUGAGGGAUGUGAAUACGAGUACAGGGUGUUUGCAGAGAAUGCUGCAGGACGUAGUGCUCCUAGCACCCCUUGCCCACUCACCAAGGCCGAAGACCCACAGUUCCUGCCCUCACCUCCUGCUAAGCCCAAGAUCAUUGACUCAACAAAGACCACAGUUACACUGGCAUGGAAUAAGCCACUGUUUGAUGGUGGAGCACCUGUGACUGGCUACAGAGUAGAAUACAGAAAGUCAUUAGAUGAUGAAUGGUUCAUUGGAGUCCACAACACCAAGAAUACAGAGUUUACAGUGGUGGGACUGACGCCUGGGGCUGAAUAUGUGUUUAUUGUCAGAUCCAUUAACAAAAUUGGGGCAAGUGAGCCUAGUCCUGAGUCUGACAAACAAGUUGCUAAAGAAAGAGAAGAAGAACCAGUCUUUGAAAUAAGCAAUGAGAUGAGGAAGACUCUUGUUGUGAAAGAUGGAAGCUCAUUUACGAUGACAGUACCCUUCAGGGGCAAGCCUGUUCCCACUGUUAGUUGGGCAAAGGCUGACGUUGACCUUAGAGUGCGUGCUGUCAUUGACACCACGGAUACCUUCACCUCAAUCACCUUAGAAAAAGCAACACGCAGUGACUCUGGAAAAUACACUGUCACCUUGUCCAGCAUUGCUGGAACCGCCUCAGUGACGCUUAACGUUAGAGUUCUUGACUCACCUGGACCCCCUGCAUGUGUAGAAGUUAAGGAAGUGACUAGGUCAUCUGCUACAGUGACUUGGGACACUCCAGAUAAUGAAGGAGGAGGACCAGUCAAGAAUUAUCUUGUUGACUACCGAGAAGCAAGCAAAAAAGGCUGGAGUAGGUUGACUGACACCUGUCACAGGCUGACGUACAAGGUGUCUGACCUAAAGGAAGGAGAAGUCUACUAUUUUAGAGUUACAGGCGAGAAUGACUAUGGUGUUGGUGUUCCGGCUGAGACCAAAGAGGGAACCAAGAUCACAGAAAAACCAAGCCCCCCACCAAAGCUUGGAGCAACUGAUGUCACCAAGGAGAGCAUAUCGCUGGCCUGGGCUAAACCUGAACACGAUGGAGGCAGCAGAGUUACGGGAUACCUGGUUGAAGCACUGGAGAAGGGUCAGGAGAAGUGGGUUAAAUGUGGUGUAACCAAGUAUACCCACUUCAUAGUGUCUGGCCUAAGGGAGAAAGCAGAAUACUUCUUCAGAGUCAAAGCUGAGAACCUUGCUGGAUUUAGUGAUGCAAAGGAAAUGUUCACCCCUGUUAUGGUCAAAGACCAGCUUGAAUCUCCUGAAGUCGACAUGAAGGACUUCCCCCACAACACAGUGUACGUCAGAGCUGGCUCCACUCUCAAGUGUGAAAUCCCUCUGACUGGCCAACCCUUGCCCAAAGUCACUCUUUCCAAGGAUAAUGUAGUGCUCAAGUCAACAAUGAGGUUCAACUGUGAAGUCACUCCUGACAGCAUCAAAAUCAUCUUGCGUGAAAGUGUUGCAAGAGACUCUGGACGCUAUGAUAUCACUGCCUCCAACUCCAGUGGAACGACCAAGUCCUUUGUCAAUAUUGUGGUUCUGGAUCGCCCCAGUGCCCCACUUGGACCUGUGGAACUGUUUGAUGUCACAGAAGAGAGUGUGAGCCUCAGGUGGCUCCCACCAGCAUAUGAUGGAGGAAGCCCCAUCACUAACUAUAUCAUCCAGAAGAGGGAAACAACUACAGCAAACUGGACUGAUGUCUCUUCUGCUGUGGCCCGUUGCACCAUAAAGAUCAUGAAACUUAUUACUGGCUUGGAGUACCAGUUCAGAAUCAGGGCUGAAAACAAAUAUGGCAUAAGUGAAAAUAUUGACUCUCCAGCAGUCAGAGUCAACCUUCCAUACACUAUUCCGGAUGCUCCAUCAACUCCAGAAAUUACUAGUGUGACCAGGGAGACCAUCGCGCUUGCCUGGAAGGAGCCCAAGUCAGAUGGAGGCAGCCAUGUCUUUGGCUACCAUCUCCAGAUGAAGGAUAGGAACAGCAUCCUGUGGCAGAGAGUUAACAAAACUGUGAUCCGUGCUACACACUAUAAGGUCACCAACAUUAAUGCUGGACUCAUUUAUGAGUUUAAGGUGGCAGCAGAGAAUGCUGCUGGCCUCAGCGCUUUCAGCAAGUCUUCAGAUGCUGUGUUGGCUAUAGAUGCCUGUGAGCCACCCAUCAACCUGAGAAUCAGUGACAUCACCAAAAACUCUAUCAGCCUUGCCUGGGAGAAGCCCAACUAUGAUGGUGGAUCCCAUAUAACUGGUUACCUGAUUGAGAAGAGAGAAGGUGUCAGCCCUAAGUGGACCAAAGCUAACCUUACCAAUAUAACAGACACACAUUUCACCGUGACUGGACUCACCCAGAAUGAAACAUACGAGUUCAGGGUCAUGGCCAGGAAUGCAGUUGGUUCAGUCAGCAACCCAUCUUUGACAGCUGGACCAGCCACCUGUGUGGACACCUAUGGUACCCCAGAAAUUGAAAUUCCACAGGAGUACCUUAAUGAGGUCAAAUACAGGGCUGGCUCAGAUGUGGAGCUUAAAUUUAAUAUCACAGCCAAACCCGCCCCCACCAUUGAGUGGUUUAAAGACGGCAGAGAGUUAAAGCCUACUGCCCAGCUCUCUUUCAAACACACAUUUGAGUCCACCAGCAUAUUCUUGAGGGACACCACUCGUCUGAACUCAGGGACCUAUGAGGUCAAGGUGAAGAACUCCCUGGGAACCGCAUGUGCCAUUGUCAGGCUCCUUAUUCAAGACAAGCCAGGACCGCCUGAUGGAGAAAUUCAGUUUAAGAAGGUGACGGCUAACAACAUCACCAUCAUGUGGUCUCCUCCUGCUGAUGAGGGCGGUGCCAUGGUAACUCACUACAUUGUGGAGAAGAGAGAGACCAGCAGAGUCAUGUGGUCUAUUGUCUCUGAGAAACUCGUAGACUGCAUCGUCAACGUGCCCCGACUCAUUCAGGGCAAUGAGUACAUCUUCAGAAUCCGUGGAGUCAACAAAUAUGGCAUUGGAGACCCACUGGAGUCUGAGCCCAUUAUCGCAAAGAACCAGUUUGUUCCUCCUAGUGAACCAUCUAAGCCUAAGGUCACCAUGAUCACCAAGUCCACAAUGACAGUGAUUUGGGAGAGGCCUGCACUGGAUGGAGGCAGUGAUAUUGAUGGUUAUUACCUGGAGAAAAGGGAGAAAAAGAGUCUUCAGUGGUUCAAGGUGGUGAAGGGAACAAUCAGAGACACGAGACAAAAAGUUACCAACUUGACUGAGAACAAUGAGUACCAGUUCAGAGUCUGUGCCGUAAACAAGGCUGGUGCAGGAAACUACUCGGAGGCCUCUGACCUUUACAAGGCCUAUGACCCCAUUGAUCUUCCUGGGGAACCCUCAAAGCUCCGUGUGGUCGACUCCACAAAGACGUCCAUAACUCUGGGCUGGGAGAAGCCUGUCUACGACGGUGGCAGCGAAAUCACACACUACUUACUGGAACAGAUGAAUGCAGGAGACAAAGAAUGGAUCAUCACCAACCCGCAGGUUAAGGAUUGCGAGUAUGUGGUGCCCCACCUGAAACCUGGCACCUACUACUAUUUCAGAGUGUCUGCCGUGAACUGCAAGGGUAAAGGAGAGGACAUCAAGAUGUACCAGCCUGUUCAAGCCAAAGACAUAUUAGAGGAAGCUGAUUUGGACUUGGACGUUUCUAUGACAACUCAAUACACAGCUAGAGCCGGCCGUGAUGUUGAAGUGUUUAUCCCAUUGAAGGGACGCCCAGCUCCCAAUGUCACCUGGCGACGCGACGAUCGCAACAUGGCUGGGGAUAACCGCUACACCAUUCGCAGCACUGAGAGGUCCACCACACUCCUCAUUCCAAAGGUCACCCGUGAUGACUGUGGAAAGUACAUGCUAGAGAUAGAGAACGGCGUAGGGGAACCCAAGAUAAUCACCAUUUCCCUCAGGGUUCUAGAUAGUCCAUCCUCCUGCCAGAAGCUAAUAAUCAAGAACGUUUCAAGAGGAAAGCUGACCCUCAGCUGGGAGGCUCCUAUUGUGGAUGGUGGCUCUCCUGUCACAAAUUACAUUGUUGAGAAGAAAGCCUCGACCAUGAAGGCCUACCAGGUGAUCACUGCAGAGUGCCUCAACACGUCUUACAAGGUGACAGGCCUGGAAGAGGAUAUUGCUUACUUUUUCCGUGUGUCAGCUGAAAACGAGUUUGGUGUGGGUGACUUCUGUGAGUCCGCUGAAGCCGUCAGAGCAACAGAGACUCCUGGACCAGUUAAAAACCUGGUAAUGUUGGACUCUACAAAGACGUCUGUUACCCUGCAGUGGGCCCGACCUGACCAUGAUGGAGGCAGCCACAUCACAGAGUACAUAGUUGAAAAGAUGAGCCAAGAUGAAGUCAACUGGAGCUUAGGUGCCACAUGCAAACGCUGCACUUGUGAGGUGCCUGGACUCAGGGAGCAUGCCAUUAUGGAUUUCAGAGUGUUUGCCAAGAAUGAGAAAGGAAGAAGUGACUUCUCUCAGAUUGGUCCAAUUGAAGUGAUGGACUUUAUUAUCCCCCCUGAAGCCAAUCUCAGUGAUUAUCCAAACGGAGAGCUGGCUGUUCGUGUUGGUCAGAACAUCCACAUUGAGCUACCAUUCAAGGGAAAACCAAGACCAGCAAUCAGCUGGCUGAAGGACAACCUACCACUGAAGGAGAGUGAUAAGAUCCGCUUCAGGACCACUGACAACAAGACUGCAGUGACAGUCAGAGGAGCCAAGAAGGAGAAUGCUGGCCAGUACACUUUAGUUCUGGACAAUAGAGUGGUCAAAAACUACUUUGACAUCAAUGUGAUUACUCUGGGACCCCCCACGGCUCCUUCAGGUCCCAUUCGCUUUGAUGAGAUAAAAGCUCAGAGCAUCAUCAUUUCCUGGGAUGAGCCCAAGGAGGAUGGAGGAGGGGAGAUCACAUGCUACAGCGUGGAGAAACGUGAAACCUCCCAGGCCAACUGGAAAAUGGUCUGCUCAAGUGUUGUUAGGACCACCUUCAAGAUCCCCAACCUGGUCAAAGGAACUCAAUACCAGUUCAGAGUCCGUGCUGAGAACAAGUAUGGAGUCAGUGAAUCACUCUGCUCCCCAGAGGUUAUUGCUCAGCACCAGUAUAAACCUCCAGGUCCACCAGGAAAGCCAGUUGCCUUCAACGUCACCAGUGAUGGUAUGACCAUCAAGUGGGAUGCCCCAGGCUUUGAUGGAGGUUCUCCCAUCUUGGGUUAUCAUGUUGAGAAGAAGGACCGGAACAGCCUCUUGUGGCAGAAGGUGAACUCCACUCUCAUUUCCAAUAAGGAGUACAGGAUCAUUGGUCUCCUUGAAGGUCUGGAGUACUCUUUUAGAGUAUAUGCUGAGAACAAUGCCGGACUCAGUCCAGUCAGUGAGCAGAGCAAGCAUGCUCUAGCUAUCUCCCCUGUUGACCCACCUGGAACUCCUGUCUGCAUUGAUACAACCAGAGAGUCAGUCACCCUGCAGUGGGACAUUCCCAAGAGAGAUGGUGGCAGCAAAAUUGUGGCUUACAAUGUAGAAAGGCGCCAAGGCAGAUCAAAAUGGCUGCGGUGCAACUUUACUGAUAUAAGUGAGACCCACUUCACUGUGACUGGUCUGUCUCCUGGAGACAGAUUUGAGUUCAGAGUGAUUGCAAGGAAUGCUGUCGGCACAGUCAGCCCACCAUCCAACUCAUCUGGAUACAUCAUGACUAAGGAUGAGAGCGUUGCUCCGGAAAUCGAGUGGUCUCCAGACCAAGUGCUCACUCUGAAGGCUGGAGAAAAUGUUAAGCUCAAUUGCACCAUCACUGGGCGCCCAGUUCCCCAGGUUUUGUGGUACAAGGAUGGCAAAGAAAUUGAUAAGAGAACCAUGAUUGACAUUGAAAUUACCACUGGCAUUGGCAACAGCAGUCUGUUAAUCCGUGAUGCGGACAGGAACCACCGUGGAAUUUACACAGUUGAGGCUAGAAAUAGCUCCGGUUCAAGGAAAGCAGAUGUUAACGUCAGAGUGCAAGAUACUCCUGGACCUGUUGAGGGUCCCAUCCGCUUCACCGGCAUCACGGCUGAAAAGUGCACCGUCUGGUGGAACCCACCUGAAAAUGAUGGCUGUGCUGCAAUCACCCACUAUGUGGUGGAGAAACGAGAAACAUCCAGAAUUACCUGGGCCUUGGUCACAUCCAAAUGUGAAGCUUGUUCAUACAACGUCACUAACCUCAUUAAGGGCAAUGAGUACCAGUUCAGAAUCUCUGCUGUCAACAAAUUUGGGGUUGGCAAACAACUAGAUUCUGACCCAAUUAUUGCACGCAUGCAAUACACUGUGCCAGAUGCUCCUGGUACACCAGAUGCAACACAUGUGACUGGAAACAGCAUCACUAUGUGCUGGACCAGGCCAAGAUCCGAUGGAGGCAAUGAGAUCAAGCAUUACAUUCUAGAAAGGAGAGAGAAGAAGAGUCUUCGCUGGGUGAGGGUUUCCUCCAAGAGGCCCAUCACGGAGCUAAGGCACCGUGUCACCAACCUCACCGAGGGCAACGAGUACGAGUUCCGUGUCAUGGCUGAAAAUGGAGCAGGUAUCGGACCAGCCAGCAGCACCUCCAGACUCUUCAAAUGCAGAGAGCCGACCAGUGCUCCCAGUGCUCCCAGUUUGAUCAAGGUUAUUGACUCGACUAAGUCCUCCGUCACCCUGGAAUGGACAAAGCCAGUCUUUGAUGGUGGCAUGGAAAUAAUUGGCUAUAAUAUUGACAUGUGUAAGGCCAGCCUGGAGGAGUGGCACAGAGUCAACAGUCAGAUCUGCAUCCACAAUCGGUACACGGCAAAGGGCCUGGUACCUGGAGAGCUUUACAAAUUCAGAGUCAGUGCUGUGAAUGGAUCAGGAGAGGGUGAAGCUUCCAUUAUGCCACAGCCUGUCCAGGCUCUGGAUAGACUGACUUCUCCAGAAAUUGACAUUGAUGCAAACUUCAAGCAAACUCACACUGUGAAGAAUGGAGGAACAGUCACUCUCAGCAUCGCUUUCCGAGGAAAGCCUACUCCCCUUGCCACCUGGUCUCGAGUAGAUGGAGAGCUUCCUUUCAUGGCUGACGUCAGUACCACAGAUGGCUCCUCCACUUUGACCUUAGAAGGUUGCACAAGGUACGAGGCGGGAAAAUACACCCUGUCCCUUGAGAACAACAGUGGCCGCAAGUCCAUCACAUUCACUGUUAAAGUCUUGGAUACUCCUGGACCUCCAGGGACGAUCUCCUUCAAAGAUGUUACUCGUGGCGCCUUGACAAUGAUGUGGGAUGCUCCAUCCAAUGACGGUGGUUCCCGAGUCCACCACUACAUUGUGGACAAACGGGAGGCAAGCCGCCUUGCUUGGCAGGAGGUCAGCAGCAAGAGCUCCCGUCAAAUGAUAAGGAUAACCGGUCUAGAUAUUGGCGUGCCAUACUUGUUCAGAGUGACUGCUGUCAACCAGUAUGGCCAAGGAGAACCUAAUGAAAUGACUGAGCCCAUCGUUGCCACCGAAGAGCCUGCACCACCCAAGAGAUUAGAUGUUGUCGACACCACUAGCUCCUCGGCCUCCCUGGUGUGGCUUAAACCUGAGCAUGAUGGAGGCAGCCGCAUCAGAGGCUACAUUGUUGAAUUCAGAGCUAAGGGCAGUGAGCGUUGGGUUGUUUAUGGAGAGACGAAGUUACAGAAGAUGCUGGUAGAGGGUCUGAUCGCGAACUCGGAGUACGACUUCAGGGUGAAGGCCAAGAAUGAUGCUGGAGUCAGUGAGCCUCAGGCUACCUUCAGCUCUGUGGUCAUUAAGGAACCUCUCAUCGAACCAACCGCUGAUCUCAGCAGCAUCACUAACCAGCUCAUCACCUGUAAGAUUUCCAACACGUUCACAAUUGAUAUUCCUAUCAGUGGCAGACCUGCACCCAAGGUCACAUGGAAGCUAGAGGAAAUGAAGCUGAAGGAGACGGACAGGGUCUUGAUCAGGACCACAAAGGAGAGAACCACACUGAUUGUGAGGGACAGCAAGAGAAGUGACAGCGGCAAGUAUUACCUGAUCCUGGAGAAUGCUGCUGGUGUGAUGACUUUCACAGUCACCGUGGCCAUCAUCGGCAGACCGAGCCCACCCACUGGCCCUGUUCAGGUUUCUGAAAUCUCCUCAGAGUCCUGCACGCUGUCCUGGUCUGAGCCAGCUGAUGAUGGAGGCACUGAAAUAACCAACUACAUUGUUGAAAAACGCGAGUCUGGCCACGCUUCAUGGCAGGUGGUCAACUCCAGUGUGAAGAGAACCACAAUCAAAGUGACUCAUCUCACCAAAUACAUGGAGUACACAUUCAGAGUGUGCGCCGAGAACAAGUUUGGAGUCAGCAAGUCCAUCGAGUCUGCCGCAGUUGUGAUCGAGCAUCCAUUCAUUCCUCCAAGUCCUCCAACCCGCCCAGAUGUGGUAUCUGUGUCAGCUAAUGCCAUUGGCAUUAAGUGGGAUGUGCCAUAUUCUGAUGGUGGCAGUAAGGUGACAGGAUACUGGAUUGAGAAGAAAGAAAGGAACACAAUCCUGUGGGUGAGGGAGAACAAACUCCCCUGCCUGGAGUGCCAUUACAAGGUGUCCAACCUGAUCGAGGGUCUGGAGUAUCAGUUCAGGGUGUACGCCAUGAACAUUGCUGGACUCAGCAAGGCCAGUGAAGCCUCCAGACCAGUGGUGGCGCUCAAUCCUGUUGAUCCACCGGGUAAACUUGAGGUGACAGACAUCAGCCGCUCCUCCGUUUCACUGUGCUGGACUGUGCCUUUCAACGACGGUGGCAGUAAGAUCGUCGGUUACAUCGUGGAGAAGAAGGUCUACAGCACUGAUGAGUGGGACGACAACCGCUGGCUCAAGUGCAACUACACCACCAUCACUGAGAACUACUUCACAGUCACAAACUUGGGAGAGGGAGAAACCUACGAGUACCGUGUCAUCGCAAAGAAUGCAUCUGGAGUCCACAGCAUGCCUUCUGAGUCGACCGGACCAGUCACAUGCAAGGACGAAUACUCUCCUCCUAAAGCUGAACUUGACAGCAAGUUAACACGAGAGACAAUUACCGUUAUGGCCGGCUCCGACCUUGUCCUGGAUGGUGCCGUUGGAGGAAAACCAGAACCCACUGUGUACUGGUCCAAGGGUGACAAGAUUUUGGAGUUGGGAGAAAAACACUCCCUGACAUAUACGUCAACAAGAGCCAUGGCUGUAAUCAAGAACUGUGACAGAUACGAUACUGGUAGAUACGUCCUCACUGUCAAGAACGCCAACGGUAUUAAGACUGCGUCAGUCAACGUGAAGGUUCUGGACACUCCUGGAGCACCAGCUGACAAGAUCGUGAUCAGCAGAGUGACCGAGGAGAAAUGUACCGUUUCUUGGAAGAUUCCCCUGGAGGACGGAGGGGACAUUGUGACACAUUACAUCGUAGAGCGACGUGAAACCAGCCGGCUCAACUGGGUCAUGAUGGAGACAGAGUGCAAGUCGCUGUCAUGUGUCAGCUCCAGGCUGAUCAAGAACAACGAAUACGUCUUCAGAGUCAGAGGAGUCAACAAGUUUGGACCUGGAGUUCCUCUGGAGUCUGAGCCUAUUAUUGCCAGAAACGCCUACACUGUCCCAUCCCCGCCAGGCGCCCCAGAGGCCACAGCGGUGGGUAAGGAGCACAUAAUCAUCGAGUGGCUGAAGCCUGAGAGCGAUGGAGGCAGUGAGAUCAAGAACUACAUCGUGGAAAAACGAGAGAAAAGCAGCACUAGAUGGACUCGGGUGAACAGAACUUACACCAUUUAUGACAUCCGUCUGAAGAUUACUGGCCUAAUAGAGGGAAGCGAAUACCAGUUCAGAGUCACCGCUGUCAACAACGCUGGAGAGAGCCAGCCGAGCGACGCCUCACCGUACAUUAUCUGUAGAGAUCCCACAUACACCCCUGCUGCUCCAUCAACGCCUCGCAUCGUCGACACAACCAAGCACAGCAUCAGCAUGACCUGGACCAGGCCCAUGUACGACGGCGGCUCCGACGUCACUGGCUAUGUCAUUGAGAUCCUAGAGGAAGGCACGGAGCAGUGGUACCGUGCCACCGCCAAACCUCUGAAGACCAAUGAGUAUGUGGCCGCUGGGCUGGCAUCCAAUAAGAAGUACAGGUUCAGGGUGGCAGCCAUCAACUCCAAUGGCACCGGGGAGUACAGCGAACCCAGUAGUGAGGUCGAGCCAGUGGAGAAAGUUGAAAUGCCCGACCUGGAACUGGCUGAUGACCUGAAGAAAACAGUGUGUCUGCGUGCCGGCGGUACCCUCCGUCUAUUUGUGUCCGUCGGUGGCCGGCCAACACCAGUUGUCACCUGGAGAAAGACUGGGGUGGAGCUGCAGAGCCGAGGCUACAUUGAGACCACGGAGAGUUACACCUCUCUCUUGGUGGAGAAGGUUAAUCGCUAUGACUCGGGAAAAUAUGUUGUGGAGGCAGAGAAUCCAUCUGGAAAGAAGACAUCCAUCAUCCUGGUUAAGGUCUAUGAUACUCCUGGUCCUCCUGGUUCAGUUAGGGUGAAGGACUACACCAAGGAAUCUGUUGUGAUCACCUGGGACGUCCCAAGCCUUGAUGGCGGCGCUCAUGUCAGCAAUUACAUCAUAGAGAAGAGAGAAGCCAACAUGAAGUCAUACAAGACAGUAACCACAGAGUGCAGGAAGACUCUGUACAGGAUCACAGGCCUGGAGGAAGGCGUGCACUACUUCUUCAGAGUCCUCCCUGAGAACAUCUACGGCGUUGGUGAACCCUGCGAGACAGCUGAACCUGUGCUUGUGUGUGAAGUGCCGUCAGUUCCUAUGGACCUCAGCAUUGUGGAUGUCACCAAGUCCACUGUGACCUUGCACUGGGAGAAACCACUGCACGAUGGCGGCAGCAGGCUGACAGGUUACAUCAUAGAAGCCUGCAAGGUGGGUACGGACAGGUGGAGCGCCGUGGCUACAGUUAAGGCCUCAGUGUCCCAGCACACCAUCCAGUCCCUGACAGAGAACGACCAGUACCUGUUCAGGAUCCGGGCCACCAACAGCAGGGGGGCCAGUGAGCCAAUGGACAUUGUGACACCUGUCACAAUCCAGGAGAUCAAGGUGAUGCCCAAGAUUGACAUGACCAGCAUCCCUCAGAAGAUUGUUUAUGUCCACCGUGGCAAAUCUAUUGACCUGAACAUCCCAAUAAAAGCCAAACCACCACCGGUCUGCUCCUGGUACUUCAGCGGCGUAAAGCUGAAGGACAGCUUGGACCGCAUCAAGAUCGACAGCAACGGCAAAUUCACCCACCUCGUCAUCCGUGACACCACCAUCAAUGAUACCGGAGAUUAUACUUUGGAGGUGAAGAAUGCCAUCGGCAUGGCAACUGAGGUCAUCAAGGUCAUCAUCCUCGACAAACCUGGUAUUCCUGUUGGUCCAAUGAAGAUUGAGGAGGUUGACGGCGUGUCAGUCACAGCUAGCUGGGCGCCUCCAGAGAAAGACGGUGGUGCCAACGUCAGCGGCUACGUGGUGGAGCAGCGUGAAGCGCACCACCCAGGCUGGUCCACCGUCUCUGAAUCCGUGACCAGACCGUGCUUUAAGUUCACCAGGCUUAACGAAGGAACCGAGUAUGUGUUCCGUGUUGCUGCCAUGAAUCGCUUUGGCGUUGGCAGCUUCCUGCAGUCUGAGGUGGUGGAGUGCAAGAGCGCCAAGACUAUUCCUGGACCUCCAAGCACACCAGAGGUGAUUGACGUCACUCAUGAAGGCAUGACCGUCACCUGGCAACCACCUGUGGACAACGGUGGCUCCACCAUUGCUGGCUACAUCAUAGAGCGUAAGGAGGCCCGUUCUGACAGAUGGUUAAGAAUCAACAAGAAUCCAGUCACUAUGACCCGAUACCGUUCAUCCGGACUGAUUGAGGGUCUGGAAUAUGAGUUCCGUAUCACUGCCAUCAACUCCAGAGGAACUGGCAAACCCAGUGAAAGUUCUGCCAUCAAUGUUGCCAUGGAUCCCAUAGAACCUCCAGGUCCGCCAGUUCAACCCACAGUCACAGACAGCACCCGGACAUCCGUCUCUCUGGCCUGGCUGCCCCCUGAGGAAGAGGGUGGUUCUGUUGUUACUGGCUACCUCAUUGAGAUGCAAAAGGUGGACCAGGUUGAAUGGACGCUGUGCAACACUACACCCACCAAGAUGUGCGAGUACACGCUAACACACAUGCCCCAGGGUGCAGAGUACAGGUUCAGGGUCACUGCCGUCAACGCAGGCGGUGCCGGGGAGCCUGCAGAGAUUUCUGGAGUCGUUAAAGUCCAAGAGAUGAUUGGUUAUCCUGACUUUGAGCUCAAUCGUAUAUACGAGGAGGGAUAUGUGGUGCGGCAAGGCGGAGUCAUCCAUCUGUCUGUACCCAUCAAAGGCAAGCCUAUACCUACAGCUAAAUGGACAAAGGAUGGCCGUGACAUCUCUCAUCGGGCCAUGAUCGCCACCCAUGAUGACAUCACUGAGCUGGUCAUCAAAGAGGCACACAAAGAUGACACCGGUACCUAUGAUUUGGUGCUGGAGAACAAAUGUGGUAGGAAAGCCGUGUACAUCAAGGUGAAAGUGAUUGGUCGACCUGACGCCCCAGAAGGUCCUCUAGAAUUUGAUGACAUCCAAGCUAGAUCAGUGCGUGUCAGCUGGAGGCCACCUUCAGAUGAUGGCGGAUCAGACAUCCUGGGCUACAUAGUAGAAAGGCGGGAAGUACCAAAGGCCGCCUGGUACACAGUGGAUGCUCGGGUAACUGAGACCUCUCUGGUGGUCAAGGGCUUAAAGGAGAACGUAGAGUACCACUUCAGGGUGUUUGCGGAGAACCAGUUUGGUGUUAGCAGAUCCCUCAAGUCAGAUGCCGCUGUUCUGCCAAAGACACCUCUUUGUCCACCUGAACCUCCCAGCAACCCACCAGAGAUUAUGGACGUCACAAAGACCACAGUGUCUCUGUCCUGGGCCCGGCCCCGGGAUGACGGUGGCUCUCGCAUCACAGGAUACUACGUCGAAAGAAGAGAGAUUUCCACAGAGAAGUGGGUCCGUCACAACAAGACCCACAUCACUACCACCAUGUUCAACGUCACCGGUCUCAUCCCCAACGCAGAAUACAUAUUCAGAGUGGUGGCUCAAAAUGACAUCGGGCAGAGCGAACCCGGCCCUGCUUCAGAACCGGUGGUCUGCAAAGAUCCAUUUGACAAACCCAGCCAACCAGGAGAGAUCGACAUCAUCUCUAUUACCAAGGACAGCAUUACCAUCCACUGGCUCAGGCCGGAGCAUGAUGGAGGAAAGGAGAUCCUGGGUUACUGGAUUGAGUUCAGGGAGGCUGGAGAGAGCGCCUGGAAGAAAUGCACCAAGGAGCGCUCCAAGGAUCGUCAGUUCACCAUGGGUGGCUUGAUGGAGGCUACAGAGUACGAGUUCAGGAUCUUUGCUGAAAACGAGGCCGGAGUCAGCCGCCCUCGUCGCACACCCAUGGGCAUUAAAACCAAACUGAGCGUUGGUGAAGCUCCAGCUUUGAAAGAAGAGAUCCAAGAUGUAACCACCAAGCUAGGCGAGUCUGGCACUCUGACCUGUGGAAUCAUCGGCAGACCUUUGCCUGAGAUCAAGUGGUAUCGCUAUGGCAAAGAACUCAUCCAAAGCCGCAAGUACAAGAUGAGCUCAGAUGGGCGCAACCACUCCCUCACCAUUCUGACAGAGGAGCAGGAAGACGAAGGCAUGUACACCUGCAGGGCCAUCAACGAAGCUGGAGAGAUAGAGACCAGCGGCAAACUGCGCUUGCAGGCAGCUCCUCAGUUCCACCCUGGCUUCCCUCUGAAAGAGAAGUACUACGCUGGGGCCGGCACCAGUCUCCGCCUCCAUGUUGUCUACAUUGGUCGCCCGAUCCCCCAGAUCAUGUGGUUCUAUGGCAAGAAACCCCUGAACUCAUCUGAGAAUGUGAUAAUUGAAAACACUGAGAGCUACACCCACCUGGUAGUGAGGAACGUCCAGCGAAAAACCAACGCUGGUCGCUACAAGGUGCAGCUCAGCAAUGUGUUUGGAACAGUUGACACCUCACUGCGUGUUGAAAUCCAAGACAAACCUUGCAUGCCUGAGGGUCCUGUCGUGGUUGAAUCCCUGCUUAGGAACUCAGUUGUCAUCAGCUGGAAGGUUCCUAAGGAUGAUGGAGGCUCUGUAAUCACCAACUACAUUGUAGAGAAACGUGAAGCAAAAGAAGGUGAACAGUGGCAGCUAGUGUCCUCCUCUGUCUCCGGCAUCACCUGCCGAGUGCCCAACCUCAAUGAGAGCUCCGGGUACUACUUCCGAGUCUCUGCACAGAAUCAGUAUGGUGUCAGUGAGCCACUGGAGAUCCCUUCAGUGGUCAUCAUCAAGAGUCCAUACGAUAAACCUGGAAUCCCACAGCAGCCGUUCAUUGCCAGUGCAACCAAAGACUCCUGCGUUGUCUGCUGGAAGCCUCCAAGCAGCGACGGAGGAGCUAAAAUCACCAGCUACUUCCUUGAGAAACGUGAGAAGAAGCAGAACAAAUGGAUGUCUGUAACAACGAAGGCAUUUGCGGAGACCAGCUAUGAAGUCACAGGCUUGAUUGAAGGCUUCGAGUACGAGUUCCGAGUGAAAUGUCAGAACAUUGGCGGUGAAAGCGACUGGUCCGAGAUCUCUCUACCCGUCAUUCCCAAGUCUGAACAGGCUCCUCGUGCUCCUGCAUUCAGGGAGGAAAUCAGAGACAUGACUGUCAAAUACCACAGCAACGCCACCUUUGUCACCAAGGUUGUGGGUCAUCCAAAGCCUGUGGUCAAAUGGUAUUGCAAUGGAAAGGAGAUCCUGGCAGACGGAACAAAGAUAAAAGUCCUUGAGUUCAAGGGUGGUUACUACCAGCUUGUCAUUAAUGCUGCUGAUGAGAAGGAUGCCUCAAUUUACCAAGUCAGAGCGACCAACCCUUCAGGAUCUAUCUCUACAACAGCCAACCUGGAAGUGGAAGUCCCUGCCAAAAUAUACCUGCCUAAAGAGCUCCAGGGAAUGGGAGCAGUUCAAGCUGUCCGUGGUGAUCACAUCACCAUCAAGAUCCCCAUCUCAGGAAAGCCUGAGCCAGCGGUAACCUGGCAGAAGGGUCAGGAGAUCCUCUCAAACUCUGCUUAUCACCAAGUUAUCACCACAAGAUCCUUCACCUCCCUGGUGUUCCUGAAGGGAGUACAGAGGAAGGAUACUGGCUACUACAUCAUUACUGCGAAGAACAGAUUCGGAGCAGACAAGCAAACCAUUGAGGUGAAUGUGGCUGACAUCCCCGAUGCUCCAAAGGGACUUGUGGUCAGCGACAUUUCCAGAGAUUCUAUCACCCUGACCUGGGAACCCCCUGCCAGUGAUGGUGGCAGUGACAUUAUUAGCUACAUUGUGGAGAAGUGCCCAACCACUGCUGAUAGGUGGAUCCGUGCUGGUCAGACGGCUGACUGCAGUAUCACCAUUGUCAAUAUAUUUGGAAAGACCAAAUAUCAGUUCCGAGUCAUAGCAGAGAACCAGUUUGGCCUCAGUCUUCCAUCUGCUCCAACUGAGCCCAUCACCACCAAGGAAGACAAGUCUGUGAUCAGGAACUACGAUGAGGAGGUGGAUGAAGCCAGAGAGAUCUCCAAGGAAGAAGCUGUGUUCUACAAGGUGAAGGAGCUGUCUUCCAAGUACAUCAUCUCUGAGGAGCUUGCUCGCUGCCAGUUUGGAGUUGUCCACCGCUGUGUGGAGAUUGCCACCAAGAAGACUUACAUGGCCAAGUUCAUCAAAGUCAGAGGAACUGAUCGGGAGUUAGUUCUCAGAGAAAUAGAGGCGCUUAACGUUGCAAGACACAAGAACAUCAUCUACCUGUAUGAGUAUUUUGAAAGCAUGGAGGAGAUUAUCCUAAUCUUUGAAUUCAUCUCUGGAGUUGAUAUCUUUGAGCGUCUCGGCACCAGCAACUUUGAGCUCUCAGAGCAGGAGAUUGUUCGCUACCUGAGACAAGUCUGCACCGCCCUCAAGUUCUUACACAGCCAUAAUUUUGGCCACUUUGAUCUGCGCCCAGAUAACAUUGUCUACACCACAAGGAGAAGUACCAACAUAAAGAUUAUUGAGAUGGGCCAGUCUCGACUAUUGGUCCCAGGAGAAAACAUCAGAAUGCCGUUUUCAGCUCCAGAGUACUAUGCCCCGGAGGUUCACCGCCAUGACUUGGUCACAACAGCGACUGAUAUGUGGUCUGUCGGUGUUUUGGCAUAUGUUCUACUCAGUGGCCUUAAUCCAUUUGCUGCAGAGUCCACGACACAGAUGAUUGAGAACAUAUCAAACUGUGAGUACGUGUUUGAAAGGGAAGCAUUCAAGGACAUCAGCUUGGAGGCUAUGGACUUUAUAGACAGACUCCUAGUUAAGGACAAGAAGCUCCGUAUGACUGCUCAUGAGGCUCUAGAGCACCCAUGGCUCAAGAUGAAGAUUGAGCUUGUCAGCAGCAAGGUCAUCAGAACACUGAGACACAGGAGAUACUAUCAGUCCCUAGUAAAGAAGACUGAUACUAUAGUAUCAGCAGCUCGGGUGGCGUUCGGAGGCGCCUUUAGAAACCAGCGAGGACUGGAUGUUGGUAAAGUUAAAGUUGGAACCGAGUACUGUGGCUUGCGUGCCGGCCCUGUCAUGCAUGCCUCAGCUGAGGAAGGUGGUCAUGUCAGAUUUACUUGUAGCAUUGCUAACUAUGACAAGAGCACCCAAGUAUCAUGGUACUUUGGUAAGCGGCAGUUACAUCCAAGCCCCAAGUACGAGAUCACCUACAACAAGGGCUUUGCCAGCAUCUAUGUGAAAGACAUUGAAGAAUCUGAUGAUGGUGUCUACAGAUGCAAAGUGGUGAGUGAUGAUGGAGAGGACAGUGCCUAUGGAGAGCUCUUUGUAGAGACCGUGAGGAGCUUCAGAGAGCACUACAUGAGCCGCACCAUCAAGAAGCUGAGGAGGAGGGUUGACAGAACUAAACUUCUCCAGAGACCACCGGAGUUCACCUUGCCUCUCUAUAACCGCACUGCAUACAUCGGUGAGGAUGUGCGCUUUGGUGUCACUAUCACUGUGCACCCAGAGCCUCACGUGACCUGGCUCAAAAAUGGAGAACAAAUCAAGGAGGAAGACGGCAAAUACACAUUCACGAGUGAUAAGGGCCUGUAUCAGCUCAUGAUUCAUAACCUUGAUAUUAGUGACGAUGCUGAGUACACAGUCAUGGCCCACAACCGAUUUGGAGAAGACAGCUGCAUGGCUCGCCUCACUGUGGUUCCUCGUGUUGUGGUAGAGGAAACUAUGAGGCCCAUGUUCAAACGUUUGCUGGCUAAUGUUGACUGCACAGAGGGAGACAGUGUUUGCUUUGAACUCCGGGUGUCAGGAGUUCCCACACCUACUCUCAAAUGGGAAAAAGACGGCCAUCCACUACAGUUUGGUCCCAAGGUUGUCGUCAUAGAACAGGACAUUGAUUAUCACGUCCUUCACGUCAGGGAGACCCUCCUGGAGGACGCUGGAGUUUACAAAGUCACUGCGACCAACUCUGCGGGCUCUGCAAGCUGCCAGGCUACUCUGAAAGUGGACCGCCUCACGUACACUAGAAGAGAGUACAAGAGUGAGGAGGAGAAACACAGACACGUACAGAAACAAAUAGAAAAGACCAAUAAAAUGGCACAGCAGAUUGCAGCUACCGAGGAGCUUGUCCCUCUCAACCCCACAGCACAGGAGGCCCUCAAAUUUGCUGCUGACUUGUACAAACCCGCAGUUAGCACCAAGAACAUUGAGGGUGAGUUUGACAUCACUGAGGAGAAGACAGAGACCAAGAAGCUGGAGGAGGAGAGAAGGAUUUUCAUGCCCUAUGAGAUUCCUGAGCCUGUGGUUCAUGAUCCCAGAGCUCUGGAUGAGGACAAAGCUAUUAAGCAAUUUGUGCCUCUGUCUGAUAUGAAGUGGUAUCGCAAGCUACGAGAUCAGUAUGAGGUCCCAGAGAGAACAGAAAGGAUUGUGCAAAAGAGGCAGAGACGAAUCCGUCUGUCUAGGUGGGAGCAGUUCUACGUGAUGCCUCUCCCCAGGAUCACUGACCAAUACAGACCAAGAUGGCGCAUUCCCAAACUGACCAUGGACGAUUUGGAGACUGUUAGACCUGCCCGCCGCUCACCAUCCCCUGAGUCUGAAGCCUCCUUUAGAUCCAGGAGGAGGUCCCUGGGAGAUCUCAGUGAUGAAGAACUGUUGAUGCCUGUGGAUGACUACCUGACAAGGAGGAGAGCCAAGGAGGAGACAAUGAUGCUGGAAGAUGAGCUCGAGCUCGGUUUUUCAGCCUCUCCUCCUGGCAGCCCCGUCCGAGUUCAGCGGCGUGUCAUUGAACAUGAGGAGAGGAGGCAAGAAGUCAGGCAUGAGGCCACCGAGGUCACAGAGACAAAGAAGAAACGUACCGUUUCUCAGUACAUGAGAAGGAGAAGGUCCCUGUCUCCUACCUACAUUGAGCUGAUGCGCCCAGUCUCAGAGCUCAUCCGACCACCACGGGCCAGACCUGUGGAAACUGAGGGGGAGAUUGUGGAGAGGAGAUCCCCCACUCCAGAGAGGACCCGUCCUCGCUCUCCCAGUCCUAUCAGAUCGGUGGAGAGGUCUUCCCGCUCCUCUUCUAGGUUUGAGCGGUCAGCACGCUUUGACAUCAUGUCCCGUUACGAAGCCAGAAAAGCUGCUCUGAAGUCUGAGAGGAAAUACCAGGUUGUCAGUCAGGCACCAUUUAGUUUGGAUCACGCUCCUCGUGUGACUGUCAGGAUGCGCUCUCAUCGCAUACCGACUGGUCAGGACACAAAAUUCACCCUGAACAUCCAAGCUAAACCAGAAGCUGAAGUCACAUGGUUUCACAAUGCAGUUGAAAUCUUUGAAAGAAGUGAGAAGUACAUCUUCACAAACAUGAGUGGCGUUUUGUCCAUCACUAUCCUGGACUGCCAGGAAGAAGACAGUGGCACGUACCGCUGUGUGUGCUCCAACUCAAAGGGCGAAGCAUCAGACUACGCCAUCCUGGAGGUGUCAGGAGGCGGAUACACCACGUUCUCUUCCCGCCGCAGGGAUGAGGAAGCUCCUAAAGCAGUUGUGCCUGAAGUCUUGCGCAUUGAUCACUAUCACACCACACACUUUAAAACUGGCUACACCUCUCAAACCCACCUGGAGGUGGAAGAGAGCAAGUCAAAACUAACAGAGACACGUGAGGUCGUCACAAGGGAAAGAAUCGGUGCUUCAGCAGAGAGAUUCUCCUCUGCUGAGAGGUAUGACUCCUCUAUCAAGUAUGCCUCCACUGAAUACCUGUCCUCUAGUUCCUCAUAUUCUUCAGAGAGGUUUUCUUUAACCGGGAAGCAUGCCACAUCUGAAGAUAAACUGAAAUUGUCCUCUACUGCUGCUGCUCCUGAACAUGUUCCGUUGCCCAAAGAGAAACCUUCUCGUCCUGCCAAAAUCCUCACCAAGCCGCAGUCAGUGACUGUUGCAGAGGGAGAGACCGCCAGGUUCUCCUGUGACAUUGAUGGGGAGCCUGCACCAACUGUGACAUGGAUACAUGAGAGCAGAACCAUUGUGUCAUCGCAUCGUAUCCAUGUCACCACAACUCAGUACAAGUCCAGCCUGGAGAUUACAUCUGUGGCCAGCUCGGAUGAAGGCAGUUAUACAGUGGUGGUAGAGAACUCAGCCGGUAGACAGGAGGCUCAUUUUACUCUGACAAUCCGCAGGCCACCUCCUAAGGAGGAAGUCAAAGCUGUCAAAUCUCCUGAGCCACCAGCAAAGUCACCAGCACCCAGUGUUAAGUCCCCUGAGCCCUCAGCUGCAUCACCUGCUCCCUCUGUUACUUCCCCAGUCCCCAGUGUGAAGUCCCCAGAACCAUCCGUCAAAUCACCAACUCCAGGUCUCAAGUCUCCUGAACCAAGUGUAACAUCUCCAACUCCUGGUAUCAAAUCUCCAGCUCCAAGCGUAAAGUCGCCUGAACCACCCAUCACAUCUCCUACCCCUGGAGUGAAAUCACCAACACCGAGUGUAAAGUCUCCUGAACCAGAGGAAGCAAAGCCUUCAAAGGGCAUCAAAUCUCCAGAGCCGCCAGCACCCUCUCCAGCACGCAGCUUAAAAUCACCAACUCCUGGAGUGAAAUCUCCUGAACCAGAAGGCGUUAAGUCGCCACGAGGAAUAAAAUCUCCUGAACCCAGGCUGAAGUCGCCGCCACCGUUCAAAACUCCUGGAGGUGUGAAGUCACCAGAACCUGAGGAGGCAAAAUCUCCACGAGGUGUGAAAUCACCAGAGCCUGCAGGUAUCAAAACACCGAGAGGUCUGAAGUCCCCAGAACCCGCUGGAAUCAAAACACCAAAAGGCAUCAAGUCUCCAGAACCUUUGGGUGUCAAAUCUCCGAGGGGGUUGAAGUCUCCAGAACCUGAGGGAAUCAAAUCCCCUCCAAGGAUGAAGUCACCUCCCCCCAUUUCGUCCCCUAAGAGGGUUGUGUCUCCUCCCACUGUGAAGUCCCCGAUCCCAAAACCUCCCAAAGUCCUGAGUCAGCUUACAGCUGAGGCCCGCGAGGGCUCGGUCAAGAUGUCUUGUGUCUGUGAGAGCAGCGUCAGGGAGGUGGUGUGGUACGUCAGCGGCAGGAGGCUUUCACAGAGCAGCCGCUUUGAGAUGCACUACUCUGAGGGUUCCUGCAGUCUUCUGAUUCAUGAGCUGGCAGAGAGUGACCAGGGAGAGUACACUUGUGAGAUGACCUCAGAUGGAGGCGUAUCUAAGUCCUCCUUCUCCUUUACUGGGCAGGUGUUUCAGUCCAUAUACAAAAAGGUCACAGCCUACCGCGAGCAGCAAGUGGCGCUGAAAGGAUCAAUGACGAUGAGUCACCUGGAGUCAUCGUCAAAGGCCGCGUCCAUGAUGACAAAGAAAGAAAUCCACACGAUGGAGGAGUCUUCCGCCUUUUCCUCUUCUGCCCAGCAGACGAUGAUGUCGUCCAUGAUGGAGUCCAGCUCCUUCAGCAGCAUGGCAGCUGAGAUGAAGUUUGAGACCAUGUCGAUGUCCAGCAUGUCCUCCAUGACGUCCGAGGCGUACGCCAUGAGCUCCAGCAGUCUCACAGAAAUGAUGUCCCAAGUGGAGGGAUCCUCAAUGAGAGCAAUCGGUUCUGCUCCGAGAAUCGAAGCUUUGCCUGAGGACAUCAGCAUCGAACCGGGCAAAGUCCUGACCGUCACCUGUGCCUUCUCUGGCGACGCCAAACACAUAGAGUGGUCCCGCGCUGGCAAAACGAUCGACGUGUCCACGGGUGGACGAUUCCACAUCGAGACCACGGAGGACCUGACCACCCUCAUCAUCACAGGGGUGAAGGAAGAGGACGCCGGAGCCUACACCCUCAGACUGUCCAACGAGCUCGGAUCGGACGCAGCAACCGUUCACAUCAGCAUUCGAUCUGUGUAAAAAAAAAAAAAAAAUCUGAUAUUUCAAAUGUCCCCUGUUCCCUUCUUUCAGGACUUUUUAUUUAUUGAUGAAACACAGUAGUCUACUUGAUAAGGAUCUGGAAUAUUCUUGUAAAUAGGAACUAUUUUUGUACCAAACCUGACUUUAAUUUAUGCCAAACUAGACUAAAGUCUAAAGUUGUAAAAUGUGCCAUAUUGGAUAACUAUGACUUAGGAUGUUUGAUCCAUUUUUCUGUGACAUGUACAUAAUGUAUAUAGCCGAGUUUACCGGUUAUGGGAAAUGUAUGCAUUGUUAUUUAUGACAAUAAUAUUAACUGAAACUAAAAGAAGCUAAAUAUAGUUUAACAGGAGAAAGUUUCCGCUGGAACGAAUACCCUGUUAAACUGGGAAACUAAACUCUGUGCCUCAACGAUAAGUUGAAGUCUUUAAGUUUGCCUCAACAGGUAGAGAGGCUCCCUGUUGAUGUUCUGAACCAGAGACAAAAACUAUCAGCGCGUCGCUGCGAAGGGAGCGGUGCUUUAGUGUGGAACAGGAGCAUGAGACCCUGAGUGCUGUUUGCAUCUACCCUCAUGCAAGCAGGACGACUGGACCUCGUGCUCCGACGGAUUACGUCAUACCGCCAUUUCUAUGACAAGCUCACGGUGCGAGCGGCCUGCACCGCCUGAGCACAAAUGGUUAUUUUUUUUUUCUUUUGUGCUCUGCUUCUGGAAAACGACCGCUGGCUCGAACUCUUCAGUCGUUCCAUCAACCUGGCCAAUCACAUGAAACCAGAGUCCUGCCGGCGCUUGUUUUCAGAGGCAGAGCUGCCUCUCGGAGGUCUGCGGUGUGCUUGUGUGUUAGUUUGUAGAGGUUCACCCGUCAGUCCGCAGGGAGGCACCGAGGACACGAGCAGCAGCCACAGCCAACUCCUGCUGCACACCGCCAUGAUGAACCGCGGCCUCGUGUGGAACCCAGCACUUUGUUGGACUGAAGUUAGCCGUAGCUUUUACUGUUUUUGCAGCCUCCUUGAGUUUUUUUCUGCAAUUAUUGAUUUAAUAAAGCAUGAUCAUCAGCACUA